AUGGCAACGAGAGCGAUGGCAACGAAAGUUGAAGUCAGCUCUGUCCUGACAUCCCUGACCAAUCGAAGCGAGCUUGUGAAUGAGGCAACACUUCAACACACCUUUGCCAGCAGUCUUUCUGAUACAAGCAACAAGUCCAAUGAACAUCCAAGUUCUGUGUCCCCACAAAUUUCAGAAGAAAGGAGCACAUUUGGGAACCCUAUGAGACCAGCAACAAUGCCUCCAGCUACUUCAAGGCCACGAUUAACUCCGAAGCCAUUCUCAAGGGAGAAGUCUUGGGACACUUUUGCAGCGGUGAAAGCUCCUGUCCCCAUAGCCAAACCUGGCAAUGUCGCCCACAGACCCUUUGCAUUUGCCAAAAACGUUGAAGACGAUGUGGCAGAUGCUAAGGGAAUGCUUAGUGGAAGCAUUCCUCCCUUGGUAGAGCAAAAAUUAAUCGAGAACAAAAGCACAAGUGAGUUAGUUGCAAAUAUGCCCUUUUAUUCCAGUCCCCAGGCUAACACAGUAAUCCUAUUUGAAACCAGAAGUACUGAGGAAACAAGGAUGAAGUUAUCUUCUGAGAAAACAUACAGCACUUUACGGGCGCAGGAGAGGCAGCUUCCCUCAGAAUCAGAAAUGUCCUACAGAAGACCUGAAGGUGCUGCCAUUCACCGGCAAUUUUCUGUUUCCUCAGAGUCCAAGCCUGUCUCCUGCAACCCUCACAGAUCUCUCGAAAGGAAAGAGUCCUUUUCAGGUGCUACUGAGGAAAGGCCUAAAAAUGUUGGAAAGCAGCAGAGCAACGCUAGUUUGGCUAGCGAGGAGCAGCCAAGGCCCAAACAGAGACCAGUGUCUGCCAUUUUUCUGGAGUCCUUAAAGGAUCAAAAGCAGUGUGGAACUGAUGUUUCUGAUGAAAAACCUAAUCCUGAAAAGUCCUGGGUUAGGAAGCCUCGCCCACUAUCCAUGGAUCUUACAGCAAAAUUUGAAAUCCGAGACUUUUCAAUUCAAAGGAAAUCUUGCCCAUCUGAAAGCAAGGAGAGGAACCUCCUUACCAAUGAGGGCAGCAGCAGACCAUUUGAACUGAGGACCAAGAGUGAAGCAGAAGGGUUAAACAAAGUGGAUUAUUCCAAGUCACAUUUGAAAAGUGCCACUCAGGUUGAUGACUGCCUGGGUAUUAAAUGUAAAACUGCUGCUGAAAUCAAGAAGCCCUCUUCAAAUGAAGUUGGGUCCCUAGGCCGGAACACUCCAAAAGACUUGAAUCAAGUCUCUGCAAAGGACAGAAAAUACCUGUGGGAGAUGAGACUUAAAAGCCAAGAGGAAGAAAAUGGGAGAGAAACAGAUAUUGCAGCAACUUCAGGAAAAAACACAGAGCCACCCCGUAGCGAAAGGCUGUCUGGCAAAGAGAGAAUGGCACCAAAGCACAAGGGAACUUGUGCCUUUAGUGAAAUCUCUGCAAAUGUUUCAGACACCAAAAACAAAAGCUUGAGGGAAGGCACUAUAAAAAAAGUUGUGAAUUUACCGGAUGCAUUUGAAAGCUGCGCACCUCCAGUGAAUGCUGAAUCCUUCCCAGAAAGUCCUGGGAAAGAAAACAAAAUUAUGAACAUCCAGCAGAGGAUCAGAGAACUGACUGCUGAAAAUACAGAGACCAAGCCAGGAAACCUGCGCCAAUCAUUCCGCUCGCGGCCUCUUUCUGCAGACUUGACCAAACUGUAAGUUUUGGAAGAAUUAGAUGUAAACUCCAUAAAUUCAGAUAAAAUUUUCUUUUUAGAACAUUUCCACUAUUCUCAUUCUCCUACUGCCUCAGUUGCUCUUGAAAUCUUAUCUGUCUGCACAAGCAUUGGCAUUUUGCCUUGCAAAUCGAUAGGGGCAGUUGCUGGUGUGGAAAGGAGUGUCAGUGAUGCCCUUUGACAGCACACUGUUUCUUUAAAAUGGUGUGUUCUGGUUGGGGGCUGUGAUUCCCUGCAGGUUUUAGCACAGCCUCAAAGAAGCAGGAUUACCCUUGAUUUUUAAAAUAAUGAUUUUUUUUAAUAACGCAAAAUUCAUAAUGUAAGGUAGGACCAAGCAUUGAUAGUUCUAUCAAACUAACAAAUGUAUGUGAAUGAGUCUAAUAGGUUUAUUUUUUUGUUAGCUGAAUGGGCAAUAUUUUCAGUGUGUUCAGCUGUUUUAAUGGGAGGGGUAGCAGAUUGUACACCAUCUCCAUCUGCCAAUGGGGCCAGUUGCUCCCUGCAGUUCACGGGGGUUGACACGGCUAACUCUCCCUCUUGCCCACUUGCUGCUCCCCCCUUCUGCUUGCCGGCCCUCUCACAGCAGUGGCAUGGGUUCUCCCAGGUUUGCUCAGAGUGAGGUAUUGUGGAUGAGCUUGACCAGAGAGUGCCUGGACUACCACUGCUUUAAAACGCAAGUUAAUUUCAUUGCAUUUGGAAGUGCAGAAAAGUGGCUUUGGCACAAGCACUCUUUCAGGCAGCCCUGCACAUGGCACCGUCAAUUGCUUCCUCAGACUGAAGCUGAGGCAACCUGUUGUCACUUUGUCAGGAGUGGCUCAGGGGAAGGACAAAGGUGCCCCCCCCCCCAGUCUGACUGCUUGUCAUGGUGGGCGGGGGGGGGGUCAGGGUGCCGAGGAGGGAGGGAGGAGGUGGUUGCUGGGCCAGGCUCCAGUGGCUCAUUGUCUUGUGCCUGCUCUGUUUAGAUCCAGAGCUGGCCCUCAUUAGGUCUGGGGCAAAGGGCAGACAGAAUUAGAUCCAUUUACACAUCAUGGCCAGUAAGACAGGUCAGGGUUUUCUGGAGUGGAUGCAUUGUUAUUAAAUUUAAUUUUUCCAGUGACCUUUAUGAAAAGCUGCUUUGGAAUUUUUGGAAGUUUGCUAAAUUAAUAUGCUGUUUACCUGUAAUGUACUGAUGUACCUGUAUUGGAGCAAAUGGCUAGUAAUUUUGUUACUCAGGUUAGAUCAUUACUUUUUAACUCAGUGGAAUCUUUGCAAACAGGUUUUCCAACCCUGUGACUUCUGGUGACACGAAGCCUGAGCGACAGUCUGAAUCAAACAUGAAGCCUGUUAGUCAAACGCCAGAUAUUCAGGAGGUAAGAGAGCAUUGUAGGGUUUGGUUCUUCUAAAUGUAAGCCUGUUUUGACAUUGUGUCAGGCUCUGCUUGUGCAUAUGCCUGAUCAAGAAGUGGACCUUGUGCAUUUUAAGAAUGACCUAAUCCUAAGGUGCUUAGCUUGCUAAUUCCUUUGCCGAACUAGGCAGCAAAGAAAAAUCCUUAAUUUAGGGGUGUUUGGCUCAUGUGUAUGGUUGUUUCUAAGCAUAAGAUAGCAAAAUGCCUCAGUAAGCUUAAUAGCCUUUUAUGAAAGAGUUCCCUGCCUCUCUUCUUUCUCCUGUGAAUAGUGCUAGUUUGUUUUAAUCAUUAUGCCAUCAAUUAACUCUCUCUAAACAUUUCAUUCCAUUUGUCAUAAUGAUACUUGGAUAUGGACAGAAGUUUCACUGUUAGACUUGUUGUUUCUCAGUUUGUGUCAAGGCAUAUUUUUAUAUCUUUAAAAAAGAUGUUCAGUUUGCUUUUAAAUCUCAGUCAAUUCAAGUUUGCCAUGCUUUAGUAAAUUUUCUUGAGGUCCCAGAUAGGCUGGUGAUGUACUCUCCUAGCUCAGUCUAGCUCGGUCUCACUAUGGAGAAAAAUAACAGUUUAAUAGAGUUGUUGAAUAUUUUAUUAAAGCACCUCUUUAAUUUUAUUAAAGCACUAGCUUCAGUACAUUAAUUUCAGUGGGUCUACUCUAAGCAGAACUUAGCUGGAUACUGCCCAUUGGUCCUGCAGGGCUCAGCAGAAAUUGGCUCAGGCUUGAAUCCUUCAGGAUGAAACCAUGCACCAUCCAAAUCAGAGGAGAAUACUGGUUAUAUUUGGGGGAAAUAGUCCAAUUUUACUGCAUGCAAUUUUUGCUAUAGUUUUACAGUCCAAAAACCAUUUGCAGGAAAGAUCCUGUUCCUGUUGUUGUUAUUGAAAUGUUACAAACUUCUUAAGAAAAGCCCAAAACUUGUGAGUUGGUAUAAAAUUCUGGGAUGUUACAAGGUUGUUCUUAUGAUUUAUUUAUUUUUAAUGCUACAGGAGUGGCAUAUGUGUAAGAUGUCAUUUAGAAAUGCUCUAAAAUAUCUUUUUCUAAUGUUAUAUUGUUUCAGGAUGAGGCACAUUUCCUGCAUGCAACAGAUUCUAGAGAAGCCCAUUCGGCUGGAACUCCCUGGAAGCUACAGCAGCCUUUAAAAAUCCCACACAGAGAUGGGCACCUUGAGAGAGAUCGUAGUUUUGCCAUAGAGAGUCAAAAUGUCACUCUGCAGGGUGAAAGUCCUGCUUUGGUCACAGAUCAUGACCUGAAAACACAUUCCAAGCCUUCUAUAGAAAAUGUGUGCAUUAAAACUGUCAGAGCAACCAUGUUUGAGCACAAUGUGCAGAGGCACCACAUAGCUGCUGGUCACUUUGAAGCUGAGUCUACAUUGCAGGCAAUGAAUGAGCUUGUUGAGGGGCAGCUAGGAUUUGGCAAGGAGUCAUGGCUAGAAAAAGCUCGGGAGGCUAAAAUGAACCCAAAUAAAGUGUCCUCCAGGCAGGCUCAUAUAUCAGCAGAUGCUGGAAAACAAAGAAAUGCAAACAUUUCAAAUGAAGACAAAGUUCCUCAGGCAUCAGAGAUAUACACUGCAAAAGACAAGUAUGAAAAACCCACUGCAAAGCAUGUGGAGGACUCAUUAAUGUACCAAAGGAUAGAACCAAGAUAUGAAAUUCUCCAGACAGUUGGCAAAAGGGUGCAAAGCGAGGCAAUUGCAGUUGUGCCUGAGGAUAAGGCUGUAACCCUACGCAGCAGAAGAUUUUUGAAAGAGAGGAGAAAAACGGAUGGGAGUGCUGUGGAUGCUUCUUGGACCCGUAGCUCCGACAUUAAGGGUGAUGGCUGGAAAGAUGACUCUUUCCUUUUCAAAGCAAGAGACGCAGAGGAAAUUUCAACAAAGGUAACUGCUCUGAAAGAAGUUAGUGCCUCCCAAAGCCAACAUGUUUCCCACAAGCAAGGAGCUGAGUUGGAUAAAAAUCUGACUGGACAGCAGCAUGCAACUGUGACAGCUUCAUACUUCGCUAAUAGAGAGAAGGAUUUGGGGAAAACAGAUGACACAGUCUCUAAGCUAUCUUCAGGGACAGAAAAAAGAAAAAGUGAUGCUGUUCUUGCUGGUAAGAUGGAGAGUUCCAAAAUGCUGAAAUGCUUCCCAGAGAGUUUUGAAGCAGGUCCAGACAGGACAGAUGGCUGUGAAGCCAGAGCAAAUGGUGGUCAGAACAUUUCUUCACCCAUUACCAGUAAGCAGGAGAGCCAGACUUCUCUGUGUGGGAUGACCCAUUACCAGUGGCAAAAGCACAGCAGCAAGUGUCCUCACCCAGAGGCAGACCCUACAAUAUCUUACGAGCAGAAAGAACAAUCUAAAGCAUUUGGAUUAAUGACAUGCUCAAUGGCAUACAGUGCCCAAGAAGAACGGAAUGUUUUGGAGCACAAAGCUGAAGUACACCAGCAUCAACAGCUCAGUGGAGAAGAGAUGGUCAGGAGAAGUGGCCGUCAUGUUUCUGGUCCAAAAGCUUCAGAAAGAUGGCGAAGGAAGACCUUGCCUCAUGAUACUGCCCAGUUUGAGGAAGCUGGGCUGCUGGCUCAGGAGAGUGGCAAAGCCCUGAGCAGACGGGACUCCUUGCAACUUCAUGACAAAUUGAUUGCAAAGAGAAACCCAAAACCCAGGUGUGGAGCAGAGCCACAGGAUGGGAGUUUAGUCACUCCCAGCAGUCCAGACAAUGAUCUUAAGAAUCAGCUCUCUCCUUCAGAGCCGAAGGCAACAUAUUUUGCUAUUACUUACCAGAUCCCUGAUGAAAACGCAAAUAUCUCUGGAAAGCUACUUGAUCCUCUCAGAAGCAAACACAUUUCUUCACUAGCCAAAGAUGCUUCAGUUACUCCCAAUACUAGUACUUCCAGAAGAUCCUAUCCCCCAAAUUACCAGUAUAGUAAAAGAUUUACAGAUGCACAUGUCUCUCUGGACAGGCAUCUUAAAAAGAACUGGAUUGAAGGGGGAGAAGGUAGUGCCUCAGAUCUUCCAAAGAAAGGAACAUUUAAACAUACACUAACUGAGACCAGAGAUGGGAACUCGAUGGCUCCGGAGAAGCAACUAGAGGAUGCUAAAGCGAGGGUUAUAGAAGUAGAUCCCCUGCAUCUAGCAGGGCCAGAGUCUCUCUUCUAUUUCAGACCUCUUCAUUGGGACAGUGAGCAUUUAGGGCAAAAGAAGUGUAGCAACCACAGCCACAGUAUGGCCAAAGGUAAGGCCUCUGAUUAUUACAGGUCGAAAGUUCUUGACAUUGAUGCACUGAUGGCCCAAUAUGAAGGAGAUUCUAAGAAGGACUCUGUGGCUCUGGGCAAGAAAGAGGGUGGUCUUCCUGAAGAUAGCAGCUCAUUUCCUUGGGAGAGAUUGGCACAUAAAAGGAAUUCUCCAGGAAGCACUAGGCAGGAUAUUUACGCCACAGAAUUCUGCAUAAGAGAGAGAGAGCUGUUGAGGAACUGUGGCCAGCAGCUGAAUCCCUCCAAGGCCAUAGAUGUGAAUUUCAGCCCUCCUUUCCAGGCAAGGGCAGUUGCAGAAAAACCAAAGUAUUCACCUGCAGCAGAUCCAGUCAGCACUAGGAAAAAAACAUUCAUUGUUGAUGAUGAUCAAGGAGAGGACCUCGUGUUAAGGCACCAAAGUGCAAAAUAUGCUUAUUACAAUUCACAGGUCUCCAGUCUUGUCAGUACGGAUGUGGAACUGGAGAAAAGCUUUGUCCUUCAUCCCCCACAGGUACUCAGUGACGGUGCCUUGGGGAAGGAUGUGAGCCUGAAGCAACUGUCAGCUGUGCAUUCAGAGGGCAACUGGAGCACCAGUGUUGACGUGAGUGGGGCUGAUAAGAAGCAAGCUGGUGCAGGUGGAAGUUCUCUGGAGAAUGACGGUUCUGCAGUCAAGAGCAGAGCCAAAUGGAGUCGCGCUACAUCUGGUUUGGCCUGUGACCUACCAGACUUAAAGCGUUCGUACUCUGAAAAGAGUCGCCAGUCCAGAGCAAGGGGCAGUUUACCCUCUGGGCCAGAAACAAGAGGAAGACAAGACCAAAACGGAGUAUGUCAAAGCUUCCCACCAGAAUCUAUGGACAGCCAGCUGAACCAACAAAGGACAUCUCAACGGGACUCUUUCCUCCUUGAAAGGACAAAGGUACAUUACAGAACCAGUCACUGAGUAUAGCUUGUAUUCUGCAGGGCAGCCUUCUGCAACUGGAACCAUUCAGAUGCUGCUAGACUCCAACUCCCAUCAUCCCCAGCCGGGGUGGCCAUGGUGAUGGGAAUUGUAGCCCAGCAACAUCUGGAAGGCAUUAGGAUGGGGAAGGCUACUGAAAGGAAUGAGCAAAGGGUGAGGGGAAUGACCAUUCUAGGUCUUUUUGUUCUCAUGUCAUCUAUGAUGCCCCACAAGGUUUGUCUGCCCCAUCUGCACAGCACAUACAGCUGACCCUUGGGUGCACCACUGGCAAGCUGUAUUAGCUGUGCAGAUGGGCAGACAAACCCACACCUUCUGCCACUUCUCUGCAGUGGCAGAUAUAAAAACUUUGCAAGGACUCAUGGCAUUAAAGCAAGGUCUUGAUUUUGGUGAGUUCAGUUCUCUUUUAAAUUUCUUUCUCUAAAAGGAUGUUGACAAAGAAUGGACCAAGCAGGACCGUGAUGGCUCAGGAGCAAGAAAUUCUCCCUACCUUCCUCUACAGCAGAGGAGCCACAGUUUUUACAAAGACAAAAGGACUGACCACUGGGCAGCGGUAGGUUCUCCUCUUCUGUGAUUUUUUUUUCCAGGCCUGCAAAUCUAGUUGCAUAAAUGUGGUGCACUGAAGGUCUCAGAGCUUCACUGCCCACAGAAUGGUUUACACACUUUGCUAUGAGUGCAGAUGUGCUUUUCCCCCUGCCUUGCUCUUUUCCGUAGCCUUGCUCAACCAAGGUUUCCUGGUCUAGAGUGGGCCAGUGACUUGCCUAAAUCACAUUGCGCCAGUCCUUUCUCUGUGGGGCUGCUGAGGGAGCAAUGAGUCUCCCCUAGAUCGCUGGAUUGCCUCUAAAAGGGGCUACUUAGUGAUCUGGUGAUAUAUCACGAUGUUGAAAAUCAGAUAUUGCCCAGCCCUAUUGUUGACUCAGCGUGAUUGGUUGGGAUGGAGGAGAGUAUGGCAUAAGUUUAGAAUAGGUGAUCAAGCUCAACAAAGUGGAUAGCGAGGGAGACAUGAGCAAGUGAAACAAGGUGUUCUUUGCUCUGCUGAUAAAAGCAUACUUUAGUCUUGAGCCAUCUGGUAGACAAAUUUGCUUGGUACUUUUCCCUUCUAUUCAUAGAUGUAGAGAAUAUCCGCACCCCACCCCAAACAUUGUGAAAUAUGCAAUUCAUUUUGAACCUUUCUCUUAAAAAAAAAAAAAUUAUAAGCACAGAAUAGGUUUUAGUUUGAAAAUAUCUAAAAAGUAAAGCCAGAUUUCAAAAAACCAAAAGGCAAUCGGAAGUUUUCUGCUGGCUACUUUGAAUUAUCACUAUCUAGAAACCCUCUUGAGAGUUGGAAUACUGAACCUAAGAAACAGCCAUGCAGUUAGUCUUUUACUCAAAGGCAAGACUUAGUGAGCCUGCUGUCAUCUUAAAGGCUACUGCAGCAGCUCCUCAUUUGUGGAAUGCCCAUGGGAGACUCACCUGGCUCAUUCAUUGGCUACCUUUAGGCACCAGGCAAAAACGUUUCUCUUCAACCAGGCCUUGGGCUGAUUAACAUUCUGUAGCUUUUUAAAUGUGUUUGUGGAAGUGAGAUUAUUGGUUUGUUUUUGUCUUUGUUAUAUAUUUUAUAUUUUCAUUUUGUAUUUUUCUGUUGUGAACUGCCCUAGGAUCUUUGGAGGAAGGGCAGUAAAUAAAUGUAAUAGUAAAUAAAUAAAGCUUUUGUGAGUUGUUGUAACUACCUAUAAUUGGAUGUAUGAGGUGAAAUUAAGAGGCAAGUAUUUGAAAAUAAUUGCCAGAAUGCCUGCAAUCAAUGCCAUUCCUUCUCCAUUACCUUAUGAAAUUGACCAUGGUGCAGAACUCAUUUGAAACAGGCCUGUCCCAGAAAAGGGGCUAAAGCAUAUUAAAUGUUGUGGCUGGGAAUGAUAUCUCACUGUGUGAGGCACAAGUGUUGCUUCAUAUUCCUUCCAGCCUCUCCCUUUCAGAAUUAAUGUGUUUUGUUUUUGAAUUUUGAAUUCUGAGGUGCCAGUGCAUAAACAGAAGAGGUGGAAGUUGGUGUUAUUUGGUGCUGCUGUUGAUCAGCAUUGAUGAAAGGACAGGAACAGUGUCUGAUGGGUUAUGGGACGCUGGUGACAGUAGUAAACUGCCAGUUAAGUGCUUAUCCUUGAGGAGGAAGCUUUUCAGAGUUGUGCCUGCAAAUAGGAAACUCAAAAGUGUGCUUUAAAUCAAAGAUUUGCUGAUCACCUGGGUGUUCAACUCCACCAUGUGGUGACUGAAAGGAUUGCUUUGUUUAGAAAAUGUAUGCUUUUUUCAGCAGCUGCUAGCAACGGAGUACUAAGACUGGGGAAGUUGUGCUAACUUUGGCAGGUGGGGGACUCUUGUCAUGUCCAUGUUGUGAUGUCCGUGCAUGGGCAAGAGAUUGGGGAGUGCUUUCUAGGAUCCAGUCUCGGGGAGGGGGGGAUGCCUGUAAACUUUAUUGGGCAUUAUUGUUGUCCUGCAAGGUUGCCCUGAAACAUGCCCAGCAUCCCUUGGAGCUUCAUGUUAACAGGGGAAGACCGGAAACAGUGGUUGUCUGAUAACUUGUCUGUGACUAUCAGCCUUCUUGUGGCAGAGCUCUGAUGUGCCUUGGUGGAAUCCUGGUUUGAAAAACUAGGAGACAAUAUAAAAUCUGGCUCACUGUCUUCUGAGUGAAUCAAUCUCUCGUCUGGUAGUGAGAUUCUUACUAAUGGGAAGCCAAGGUAUGUUUGCAUUGUGUCUGCAGAGAUGCCUGCAUUGGGUUGUGCUUGGUGUGUGUCAGUCCUAAAUGGUGCCACCACAUUGGCGUUUCAACAUUUUAUCCAUUCAUUCUGGGCAAGGUACCCAUUUUUGUUCCCUUUAAAGCCUUAUCGCUCAAGUGUGUGUGUGUGUGUGUGUGUGUGUGUUAAAAGAACCCACCUUUUUAAACAACAGGUUGAGCCAAACCCUUGAAACGUCACCCAAUUUCAAUCGUUAAAAAAUAUUCUUAAUAACAAUAUGAAAUUCCAUCUCCUUACAUUAAGGGGUAAUGACAAGGGGGUGGAUUUGGGGUUUUGCUUUCAUCAUAAUGUUGCACUGUUGCUGAAAAGGGAAAUCAUGAGAUUAUGAUGAUUUUUAUAUGUUCUGAAAAGGGAACAAGAGUAUCUGUGGGAGAGAGGUGAAUACUGGAAACUGUCCUCCCCACUGCCCAAUGUUGGUCUCCAGCUUCCCUAAUCUCUGACCAUUGGCCAUGUUGUCUGCAGCUGACAAAAUCCAGAGGGGCACAGACAAUGCACGGGGCAUUGUGUGUGUCCCCCCCCCAUUUCACUUAAAAGUCUCUUGGUUUUCAUUUGUGUGCUCCAACCUUUAAGCAGAGGCUUGACAACCAUAUGUCAGGAGUGCUCUGAUGGUGUUUCCUGCUUGGCAGGGGAUUGGACUCGAUGGCCCUUGUGGUCUCUUCCAACUCUAUGAUUCUAUGAUUUUAUGAUUCUAUGAACCUGUGCCCUCAGAUGGUGUGAGCUCUCUCCUAUUCUUGCUUCAGUACACAAAGUGCACGAUUGUCUUUUCCCUAUGAACCCAGCACUGCACACUGGGAUUGGCUGAUGGUAGUAGAUGACUUUAAUCAUAACAGGGCUUAAUCUUUGUGGGAGUCCAGAUUUUAUCACGCUAAUCCCAGCCCUGGAAAGGGCUAAUCUGUGUCAGCUGGUUGCACCUGAAAAACAGGAUAGGCAAUUCUGCCUUUUGCAAUGACACCCCCCCCCCAAGUCUUACCUGCAAACUCUUGCUUCCACACAGCCCUCCCCACAUCCACUGCUGUCAGAUGAAGUCCUCCUGGGCGGGGGGUGGGGGCGGCUCCUGCUCAGCUGUUGUUGUAAGAACUGCUGCUUACCUUGUGCCCAAGGUUCUGGGUGCUGACUUACAGCACUUAUAUUUAGGUAAGCAGGGGAGGCUGCCGGUAGUCCUGGAUUACCUAGCAGGCAGACGAGCAUUUGCUUAGGGCACGAGCAAAGCAGGGGCACCCCCAAAAAAUGUGAUUUAUUUUUUUAAAAAAAGAACUUAACAUUUGAUAUUUAAGAAAAAGUGUUGAAGUCAUCAUUAUCAUGGGGAAAAUGAGAACUUUGUAAAACUUCCUUACACUGCAUUGCACACUCUUUCCCCCCUUUCGCGUUCUCUUUUUAUUACUCAUCUGCACCUACAUGAACCAGGGUUGUGUCUUACUAAUGUAGAUUGAAAUAAUAAGAGGAAAUCAGAUCAUCUCAUGCGUUUAUUUUAUGGUUUAGUAUUGCUUUUAUUUUGAGUUACAUAUUUGGGGGCAGAAUCUUUCCAGUGCUUAGGGCCUCUCAAGGUCUUCAUCUGGCCCUGGCUGCUCUUGCAAGUUUACUCAGAAGUAAGCCCCAUUGAGUAGGGCAAGGCUCCCAGGGUUAAGCAGGUUGCAGUCUGUGACUCAAAGAAGUGUGGGCAGCAGCAUCUUGACCUCUCUUUCGCCUCUGCCUCUUCUCAUACACCUGAGAUCUUGAGAGGUGGCAAAGCUGUUCUCCUCCUCCUUCUCGCAGCCUUUGCUUAGGAAGCUGCAUGUAGAGGAACACAGAGCAGCUGAUGAAUAAUUUGUAGGGUUUACUGCUGGUUCUUAGUUUGCAAGUGCUGCUGGUCAUCAGAGGAGCGCAGGACUAUUCCAUGCUCUAGAAUAGUUUUAUCCCCUUCUUUAAUUUGAAAAGUGUUUUUAUGCUAAGCCUGUUCCUCUCCCCCACCCCCUUUUGUGGUCUGCAGCUCAGGGGAAAUGAGGUCAGUCAGCCACAAAGCAAGGGCUGCUCCUUUUGCCAUAUACUGCAGCCUGUAUCCGCUCAACAGGCCUUUUUCAGAAAAAGAAGUUUUGGUCAGAAGUAUAAUUGGAAAUUGAAAUUGCAGCUGCACUCUUGCUGGUGAUCUACUAGCACUUGUUGGUUAAGGUAAAUAGGCUUGGAAGUGGCUUUAGCACCAGCACCCCCACCUGUUAAAGGGACAGACGGUGCACAGAUCCUUUCCUCCUAUUGAGCAGCUCUCUGAAUUAUUCAUGGUGCCUUUAAUUGGGUUGAUAUACUUAUGACUUUCUACUAAAGAGCAAAACAAACGGAGGUGGGGGAGCACACUUUCUUUCCAUCUUCUGGUGAGAAUGGAGUAUUACUACUGCCCAAACUUGCUGAAGUCCUUACGGUCUCUGUGGGUGAGUAGAACAUCUGCCUCUUGCUCAUAUUCUCAGUAUUGGGGUGUACUUGCUUUCCCGUUAAGUAUAUCUGUCCAUGGCUUUGAGACCUGUCUGUCAGGAGGGAGGGAGGGAGGGCAAUUGGUGUCUCUUGGUUAGGAGGGGAAGCAGGAGGGGAAGGUCAUUUGAAAAGAGAGACCUGAAAAUAAUUUAAUCAUGGUAGGAUAAUAAAAGAUGACAGCAUAGAUCUGUGGUUUGUAUAUGGGACUGGGAUCCUAACUCCUUUCGGUGAGACAAGCACCAAACAAAGCAGUCAUGCUGACUGGGGCUGAUGGCAUCUGUCAAAAACAUUGGGAGGGUAGUGGUUUGGCCACCAUAGUCCAUGCAUUAAUUACAUCAAGAAUGGAUCACUGCAAUGGGCUCUGUGUGUGGCUUCCCUUGUGCUUGAUUGGGAAGCUGCCAUUAGUGCAGCACAAUUGCUGGCAGCCGUGAAACCUUGUCCGCAUAUCACACCUGUGCUCAGAGAUCGGCAGUGGCUGCCAAGUUCAAGGUGUUACUAUUAGCAUAGAAAGGCCUUAAUGACUUGGGGACACAUUACCCCAAAGAUGGCCCCUCGUUCGCUUCCAUCUGCGGAACGGGCGCUGUUACAGGUACAUCAUACAUGUCCCACAUUUGCAAGAAAUUGAUAUUUUAGUCUGGGAGUGCCCACACUUUGGAACUCCCUGCCAGGGGUCUUCACUGUCCUCUUUCACCAAACCUGUCCUGAUAUGUGAUUUAAUCUGGUUUUAACUUAUAACUGAUUUUAAUUAUUUACCUAGCUGUUUUUACUGAUAAUCUUAUUGUUUUAUUCUUUUUGUAAAGCGCUUUGAGGUUUUUUUUUAACAAUCAAGUGGCAUAUAAAUUUUAUGAAAUAAAUAAAAAUAAACAGUAGGGCUUAUCAGAGCUUGCAGGGCAGCGGCGCGCGCCUAGUGGCGCGCGCAGUUUGAUCCACCUUUUAGAUUUAGGGAAGCUAGAGAUGCUCCUGGCUGCUUUCUCUGUGGCUCUGUCUGCCUGGCAAGGAAGCAGGUGGUUGGAAUGAAGAGGAAGAAGGGCAGGAGCAGCUGGUGAUCAUGGGGCUAAGGCCGUAGACUCAUUGUGGGAGGGGAUCCCAUGGAAGGGGUGUGACUUAGGCAAGGGCCCUUGCUGGCUCCGAGUUCAUGAAUGUCAGCCAAUCAUCUUCCUAACACCAUAUUUUCCUGUUAGGGAUACAUGUUACCUUUACACACCUUGCAUUGAACACUGGUGCUAGUGUUUGUAUGAAAGGGUGUACAUUUGUUGAUUUGUACAUCUCAACUGUCAUGCACACAGGAACACAGGUGAAACACUUGCUGAGUGCUAUGGCAAAACAACAUUGUUAGUAGUUUGAUUUCUGUUUCCCAUUAUCUGGGAAACCAUGUGUCUCUUUGCCUCCUUCUAGCGAUUGGGUGACUGGAGGUAGUAAGUUGCACCCAGGUUACAAAUUAAAGGGAGAAAACUUUUCCUUUAGCGUUGUCUGAAGGGUAUCUUGUGUGCUGAAAAAUAGGAAGGAAACCAAACCAGAGACAGUGGUCAAAUGACCUGGAUGAAUUUUCUAAUCAUUAUGUCAAACUUGCCUCCUCAGCCCCUUCACGCCUUGGCCUUCCUGCUUUUCAUUGUGCCUCUAGCAUAGUGGUUCCCAUUUGGAGGGGGCACUGCCCCCUCAGUUCCACAAACUCAUCCCCAGUGCCCCCUGCCCUACCCUAUAAAAAUAGAGCAGUAGAGCUUAAAAUGCAAAGUGAGGAAGGCAUUUUGCUGGGCUGUAGGUUGGUCAGUUGUAAAUAAGUGGUUGAUGUGCUUGUUGGGGGGGCCCUGCCACAUAGCGCCCUCUAGGUGAUUCCCCAGGGGCUGUACUGCUCCCUUUCAGAAGCCCUGCACUAGCACAUACUUUGUUCUGGAAGCCUGCAUGGCUCAUGAAGUUUGGAAGCUCACCUAGGAUCUCUUUGGUUCCCAGCACCUUGUGUGUUUGUUUUUUUUAAUAAGAUAUUUAUUAGGAUUUUAAAAAAAUAUUACAAUGAAAAAUGAAAAAGAAAAAAAAUACAAAAUAAAAAUGAUUAAAAACACUCAAAUUUUCCAUUGCUUAUUUUUCCUUAGCUUGUUUCCCGGACCUCCUCAUACCUCCCUUUUUGUAUUCCAGUUCAGUUUGUUGGUUCAGCAAAUCCUUACCCUCUUUAUUUAUCCUAAUCUUUGGUCUUAAAAUAGUAACGUUAGAUUUUUACCUCUUAACAACCCCUUUUUCAUAUUCCCUUAAAGCAUUACAGCUAGAAACCACUUAAUUUCUAUCCAACAUCGUUCUAACAUUCAUUAAUUUUACAAUAUUUCUGUAGAUAAUCUUUGAACUUCUUCCAGUCUUCUUCCACCGACUCUUCUCCCUGGUCUCGGAUUCUGCCAGUCAUUUCUGCCAAUUCCAUAUAGUCCAUCAGCUUCAUCUGCCAUUCUUCCAGAGUGGGUAAAUCUUGUGUCUUCCAAUACUUUGCAAUGAGUAUUCUUGCUGCUGUUGUGGCAUACAUAAAAAGGGUUCUAUCCUUCUUUGGCACCAAUUGACCGACUAUGCCCAGGAGAAAGGCCUCUGGUUUCUUCAGGAAGGUAUAUUUAAAUACCUUUUUCAAUUCAUUAUAAAUCUUAACAUCUGGAAAGCGAUCUCCCCUCCGGAUUGCAGGAGAGGAGGGGGGAAAGGUUUGAACUGUAUUUAUCUGCAAAAAAAGGGGGAAAGGAAGCUAAAAUCCACCGCCUAAAACCUGGGAACGGACUGCCCCGAGAUAAGGAAUGCCGCUCUGUGGAAAGCCUAUCAGUAAGCAGAGGACUUUUGACAGCUAACUCUGCAAAAGAGAUACAGUGUUUCUGAACUUCUCCUGGUUUUAAAGUAACUGAUUAAGUGCAACUGAAACUGUUGUUUUUAUGUGAAUUGGGGGACUUAUAAGGACUAUUUUCUUUUUUAAAAGUUGCAAGCUUUGGCUGUUACUGUGUCCCCCUAGAGGAGGCUUGACAUUGCUACAGUAACAACUGGGCUAGAGGAAUUUUCCAUUCCAAAACAAAUUUCCAGCUGUGGGAUCGGCCUUGAAUUCUCAUGAGAGUGUUAUGGCAGAUGGAAGAGGAAAGUUAGAGUUGGCGCAGGAAAAAACUACUAGGUCUGGCAGACCCUAUCGGACAGAUACUGUGUUGCAGCGAAGGGCUUCAACAUCUGGACCAUCUGGAAUACCAGGGGCUGCACCUCCACAGGUUAAACCAAACGUUAUGUCAUCCGAAGACGUUUUGGCACAGGCACUUGGAAAAAUUAAUGAAUCUUUGGAAAAUUUAGCUAAACAAGUAGCUGAAACAAAUAAACAAGUAGCUGAAGCAUCAGUUAAAAUUGACCAGAAUACUACAAGCAUCAAUAAUUUGGGACAGAAGGUGAAUACCAACACAGAGUCGAUUGAAAAAUUACUACAGGAAUCUGCUUCGACCCGAAAGAUAGCUGAAGAAGCAAAAGAUAUAGCAACUGCUACUCAAGAGAAGAUACCACCGGUAUAUAAGCAACUGGAGGACCACGGUUUGACAUUGUCUAUGAUUGAAUUGAAAGAGAAAUAAAGAAAUUUAAGAAUCAGGGCUGUACCAGAAUGUGAGAAAGACAAUUUGGCUGAUUUUCUUACGCAGGAAUUCACAGAUUUCUGGCAACAGGAUUUGGGGAAGGAAGAAUUUAUGAUAGUGAGUGCAUUUAGACUUGGAAGAGGAGGAAGGAGGAACAAGGUGAGAGACUGCUUGAUUACCCUUCGAACAAAAGAGGAGAGAGACAAAAUCUUGAAUCUGCAUUACCAAAAGACUUUGGAAAUUUACGACUCAAGUGUGGAGAUAUUCAAGGACAUUCCAAAACACCUUUUGGAUUUAAGGCUCAACUACGGAGAUUUGGUUGCCCUGCUGAGAAGAAACAGAAUCAUCUUCAGGUGGGAAUUCCCUCAAGGCCUGUCCUUCAAAUAUAAAGGAAGAAAGAUAAAAAUAACAUCAGUCAAUGACAAAGAUAGGUUUCUGAAGGAUCACGGAGAAGAUCUACAGAAAGAAGUGGAAUCCGGAGAAGAGCCAAAAGCACUGGAAAAAGGAAUACUAGACAUAGCAAACUUAUCUUUUGGAUUGCAUGGUCCAGAGAAAGAGACACCACUGACAGAACAAGAACAGACACUUGGCGCAGUUGGAGGUAAAGCGAAGUAACCCCAUCAUGGCUCUGCAACUGUUAAGUUGGAAUUGUAAUGGUUUGAAUUCUCCUUGGAAGAGAAAAAGUGUUUUUCAUUUACUAAAAAAGGAACAAUUGGACUUGAUUUGUCUACAAGAAACACAUGUAACAAGGUUACACAGGAAACUACUGAUUAAUAAGAGAUUGGGACAGGAGUUUAUCUCAUCUGACCAAGUUAAAAAAAGAGGAGUUGUGAUAUAUGCAAAGGAGAGACUAUUACCGAAAUUAAUUUUUAAAGAUGACCAAGGAAGAUUUUUGGCAAUUGAAAUUCAAGUUCAGGGAGAGAAAUUUUUGACGGUAGGAAUUUAUGCACCGAAUGAGGGGAAAUCUGAAUUCUUUAAAAAGUUGCAUGAGACCUUAUUGGAUUAUUUGGAUUACAAUCUGAUCUUGAUGGGGGAUAUGAAUGGAGUAGUAUCUACAAACAUGGAUAAGGCACAAAGACAGGUAGUUACCAAGGAUGGUAGACUACCGAAAACAUUUUUUGAGAUGAUAGACAAUUUUGAUUUAGUGGACACUUGGAGAACAAAGAACCCCUUGGGAAGAGAGGGAACCUUCUUUUCUGAAGCUAAGAUGACAUGUACUAGAAUUGACCAAAUAUGGGUAACUAGAGGAAUGGCACCAAAGAUAAAGAAAGUGGAAAUCUGCCCAAAAACCUGCUCCAACCAUAAUGCGGUAAGGAUGGAGUUGAAACUAACAUCAACUGGCUCCUUCAGAUGGAGGAUGAAUGACACCUUAUUUAGAGAUGAAGAAGUGUAUAAAAAGGCCCAAAAAACCUUGAGAGACUAUUUUGAAAUAAAUAUGAAUACUAAUGUAGAAAAAAGAGUAAUCUGGGACGCAAGUAAAGCUGUCAUGAGAGGGUUUCUGAUACAACAAAACGCAAUAAAGAAGAGAAGCCAAAAUGAGAAGAAAGAUAAAAUUUUGGGGAAAAUAAAAGAAAGUGAAAAGAAAUUGAGAGCAAAACCAAAGUCGCAGGAGAUUUUGAGAGAAAUAAAGUUAUAUCAAGUACAAUAUAUGGAAAUGAUGAAUCAGGAAAUAGAAUGGAAAAUUAAACAAAUGAGACAAAAAACAUUUGAAUCAGCUAACAAAUGUGGGAAAUUGCUGGCCUGGCAAAUGAACCUUGUGUGUUUUAGUCAUCAUGCAGGCUUGCUAGUGGGGGGCUUGUUGCUCACCACUUCUUCAGUUCUGUUGCCGCCCCAAACUGAACUAAAAGGAGAUCCUUGCAGCAGGCUGAGGCCAGUGAGAAGUGUCUCUUCUUUACUACAGCGAUCACAGUGUUGUUUUGGAUUGUGCUGCUCCUGCUCCUGCUUCUUGUCAGCUGACUUUCACCAGGGAUGGUGUACAAUGUUGGCAGGAUUCAGGAUUAAAAUUAACAUAAACUGUGCCGGUAACAGGAUGUUAGCGCCUGCAGUCAUGGCCUUUAUGGUAACCCAUGUUCCUUGGCUGCUGGUACUAUACGUGCAUUGCUGAAUUCAAUAGUGCCACUGUAUUCUGCUCUGGUCAGACCUCACCUGGAGUACUGUGUCCAGUUCUGGGCACCACAGUUCAAGAAGGACACUGACAAACUGGAACGUGUCCAGAGGAGGGCAACCAAAAUGGUCAAAGGCCUGGAAACGAUGCCUUAUGAGGAACGGCUAAGGGAGCUGGGCAUGCUUAGCCUGGAGAAGAGGAGGUUAAGGGGUGAUAUGAUAGCCAUGUUCAAAUAUAUAAAAGGAUGUCACAUAGAGGAGGGAGAAAGGUUGUUUUCUGCUGCUCCAGAGAAGUGGAGGAAACACCAUCAGAGCACUCCUGACAUAUGGUUGUCAAGCCUCUGCUUAAAGACCUCCAAAGAAGGAGACUCCACCACACUCCUUGGCAGCAAAUUCCACUGUCGAACAGCUCUUACUGUCAGGAAGUUCUUCCUAAUGUUGAGGUGGAAUCUUCUUUCUUGUAGUUUGGAUCCAUUGCUCCGUGUCCGCUUCUCUGGAGCAGCAGAAAACAACCUUUCUCCCUCCUCUAUGUGACAUCCUUUUAUAUAUUUGAACAUGGCUAUCAUAUCACCCCUUAACCUCCUCUUCUCCAGGCUAAACAUGCCCAGCUGCUGUCGCCGUUCCUCAUAAGGCAUCGUUUCCAGGCCUUUGACCAUUUUGGUUGCCCUCCUCUGGCCACGUUCCAGUUUGUCAAUGUCCUUCUUGAACUGUGGUGCCCAGAACUGGACACAGUACUCCAGGUGAGGUCUGACCAGAGCAGAAUACAGUGGCACUAUUACUUCCCUUGAUCUAGAUGCUAUACUCCUAUUGAUGCAGCCCAGAAUUGCAUUGGCUUUUUUAGCUGCCGCGUCACACUGUUGGCUCAUGUCAAGUUUGUGGUCAACCAAGACUCCUAGAUCCUUUUCACAUGUACUGCUCUCAAGCCAGGUGUCACCCAUCUUGUAUUUGUGCCUCUCAUUUUUUUGCCCAAGUGCAAUACUUUACAUUUCUCCCUGUUAAAAUUCAUCUUGUUUGUUUUGGCCCAGUUCUCUAAUCUGUCAAGGUCGUUUUGAAGUGUGAUCCUGUCCUCUGGGGUGUUAGCCACCCUCCCAAUUUGGUGUCAUCUGCAAAUUUGAUCAGGAUGCCCUUGAGUCCAUCAUCCAAGUCGUUGAUAAAGAUGUUGAAUAAGACCGGGCCCAAGACAGAACCCUGUGGCACCCCACUAGUCACUCUUCUCCAGGAUGAAGAGGAACCAUUGAUGAGCACCCUUUGGGUUCGGUCAGUCAGCCAGUUACAAAUCCACUGAGUGGUAGCAUAGUCAAGACCACAUUUUACCAGCUUCUUUACAAGAAUAUCAUGAGGCACCUUGUCAAAUGCCUUGCUGAAAUCAAGGUAGGCUACAUCCACUGCGUUCCCUUCAUCUACCAGGCUUGUAAUUCUGUCACAAAACGAGAUCAGGUUAGUCUGACGUGACUUAUUUUUCAGAAAUCCAUGCUGACUAUUGGUGAUCACAGCAUUCCUUUCUAGGUGCUCACAGACUGUUUGCUUAAUGAUCUGCUCCAGAAUCUUCCCUGGUAUUGAUGUCAGACUGACUGGGCGGUAAUUAUUUGGGUCCCCUCUUUUCCCCUUUUUGAAAAUAGGGACAACAUUUGCCCUCCUCCAGUCUGCCGGGACUUCGCCCGUUCUCCAGGAAUUCUCAAAGAUGACUGCCAGUGGUUCUGAGAUCACAUCUGCCAGUUCUUUUAAUACUCUUGGAUGCAGUUCAUCUGGCCCUGGAGACUUGAAUACAUCUAAACUAGCCAAGUAUUCUUGUACUAUCUCCUUAGUUAUUCUGGGCUGUGUUUCCUUUGCUGAAUCAUUUGCUCCAAAUUCUUCAGGUCGGGCAUUGUUUUCUUUAUCGGGGAAGACUGAGGCAAAGAAGGCAUUGAGGAGUUCAGCCCUUUCUGUGUCCCCUGUUUGCAUUUCACCAUCUUCUCCUCUGAGUGACCCCACUGUUUCUUUGUUCUUCGUUUUGCUACUGACAUACCCAUAAAAGCCUUUUUUGUUGCUUUUAACCUCUCUAGCAAGCCUGAGUUCAUUCUGUGCUUUAGCUUUUCUGACUUUGUGUCUACACGUGCUGGCUAUUUGUUUGAAUUCCUCUUUGGUGGUUUCCCCCUUUUCCAUUUUUGUACACAUCCUUUUUAAAUCUUAACUCAGUUAAAAGUUCUUUAGAUAGCCACCCUGGCUUCUUUAGGCACCUUCCAUGUUUCUGUCUCAUUGGUAUUGCCUGACGUUGUGCUUUUAGUAUCUCCCUCUUAACAAACUCCCAGCCAUCAUGAACUCCCUUUCUUUUUAGUAUUACUGUCCAUGGGAUCUCACCCAGUACUUCCCUAAGUUUUAUGAAGUCAGCUUUCUUAAAGUCAAGAAAUUGAGUCCUAGUAUGCUUGGCUGCUCCUUUCCGCUGUAUAGUAAACUUCAGAAGAGCAUGAUCACUCGCGCCUAAUGAUCCUUCCACUUCUACCCCACUAACCAGGUCAUCAACAUUGGUUAGGACCAGAUCUAAAAUGGCUGUUCCUCUUGUUGCUUCUCCCACUUUCUGGACAAUGAAGUUGUCUGCAAGGCCAGUGAGGAAUCUGUUUGACCUUAUGCUCUUGGCUGAGUUUGACAUCCAACAAAUAUCCGGGUAAUUGAAGUCCCCCAUUACUAAGAAAGCAAAUCGUUUCCAUAAAUGUUUUUUGAAAUGAGCACACAAAAAUUCUUGUAACCCUUUCUAAAGACUGGGCAAGCUAAGCAGGAGCAGACGCUGCUGGAGAGCUCAGUGUCCUAAGAGGACAUUCUCCUGAGUGUGUGGUCUUGGUUUGGGGCUGAAUAUUGACUUAGGAGUUUGUGUGCAUGAAGAGAGAAUUUUAUGAACUGGAGCUUUCUGUUGCACAACUCUGAGCAAAAUGUCGGCACCUUCUCUCUAGAGCACUAGGCAGAAGAAUGUUUCGGUAAGUGUAUGUAUGUUUUUUGCUCUUAUUUUAAAAGAAAUGUGGUUGCAGUCGGUGGACAGGCCUGAACAAUAUUCUAAUAAAAUAACUUUUGAUAGGAAGUAGACUUUUUCACCAUAUCACUGUAGUCUUUUUGCAAAAUGUCCUCAUGAUUUAACCACAGGAGGGCGCUAUUACACUGUAGUCACCUCGACCCAGAAUUUGCAAGAAUUUGCCAAUUCUUUAGUUUUGUAGUGGUACACACUUGGGUUGAUGGAAACCUCUGGAUUUCACUAGCUCUGCCUGCCAACCUUAAAACUUUCUCCUUGGUCUUGCUAGUUUGAACCAUCCCAAUUUAGAUGUGGCCAUUGACACAUGCUUUUUUAUUUUUUAUUUUUAAUAAUUUUUAUUAAGGUUUUAAACAAAGAAAAAAGAAAAACAACACACACACAAAAAAAAUACAAAACUUAACAAUAAAAACAGAACAUAACAAUUAAAAACAAACUCUCUUUUCCAUUCCAAUUUUAAAUUACUUAUUUUCUGGACUUCCUCAUACCUCCUUUUUUUGUAUUCCAAUCCACAUUAUUUGUCCAGCAGUUUCUUUUCCACUUUUUUAAUCCCAAUCUUUAAUUUGCUAAAAUGUUAAAAUAUAUAACUUCAACUUUUUUAAACCUAAUCCUUACUCUUAAUGUCAUAUAGCUUUAAAUUUUUCCCUUUUAUUAUCAAAUUUCCAUUUCUUUAAACAUCUUUAAUCUUAACCUUUAAUCUUAAUCUAUCCUUAACUUUAACCUGUACAGCUGGAAACCACUUAUUUUCAAUCCAACAUCACUCUAACAUUCCUUAAUUUUGCAGUGUUUCUGAAGAUAGUCUUUGAAUUUCUUCCAGUCUUCCUCCAUCGACUCUUCUCCCUGGUCACGGAUUCUGCCAGUCAUUUCCGCCAAUUCCAUAUACUCCAUAAGUUUCAUCUGCCAUUCCUCCAGUGUGGGAAGUUCUUGUGUCUUCCAAUACUUUGCGAUGAGUAUUCUUGCUGCUGUUGUUGCAUACAUAAAGAAAGUUCUAUCCUUUUUUAACACCAUUUGGCCCACUAUGCCCAGGAGAAAGGCCUCUGGUUUCUUGGGGAAGGUAUACUUAAAUACCUUUUUUAAUUCAUUAUAUAUCAUUUCCCAGAAAACCUUAAUCUUUGGGCACGUCCACCAAAGGUGAAAAAAUGUACCUUCAGUUUCUUUACAUUUCCAACAUUUGUUAUCGGGCAAGUGAUAAAUUUUCGCAAGCUUGACUGGGGUUAUGUACCACCUGUAUAUCAUUUUCAUAAUAUUCUCUCUUAAGGCAUUACAUGCCGUAAAUUUCAUACCUGUGGUCCAUAACUGUUCCCAGUCAGCAAACAUAAUGUUAUGUCCAACGUCCUGUGCCCAUUUAAUCAUAGCCGAUUUUACCGUUUCAUCCUGAGUAUUCCAUUUCAGCAGCAAGUUAUACAUUCUUGACAGAUUCUUAGUUUUGGGUUCUAACAAUUCUGUUUCUAAUUUGGAUCUUUCCACCUGGAAGCCAAUUUUCCUGUCCAAUUUAAAUGCCUCCAUUAUCUGAUAAUAAUGAAGCCAGUCUCGCACUUUGUUUUUUAGUUUUUCAAAACUCUGCAAUUUCAGUCUAUCUCCGUCUUGUUCCAAAAUUUCCCAAUAUUUCGGCCAUUUGACCUCCAUAUUGACCUUUUUUCAAGGCUUUCGCUUCCAUUGGUGACAGCCACCUUGGGGUUUUAUUUUCUAUUGACACAUGCUUUUUUAAUCUCCUGUUUGGAUUACUGUAACACUCUAUGCGGGGCUGCCCUUGAAAAAUGUAAGCAGCCCCACAUACCUGGCUGCCGCCAGAUUGUUGAUUAGGGUUGGUUAUAGGGAGCAGGUGACUCCCUUGCUAGAACAGCUCCACAGGCCGCCAGUCUGUUUCCUGGCACAAGUCAAACUGUGCUGGCUAUCACCUACAGGGCUUAGGUCCAAGCUAUCUGAAUGGCAGUAUUCUUCCGUAUGAACCUGCCUGGGCUCUGAGAUCUUUGGGAGGGGCCCUUCUCUUGGCCCCGCCCCCCUCACAGACACGCUUUGUGGGGACGCGGGAGAGAGCCUUCUCGGUGGUGGCUGCUUCCAGACAGUUUUGGAACUCUCUCCCUGGAGAUGCUAGACAGGCUUCCUCCCUUCUGUCAUUCCACCAGCAGAUGAAGACUUUCUUGUUCCAACAAGACUGGCUGCUUUUAAUGAAAGGGUUGGUGCCAUGCUGGUUUUAUUGUAAUUAUUGGUAUGUUUUAAACAGAUUUUCUAUAUGUAUAUAGUUUUAAUUCUACCAGUGUUUAAUUGUAUUUUAAUGAUUGAUUUUUUUCUUUGUAGUGGUUCUUACUUUUAUCUGUAAGCCAUCUUGAGUCCUGUCAGAGGAAAAGGUGGGAUAACAACAACAACAACAACAACAACAAUAAUAUACCAAAAUAAACUGGCAUAUUUUAUAACUUGUGCCCCCCCCAACUUGUGUUCCCCAGCAACCUGCCCUUCUGAUCUGAGGUCCUCACGAUUCCUUCACCAAUUCCCAUGCCACCUCCCUGUUCAUAGAAGGCCACUGUCUUCCCAUUCCCCAUUCUGCUGUGUACAAUCCCACUGGGCUUGUGAGGACUGCAGAGCUACAAAUAAAAGAGCUGUGCUGGAUCAGACUAAAUGCCCAGCUAGUUCAGUCUUCCCCAACCUUGUGCCCUCCAGAUGUUUUGGACCUCAAUCUCCAUCAGCCACAGCUCUCCAUGGCCAUCGAUGAAGGCUGCUCUAUAACAGGUAAAGGUAAAGGGACCCCUGACCAUUAGGUCCAGUCAUGCCUGACUCUGGGGUUGCGGCGCUCAUCUCGCUUUAUUGGCCGAGGGAGUCGGUGUACAGCUUCCAGGUCAUGUGGCCAGCAUGACUUCUGGCGAACCAGAGCAGCGCACGAAAAUGCCGUUUACCUUCCUGCCGGAGCGGUACCUAUUUAUCUACUUGCACUUUGACAUACUUUCGAACUGCUAGGUUGGCAGGAGCAGGGACCUAGCAACGGGAGCUCACCCCGUCGCGGGGAUUCGAACCGCCGACCUUCUGAUCGGCAAGUCCUAGGCUCUGCGGUUUAGACCACAGCGUCACCCGCAUCCCUGUUAUAUUAUAUAUCCCCUCAAAAUUUCCACUUUCAAUUGGUCUUCUACUUCUGAUAACAGCUCUUUAUAAGUUGCCCACUCACCUUUUGCAUUAAAUUUUCAAAGAUAAUGCUUCCAAGAUGUUUUCUGUUCCAAUAAAUUUUUAUAUUUCUCCCACACAGAAUAAAUUUUCUCACAAAGUGGUUUAGGAAACCUUUAUGCACUUUUGUCUUUUCAUACCAUAGAUAUGCAUGCUAACCAAAUCUAUUAUCAAGACCUUCCAAGUCUAAAAUAUCCACAUUCUUUAGAACAAUCCACUCCCAAAGCCAGCAAAGAUGGGACACCUCAUAGUAUAAUCUCAAGUCUGGCAUGGGAAAGCCACCUCUUUCCUUAGUAUCUGUUAACAAUUUAUGAUUUAUCAUUGGUUUCUUCCUCUGCCUGAUAAAUUUGGAGAUAGCCUUCUGCCAUUGUUUAAAUUAUCCUACUCCACUGAUUACUGGAAUUGUCAGGAAUAGAAAUAACAUUCUUAGCAAUACAUUGAUUUUUAUUACUGAUAUCCUUCCCCACAAACUUCAUCCUCCCCCAUACCUCCAAAUUUCUCUUUAUUUCUUUCCAAGUGGUUAUAUAGUUGUCUUUAAAAAUGUUUAUAUUCCUUGCUUUUUUCUAUUAAAACAGUUCUGUUUUUUGUUGUAGGUCCUUUUUGUGUUGUUCUAUCAUAUUUUUAACCAACAUUUUUGCUUCCUUUUUAUUUAACUUGAAACCUGCUACUUGGCCAAACUCCAGAAUUCUGUCCAAGACCCUUGGUAUACUUACCAUCAGGUCUUCUACUGUUAUCACAAUGUCAUCUGCGAAUGCUUUGCACCCAACUGUAAUACCUUUUAUUCCAUCAUCUGAUCUUAUACAUCUUGCCAGGGUUUCUAAAAUUAAUAUAAACAAUAAUGGGGACAGGGGACAUCCCUGUCUUGUCCCUUUAGCUAUUUUACAUUUUUCUCUUAUCACGUUAUUCACUAUUAGCAAAGCCUAUUACUCUGAGUAAAUUGCUUCUAUUCCCCUCUGGAAUGACUCUCCAAAGUUCAUCAUCUCUAUUGUUUUUUUCCAUAAACAUCCAUGACACAUUGUCAAAGGCCUUCUCUGCAUCUAUAAACAUUAAUGUGGAUCAUUCCUGACCUCCAGAUAUAACAUCAAUUAUAUUCCUUAUGCUAUCCUUCAUUUGACAGCCAGAAAGCCUGCUUGAUUUUGAUGAAUCAAAUCUUUGAACAACGUUUUCAUAUGAUUGCCAUUAUAUUGGCAAAUAGUUUGUAAUCAUUAUGUAGCAGAGAAAUUGGCCUAUAAUUUUUUACGGAUAGUAAGUCUGUGUCUUACUUUGGGAUUAAAGUGAUAUAUGCCUUUUUCCAAGACUCUGGUUCAAAAUUUUAUUCAUUACUUCUUUUAAGGGUUAUAUCAGAAAAUCUUGUAAUUUCUUAUAAUAUUUUGCUGAGAGUCCGUCUGGUCCUGGUGAUUUGCCUAUUUUUGUCUGGUUGAUUACUUGUUGGAAUUCCACCAUCGUUAUUGGUGCAUUUAAAUAAUUAAUUUUCUGAAGUGGAAUUUGUGGCAAUUUAUUCUGCAUCAAAUAUUUCUCGAUUUCACCUUUAUUUUCUUUACCGGAUCAAUAUAGUUCUGUAUAGUAUUUUAUGAAUUGUCUUCUUAUGUCUUUCAAAUUAUCUAUUAUUUUCCCAUCUAUUUUCAAUUUGUUAAUUGUUUUCAUUCCCUGUCUUUUCUUUAACUGCCAUGCCAACAGUUUCCCAGGUUUGUUAGCGAAUUCAAAAAAAUUCUGCCUUAGUGUUUUUAUCUUUCUUUCAAUUCACUAACAUUGAAAAUUGUGUUUGUAACAUUUUUAUAUUUUGCUUAAUUGCAUCUUUACCAGGUUUUUAAAUCAAUUUUUCUAUUAUCUCUUUCUUUGUUUCUCCUCUUUAUCCUCAGGAGUUGGUUCCCCUUUAUCUUCCACUGUGUGUGUGUGUGUGUGUGUGUGUGUGUGUGUAUAUAUAUAUAUAAAAUAUUUACAUAUAUUACUGUGGAUGCUCAGGUUGCAAAUGUGAUCUGCGGGUUGCGAUUUGGCGCUUAUGUUGGAAUCCAGUUGGAAUUUCCUUCAGAAUUAUUAUAUUAAGUUCAUCUGUUUGAAGUCUCUUUUGAUAAUUCAUCUGUAGUAUUCCAUCUUUUGCCAUACGUUAGUUGAAGGUCACCUGGCAGUCCCCUGGCAAUAUCUUUGCCUUUGCAAAGCUUAAUUUUAUCCUGAAGGCUUUGUUGAUUGGUUGGACUACUUCUUCUUGUAUCUCCAUCCAGAUGACUAAUUCCUGUAUUAUUUUUUUCUCUUAUGUUUUCCUCAGUCUCCUCCGGUAUCCCACGAAAACACAAAGUUAAAUCUUUAUGUUGCAUUUACAGAACUGCAAUCGAGUCCCAGGCGGCCUCCUGCAUCCUCAUCAGCUCGGCUGAUUCUUCCCUCAUUUUAUCAUGUUCCCUUUUCAAUUUUCCCCCUUCUGUUUGUGUUUUUUUCUGUUGUUUCCUCAAGGCCUUUUGUAUUUCCCCCCCAUCCCCUGCACUGAUUUUUUCCCAAUCCUGUCAUUUGGGUUGAAAAUUCUUUGGUUGAAAACUCGCUUUUUUUGGGGGGGGUGCACAACGUCCUUGUACUUUCCCCGAGCCCCCCUCACCGAUUGAGCCUUUCUCCCGAGAUCAAAGCUCGUGCUCUGUCACCAUUUACAGGAACCCGGAAGUCCCCCACUCUGCACUCUCAGGUUGUUUGAAUUACACCAUGGCAAGUCAUGGGAUGUGGGUGCUCAUACUCUGCCUCUCCUUACAGUGGGACAAGGAAUUCUUAGUGACUGAAGUAGGGCGGGAUGAACCUCCCACAUCCUUGCUGGGCCUCUUCUUUGAGUUUGUUGGCAGUUAUAUCAGACGGAUUUAUAUAGUGAACUUACAUCCUGCCACUCAGUAAACAUUCUUCACAAGAUAGAAAACACAAGUGUAUGCUUGGUUGAACAUCAGUUUAGAAAUACAUAAUUUAAAACAACCAUUGAGACAGUUUUAGUUUUACUUAAUGCAAAGGGGGUGAGUUUCUGUUCUGCUCAAUCUCUGUGAACUUAUCACCUGGACCCUGCACUAUAGAAUUAAAAUAAAAGCUGCAUUCCACAGUUCAGCAACAUGCUCACCUGAGUGUGUGUCUGGCAGUACUUGUACACCCAACAACGUGAAAAGGAAAGAGCCAGUAGUAGGGCACCAGGAAGCUUGUCUACUGCGGCACAGAUACUUCCAUUGGAUCUGACUUGCUUGUUUCUAAUGUUAGCAGCCUCUUCCUGCAACAAAAAGGAAAUGUGCCCCUUUGCCUCAGCAUUAUCCAGUUCCCAGCUGAGGUGUGUAUGUGUUUUGCUUCACUCUUUCCCUGCCUACCAGGGAGGUAAGGAAGCUGUUUCACUGGCAUUGCUGCUCAGUUUUGGUCUGAAGGAGAGGAAGCCCUGUCUUGGUGCUCCCGAGUAGAGAGCUGGCCUCAGCUGGUGUCCUCCUCUGCACUGGCUUUUUGUGGCCCAUGUGGGUUUCUGUUGCAUGUGGGAUACACACACACACACACACACUUUUUAUUAACUUAUUAUUACAGCACACACACACCACUUAGAAAACAAACUACAAAAGAAAACACAUGAUAAACAUAUAUCCAUAAAUCUGCAAGUAUCUGCACAUGGACUUUAUCUAAUCUUUAGUUCUUAUUCUAUUCUAAUAGACUUCCUUCUCAGUGUGGGUCUGAUUUUAAACUUGAUAAACUGUUUCUUUUUCAUUUCGUCUUUUCUACCAUUCUCCAUAUGUUGUAUUUGUAAACCAUAUUUUGUUUUGCAAAAAUUAUUCGAAGCAAGUCCAGGUUUUAAUUUGAGGGCACUGUUUUUUAAAAUAAUCUCUGUACUUUCCCCACUCUUUUUGAAAUUGCAUCCGUCAUUUUUGCCAACUCAAGGCAAUCAACUAAUCUCUCUUGCCACUCUUUUUUUGUUGUUACUGUUUCGUGUUUCCAGUUUUUUGCAGUUAACAUUCUUGCUGUGGAUGUUGUGUAAAGGAAUAUUCUCUUAUUUUCAUUUGCCAUGUCUGAAUCUACUAUGCCCAAUAGAAAUGCUUCUGUUUCUUUUUUUACAAAAGUUUGUUUAAAUAUUUUUUUCAACUCCUCAUAUACCGUGUCCCAGAAGCUCUUAAUUUUGUUACAGAUCCACCACGUAUGAAGUAACGACCCCUCUGAUUGAUUAUAUCUCCAGCACAUUUUAGAUUUUGUUUUAUACAUUUUGGAUAUUUUGGUAGGUCUUAUUUGUUGUUGUUGUUUAGUCGUUUAGUCGUGUCCGACUCUUCGCGACCCCAUGGACCAGAGCACGCCAGGCACUUCUGUCUUCCACUGCCUCCCGCAGUUUAGUCAAACUCAUGCUGGUAGCUUCGAGAACACUAUCCAACCAUCUCGUCCUCUGUCAUCCCCUUCUCCUUGUGUCCUCCAUCUUUCCCAACAUCAGGGUCUUUUCCAGUGAGUCUUCUCUUCUCAUGAGGUGGCCAAAGUAUUGGAGUCUCAGCUUCAGGAUCUGUCCUUCCAGUGAGCACUCAGGGCUCAUUUCCUUCAGAAUGGAUAGGUUUGAUCUUCGUGCAGUCCAUGGGACUCUCAAGCUCUCCUCCAGCACCAGGUAGGUGUUAUAUACCACCUAUAAAACAUCUUGAGAAAGUUUUCCUUUAUCAAGUCGCAAGCCGUGAAUCUCCGGUCCUUAUUCCAUAAUUUGUCCCAGGCCAAUAAUUGAAUAUUUUUGCCUAGGUCCAUUGCCCAGUUAAUCAUUACUUCCUUUACUUGCUCAUCUUUAGCCUCCCAUUAUAAAAUAAUUCCAUACAUUCUAGAAAUUACUUUUUUCUUGUUUUGCAUUAGUUCGUUGUCUAGUGUUGACUCUUCUCUUGCAAAACCUUUUUUUAUUAUCUAUUCUAAACACCUCAUUCAACUGAUGGUAUUGAAUCCAUCCUGUUAAGUGAUAUUUUAUAUAUUUUUUCAGUUUCAGUUUAUUACCUUCUUCAUCUAAGAGAUCCUUAUAUGUGGCCCAUAGCGUUUCCAUGCUCUUCCUUUUGCCUGCUAUAGCCUCCAGAGGGGAGUGCCACCAAGGGGUUUAGGGUUCUAGUAAUUCUUUGUGCUUCACCCAUACUCUAUAUAAAGGCUUUCUUAUGAUAUGACUGAGGAAUCCUUUUCAGAGCUUGCAGGGCAGCAGCUGAAGAAGGUGCAAAAAGGGUUUUCUUGGAUGUGUGUUUCUUUGUGGCUAAUUAGCUGCUCUCCCUGUGCAAAAGUCAGAGGGGGCAGGGUUUCUGUUGAGGCAGGUGAUUAGCUGUGGGAGGAGCUUAUCAGAGCUUGCAGGGCAGCAGCUGAAGAAGGAGCAAAAAGUUUGAUCCAUCUUUUAGAUUUAGGGGAGCUAGUCUCAAACGUUGGUUGGGGGAGACCUAGGUUUUUUUUGGGGGGGGAGUUAUUUGUCCUGUCUUCACGCUUUUUAUGAUGGAGGACCGCUGUAGCCACCCCCAACGACACGUUCUCAAGAUGGAGGGGGAGGGAACAGCUGCAGUUGCCUGCGGUUCCAGCGCAAAGUUUGCCAUCUUGCCAAAGGUUGCAGGCAGCUUUACCUGCAGCAAUUGCAUGUUGAUUGCCCUCUUAAAAGACAAAGUCCAGCAACUGGAGGAACGUGUAGCUACGCUCCAAAGAAUUAGAGAGCUGGAGCUCUUCUUGGAAGCCACAGAGCACACCGUCUCCACCAAGGAGGAGACAGGGGACUCCCCUGAGAAGGAGGCUAGUUCACCAACACAGGAGCCAGAUAUAUGGAGAAACGUGACUCAAAGAAGUAGGAGGCCCAGGGUUCGCUCUGAUUGUUUAGAAAUACACAAUCGCUUUGAGGUCCUCUCCUCUAGCAUGGAAGACGAAGAGCAGACUCCAUUUGAGGAUCUCUCUCUCAUUACAGUCGAUCAGGUAUAUGAAGACGAGCAGCAAAGUCAGUCCUCAGGGAAUGUGCAGGCGACCUUGGAACGGACAGCUCACGGAAGAACCCCGACCAAACCUAAGAGGAGGCAUGUAGUGGUGAUAGGGGAUUCCCUACUGAGGGGAACAGAAGCAGUGAUCUGUGGGCCUGACAAGAUGUCUUGGGAAGUGUGCUGUCUCCCUGGGGCUAAGAUCCAAGAUGUAACUGAACGACUGCAAGGAAUCAUAAAACCCACUGACAAAUACCCCCUCCUCUUGGUUCAUGUGGGAACCAAUGACACUGCAAGCAAUAGCCUCCAGAAGAUCAAAAGAGACUACGAGGCUCUGGGCAGGAAAUUGAAGCAAUUAAAUGCACAAAUUGUCAUCUCAUCUGUCCUCCCAGUUGAACGACGUGGCCCAGGGAGAGAGGGAAAAAUAGUGGAAGUGAACAGCUGGCUUUGCAAAUGGUGUAAACAAGAACGGUUUGGAUUCUUAGAUCACGGACUGCAGUUUCUUGAAGAUGGACUUCUGGCAAGCGAUGGGCUACACCUCACAAUGGUUGGGAGGAAUGUUUUUGCCAAAAAUCUCAGAAACCUCAUCAGGAGGGCUUUAAACUGACUAAUGUGGGGGGAGGGAGACAGUGCUCCUGAAGGUAGGAGUCUAUCAAUUGAUGAAGAUGAUCAUCCAAAUGUCAUAGACCAAAUGGAGCAAACAGCACGCAGACCUAGUGGUGGGAGGAAAAAAUCCUUAAAUAAGAGUCACGGGGGAAUGCUUAAUGGACUUCAAUGUCUGUACACUAAUGCACAAAGCAUGGGAAAUAAACAAGAUGAGCUUGAGCUCUUGGUACAGCAAACUAAAUAUGACAUAAUAGGCAUCACUGAAACCUGGUGGGAUAAGUCCCACGAUUGGAAUGUAAUAAUGGGGGGAUACAAUCUAUUUCAGAGAAACAGACCAGACAAGAAAGGAGGAGGAGUGGCGUUAUAUGUCAGGGAUGUGUAUACCUGUGAAGAGAUCCAAGAUUUAGAACCUCAAAGCCAAAGUGAGAGCAUUGGGGUCAAAAUUAAGGGAGAGAAGAAGAACAGUGACCUCAUUGUGGGAGUUUACUAUAGAUCCCCAAGCCAAACGGAGGACAUAGAUGAUGCCUUCCUGGAACAGAUGGCCAAGCAUGCAAAAGGAAGGGAGAUAGUAGAAAUGGGGGACUUCAAUUACCCGGAUAUUUGGUGGAUGUCAAACUCAGCCAAGAGCAUAAGGUCAAACAGAUUCCUCACUGGCCUUGCAGACAACUUCAUUGUCCAGAAAGUGGGAGAAGCAACAAGAGGAACAGCCAUUUUAGAUCUGGUCCUAACCAAUGUUGAUGACCUGGUUAGUGGGGUAGAAGUGGAAGGAUCAUUAGGCGCAAGUGAUCAUGCUCUUCUGAAGUUUACUAUACAGCGGAAAGGAGCAGCCAAGCAUACUAGGACUCAAUUUCUUGACUUUAAGCCGACUUCAUAAAACUUAGGGAAGUGCUAGGUGAGAUCCCAUGGACAGUGAUACUAAAAGGAAAGGGAGUUCAUGAUGGCUGGGAGUUUGUUAAGAGGGAGAUAGUAAAAGCACAACUUCAGGCAAUACCAAUGAGACGGAAACAUGGAAGGUGCCUAAAGAAGCCAGGGUGACUAUCUAAAGAACUUUUAACUGAGUUAAGAUUAAAAAAGGAUGUGUACAAAAAAUGGAAAAGGGGGGAAACCACCAAAGAGGAAUUCAAACAAAUAGCCAGCAUGUGUAGACACAAAGUCAGAAAAGCUAAAGCACAGAAUGAACUCAGGCUUGCUAGAGAGGUUAAAAGCAACAAAAAAGGCUUUUAUGGGUAUGUUCGUAGCAAAAGGAAGAACAAAGAAACAGUGGGGUCACUCAGAGGAGAAGAUGGUGAAAUGCAAACAGGGGACACAGAAAGGGCUGAACUCCUCAAUGCCUUCUUUGCCUCAGUCUUCUCUGAUAAAGAAAACAAUGCCCGACCUGAAGAAUUUGGAGCAAAUGAUUCAGCAGAGGAAACACAGCCCAGAAUAUCUAAGGAGAUAGUACAAGAAUACUUGGCUAGUUUAGAUGUAUUCAAGUCUCCAGGGCCAGAUGAACUGCAUCCAAGAGUAAUAAAAGAACUGGCAGAUGUGAUCUCAGAACCACUGGCAGUCAUCUUUGAGAAUUCCUGGAGAACAGGCGAAGUCCCGGCAGACUGGAGGAGGGCAAAUGUUGUCCCUAUUUUCAAAAAGGGGAAAGAGAGGACCCAAAUAAUUACCGCCCAGUCAGUCUGACAUCAAUACCAGGGAAGAUUCUGGAGCAGAUCAUUAAGCAAACAGUCUGUGAGUACCUAGAAAGGAAUGCUGUGAUCACCAAUAGUCAGCAUGGAUUUCUGAAAAAUAAGUCAUGUCAGACUAACCUGAUCCCGUUUUUGACAUAAUUACAAGCCUGGUAGAUGAAGGGAACGCAGUGGAUGUAGCCUACCUUGAUUUCAGCAAGGCAUUUGACAAGGUGGCCCAUGAUAUUCUUGUAAAGAAGCUGGUAAAAUGCGGUCUUGACUAUGCUACCACUCAGUGGAUUUGUAACUGGCUGACUGACCGAACCCAAAGGGUGCUCAUCAAUGGUUCCUCUUCAUCCUGGAGAAGAGUGACUAGUGGGGUGCCACAGGGUUCUGUCUUGGGCCCGGUCUUAUUCAACAUCUUUAUCAACGACUUGGAUGAUGGACUCAAGGGCAUCCUGAUGAAAUUUGCAGAUGACACCAAACUGGGAGGGGUGGCUAACACCCCAGAGGACAGGAUCACACUUCAAAAUGACCUUGACAGAUUAGAGAACUGGGCCAAAACAAACAAGAUGAAUUUUAACAGGGAGAAAUGUAAAGUAUUGCACUUGGGCAAAAAAAGGAGAGGCACAAAUACAAGAUGGGUGACACCUGGCUUGAGAGCAGUACAUGUGAAAAGGAUCUAGGAAUCUUGGUUGACCACAAACUUGACAUGAGCCAACAGUGUGACGCGGCAGCUAAAAAAGCCAAUGCAAUUCUGGGCCGCAUCAAUAGGAGUAUAGCAUCUAGAUCAAGGGAAGUAAUAGUGCCACUGUAUUCUGCUCUGGUCAGACCUCACCUGGAGUACUGUGUCCAGUUCUGGGCACCACAGUUCAAGAAGGACAUUGACAAACUGGAACGUGGCCAGAGGAGGGCAACCAAAAUGGUCAAAGGCCUGGAAACGAUGCCUUAUGAGGAACGGCUAAGGGAGCUGGGCAUGUUUAGCCUGGAGAAGAGGAGGUUAAGGGGUGAUAUGAUAGCCAUGUUCAAAUAUAUAAAAGGAUGUCACAUAGAGGAGGGAGAAAGGUUGUUUUCUGCUGCUCCAGAGAAGCGGACACGGAGCAAUGGAUCCAAACUACAAGAAAGAAGAUUCCACCUAAACAUUAGGAAGAACUUCCUGACAGUAAGAGCUGUUCGACAGUGGAAUUUGCUGCCAAGGAGUGUGGUGGAGUCUCCUUCUUUGGAGGUCUUUAAGCAGAGGCUUGACAAUCAUAUGUCAGGAGUGCUCUGAUGGUGUUUCCUGCUUGGCAGGGGGUUGGACUCGAUGGCCCUUGUGGUCUCUUCCAACUCUAUGAUUCUAUGAUUCAUAUCCUAAGUAUGCAUGCCACCCAUAGGGAUUGUCAAACCCUUCUAAGUCCAGUAAAUCUAUAUUCUGUUUUAUAUAUAAUUAUGGUAUUAUUCCCCCCCCCAAAAAACUGGUGUGAUGAGUCAUCAUUGCCAAAACAAGAUGACACCUGAUUGGCUCUCUAAACACUCCUUUUUCUGGUUAUUUGGCUAUGAUUCUUGAUAGAAUACAGAUAAUUGAACAAACCUUGUUGCAUUACAUUCUUCAUUUAAUUAUCUUUCCAAUGAUAUAUGAUUUUAUGGUAUUACUCCAAAAGAAAGUGGUGUUAUGAGCCAUGAAACCUUGGAAAUACACUUUCUCCAAAAGGUUUCCACAAUUUUGGCCACUAGUGUAGUUUGUUUUUAAAACACCCAUUUGGUGUGAGGGUUCAUAAAAUAGAACUAGCAGACCUCUCCUGGCCAGCUUGUUUUCAGUUUUCCUUGGAAAUGAGCUCUGAUCAAGGUGGCCUUUUGGAAAAACUGAAAUUUUUUUUCUCUCUCUCUCUCUGUGUCUCUACACACACCAUAUUUUUGCUACAUAAGACACACCUGACCAUAAGACGCACCUAGUUUUUAGAGGAGGAAAACAAAACAAAAAAAAUAUUCUGAACGAAACAGUGAAUGUAUGAUUUUUGUGGUUCAUGCUGUGGCCACAGACAUGUGAUUUCAUGGUGAGUUUGGGGUAGCCCAAUGCAAAAAUCCUGAGGAUCCAUGUGGAUCCGUGCUUUGUAACCACAUUUUUGUGCCAUUGUGGCCCCACACAACAGUGGGUGCGUGAUUUUUUUUUUUUUGUGCCGGCUGUAGCCAUGGACAUGCUAUGAGAUCUGAUGGUGAAUUUGGGAAGACCCAAAGCAAAAAUCCUGAGGAUCCAUGGCCUUUUACCUCCCCCCUCCUAGGCAGCCUCUGCUAGCGUCCCUUAUCUCUCUCCCAAUCCCACCAAUCAGCUGCUUCCUUUCAACACUCCCUUCCCUCUUGUUUGCCUUAGUGUCUUUUCCUUAGCUGUAGCAGUUUUUUGCUCCUCCUUUUCUUCUAAUUUCUCUCCUCAUUGAUUUAGUCUUCCUUGUCUCCUCUCCUUGCAAGUUUGCUGCCUUUACCUCCCCCCUCCCAGGCAGCCUCCUUUCUUGCUAGCAUCCCUUAUCUCGCUUGCGAUCGCUUGCGAUCAGUGGCUUUGUUUCAACACCCACUUCCCUCUUUCCAAAAAAAUAAAUAAAUACAUGAUCUGCUUUUUGCCCCUGGGCAAUUUGGCUCCAGGGACCACACAUUCGCUCCAUAAAACGCACAGACAUUUCCCCUUACUUUUUAGGAAGAAAAAAGUGCGUCUUGUGGAGUGAAAAAUAUGGUAUAUUAAUUUCUUGCAUGUUUAGGGCUAUAUCCAUUGCUAGUCAUGCUCAGAGGAGACCCACUGAAAUUAAUGGACAUGAUUAAUGUAAUUUCAGUAGACCUACUCUGAGUAGAACUUAGUUGGAUACGUUCUUCAUAAGUAGAAGGAAGCCACUGUAAUGAACAGCCAUGUGCAAAUGAUGAUACCUUGUACAAUGUUUUUUAAAUUGUGGCCAGCUGAAGCACAUGUUGGAAUAAUGGAAUACAGGCACAUUGUCCAGGUGCUCUCUCCUUCUUUGCCCCCCCAAACGCACAUACACACAGUUGAUGGUUCCCAGGUGCUCAUCUCACAAAAUGGCUCUUGCCACUCAGCUGUCAUGGUGGCUGGGGGAAAGAGCCUGGUUUCUGGAUGAGCUCCUGAUUGACUCAGGGCUCUUCCCUCGCAGGGCGUGCAUUCUUAAUGCUAUUCAGGCAGCUCCCCUAGUGCUGCUGUGCACCUCCUUGAGGUUCUCCACACCAUCCCUUCACCUGGAACGCAUCUGCACACAUAAUGUUCCAUGCCAGUGUGGGAUUGCCAGCUGGUGGGAGGAACAACCAAACUGCAGUUGGGAAUGUCUUCCUAAAAUGGUAUUUAUGCUGUUGGUUUAAAUAUUAACUGAGGCAGUUUCUAGCUCAGUUUGCUGAAGAGAUUUCAGGCCAGCUGCUGUGCAGAGUCCUUUAACCCUGCUGAUGACCUUGCCACCUUUUUUCUGUUCUGCUUCCUGGCCUCUUCUGAGUAAGUUCAGCUAGCAAAUGGCUUCAGUCAAUGGUUUCAGAGCAGACUGCAGACUGCUACUGAGAUGGGAAAAUGGAUCUCUGGCUUUUCUUGCUUCAGCCCAGCUGCUUGAGCUGAUGAGGGUUUUUUUGCUUUUGUUCCUUUAGAAGGGUGGCUAACUGGGAGAUAUGCUGGAGGUUUACAAAAUGAAGCACAGGGUGGAGAAAGUGGGCAGAAAACCUUUGCUCCCCCUUGUAUAUUACUGGAACUCGGGAGGGGGCAGGGUGUCACUCAGUGAAACUGAUUGACAGUGGAUUCAGGACAGGCAAAAUAAGUGACUUCUUCACAGUAUUUGCUGCCACUAAGUAUGGCAAUGGCCAUACUUUAAAAAGAGGAUUAGACAGAUAUUCUGAGGACCUAAGUCUGUUGAUGGAUAUUACACAGGAGUAUAACUGAAUGGAACCUCCAGGGCCAGAUGAAGUAUUCUUUGGAAUGCCAGUUGUGUGAAGAUGGGGCAAACUGAAGGAGGCAGGCUGCUUUGAUGUUUUAUGCCUCCUUGGGAAAGGCUGCAGGGAUGGAGGGUGCCUUGUAAGUAGAGUAAGUCUCUCGAUUUUCACAGUGGAACUGUUGUUUCCAAUACAGGUCAUUUAUUUCAGUAAUCUGAUUUCAGAUCCCUGAAUCAACUUUUAAUAAUGGUUUUUCACUCUGCCUUUGGGGGCAGUGUUGUAAACAGCAAAAUAUAGGAGGCACUGUGUGACUCUUGUUGACAUAGAAGGAGAUGAGAACUUCCAAACACCUGUUCUCUUGGGAUGAUGAUCAGUGCAAACCCCUGACUAUUUUUAAACUGUCUCUGACAAAGCCAGCUGGCUCGAAUGAAGUAAUAUUUCUAAUGAACAUUCACCAUGAUGGCUGUGGAAUGCAUGUUCGCUGCAGCCUUACAAGGGAAAGCCCAAGAAGGGGCCACAAAAUGCCCUGAAACCUGGAGUCAUACAGCCAAAUAAAGGGGUGUGAUAAAGGCGCACCUCAGCGGCUGUCUUGGAUUUUGCCAAGACUUCCAUCCCAAAUUGAGCUGGAGAUGGAGCAUGUCCUAGCACACAUUCCAACACAAACACAACAGUUUUCGGAAAUGAAAAGGAGGGGAAAGGUGCUCCUUAUGCAUUCCUAAUUAUCUCUAGAAGGGUAGCCCUGCUAGUCUGUUGCAACAAAAGUAACAGUGUCUUAUUGAACUUCAAGGACCAAUAAGUUUAUUAUGGGAUGGACCAGAGUCCACUUCAUCAUAUGCAUGAGGUCUUUCCCUACCUUAGUGGGUCAGGAGUGGGGAUAGGGCCAGGCAUACACACAAAUGUACAGACACACAUGCACCUCUGGUUGGAAGGGGAGAGGAAGUGUACUGUAAGUUGUGUAGUCAGAGGCAAGUGUAUACCAACCAACAGGAUUAUAGCUUAAAUGCAUGUAAAAUGGUUACAUUGACUAUUCACAUAGCAGUGGGGGUGAGGAUACAAACAUCCUGGAAUGGGUCAGCUGAUUUGACACCUGUAGUAUCUUGAAUCACAUAACAGAAUGUUACCUCUUUGCCCCUACUAGAACACCUAUGUCGCCCAUCUAUGUGAGGGUAGUUGGUCACCCAUUGCUUCAACAUUUCCUCUUUUGGGUGCCUCGUCAAUGUCCUUCAUGUCAAGAUUUUUUGAGCAUUUUUAUCAAGGGGACAAUGGCACAUCUCCAGUACUAAAUUACUCUUGGGGCCUGGCAUUGUCACCCACAACAAUUCUGUGGAAGAGUCUGCCUGGUUUUGGAUUUCUAGCCAGGUGGAUUCGGUACCCUCUUUGGCGUACAAAAUAAUAUAAUUUGUGUGUGUGUGGAGAGGGGCUAUUGUGUGGAUGUUUUUAUUUUUUAUUAAUGUAUUUAGUGAUUUUAUAUAUUGGUUUUAUUCUGUGAACCGCCCUGAGACCCCUGGGUAUAGUGUGGUAUAUAAAUUCAAUCAGUCAGUCAGUCAAUAAAUAAAUAAAUAAAUAAAUACCAGUAUGUUUUUCCUUAUCCUUCCUGUAGAGCUUAUAUCCAGCGAUAACCGUGUUUCACUGGUUCUCUCCAUUCCACCUAGAAUAUAUUUUAAAAAUGUGCAAGGCUUGUGUCCCAUCAUACAUCAGUAUCCUAAGUGCUACUUAAAAAUGUCGCUUAGUAUUUUUAUUACAAAAAUAACACAGAUCAAGUAAAGCAUAAAAAAUUGGACUCAUACAUUGCACAUAUUUACCCCAGUUGUACAACAGGUUUUCAGCUUAUUUUGGAGCAAUGUACAGUGGUACCUCGGUUUAAGAACAGCCCUGUUUAUCAACUAUUCAGUAUACGAUCUCCGCAAAACCGGAAGCAGUGUUCCAGUUUGAGAACUUUACCUCGGUCUACGAACGGAAGCCGAACAGUGGAAGGGCACCAGCGGCAGGAGGCUUCAUCAGGGAAAGCAUGCCUCGGUUUAAGAAGGGUGGCUAUCUAAAGAACUUUUAACUGAGUUAAGAUUAAAAAAGGAUGUGUACAAAAAAUGGAAAAGGGGGGAAACCACCAAAGAGGAAUUCAAACAAAUAGCCAGCAUGUGUAGACACAAAGUCAGAAAAGCUAAAGCACAGAAUGAACUCAGGCUUGCUAGAGAGGUUAAAAGCAACAAAAAGGCUUUUAUGGGUAUGUUUGUAGCAAAAGGAAGAACAAAGAAACAGUGGGGUCACUCAGAGGAGAAGAUGGUGAAAUGCAAACAGGGGACACAGAAAGGGCUGAACUCCUCAAUGCCUUCUUUGCCUCAGUCUUCUCUGAUAAAGAAAACAAUGCCCGACCUGAAGAAUUUGGAGCAAAUGAUUCAGCAGAGGAAACACAGCCCAGAAUAUCUAAGGAGAUAGUACAAGAAUACUUGGCUAGUUUAGAUGUAUUCAAGUCUCCAGGGCCAGAUGAACUGCAUCCAAGAGUAAUAAAAGAACUGGCAGAUGUGAUCUCAGAACCACUGGCAGUCAUCUUUGAGAAUUCCUGGAGAACAGGCGAAGUCCCGGCAGACUGGAGGAGGGCAAAUGUUGUCCCUAUUUUCAAAAAGGGGAAAGAGAGGACCCAAAUAAUUACCGCCCAGUCAGUCUGACAUCAAUACCAGGGAAGAUUCUGGAGCAGAUCAUUAAGCAAACAGUCUGUGAGUACCUAGAAAGGAAUGCUGUGAUCACCAAUAGUCAGCAUGGAUUUCUGAAAAAUAAGUCAUGUCAGACUAACCUGAUCUCGUUUUUUUUGACAGAAUUACAAGCCUGGUAGAUGAAGGGAACGCAGUGGAUGUAGCCUACCUUGAUUUCAGCAAGGCAUUUGACAAGGUGGCCCAUGAUAUUCUUGUAAAGAAGCUGGUAAAAUGCGGUCUUGACUAUGCUACCACUCAGUGGAUUUGUAACUGGCUGACUGACCGAACCCAAAGGGUGCUCAUCAAUGGUUCUUCUUCAUCCUGGAGAAGAGUGACUAGUAGGGUGCCACAGGGUUCUGUCUUGGGCCCGGUCUUAUUCAACAUCUUUAUCAACGACUUGGAUGAUGGACUCAAGGGCAUCGUGAUGAAAUUUGCAGAUGACACCAAACUGGGAGGGGUGGCUAACACCCCAGAGGACAGGAUCACACUUCAAAACGACCUUGACAGAUUAGAGAACUGGGCCAAAACAAACAAGAUGAAUUUUAACAGGGAGAAAUGUAAAGUAUUGCACUUGGGCAAAAAAAGGAGAGGCACAAAUACAAGAUGGGUGACACCUGGCUUGAGAGCAGUACAUGUGAAAAGGAUCUAGGAAUCUUGGUUGACCACAAACUUGACAUGAGCCAACAGUGUGACGCGGCAGCUAAAAAGCCAAUGCAAUUCUGGGCUGCAUCAAUAGGAGUAUAGCAUCUAGAUCAAGAGAAGUAAUAGUGCCACUGUAUUCUGCUCUGGUCAGACCUCACCUGGAGUACUGUGUCCAGUUCUGGGCACCACAGUUCAAGAAGGACACUGACAAACUGGAACGUGUCCAGAGGAGGGCACCCAAAAUGGUCAAAGGCCUGGAAACGAUGCCUUAUGAGGAACGGCUAAGGGAGCUGGGCAUGUUUAGCCUGGAGAAGAGGAGGUUAAGGGGUGAUAUGAUAGCCAUGUUCAAAUAUAUAAAGGAUGUCACAUAGAGGAGGGAGAAAGGUUGUUUUCUGCUGCUCCAGAGAAGCGGACACGGAGCAAUGGAUCCAAACUACAAGAAAGAAGAUUCCACCUAAACAUUAGGAAGAACUUCCUGACAGUAAGAGCUGUUCGACAGUGGAAUUUGCUGCCAAGGAGUGUGGUGGAGUCUCCUUCUUUGGAGGUCUUUAAGCAGAGGCUUGACAACCAUAUGUCAGGAGUGCUCUGAUGGUGUUUCCUGCUUGGCAGGGGGUUGGGCUCGAUGGCCCUUGUGGUCUCUUCUAACUCUAUAAUUCUAUGAUUAAGGGCUUUAGUUUAAGAACAGACUUCCGGAAUGGAUUAAGUUUGUAAACCGAGGUACCACUGUAUAAGAGGCAUUGGGUUUGAUGUUAUCUCUAAUUUUGUCAUUCAAAAAAUUCAUAAAUAAAGCCUGCCUUUCAGUAAGUUUCUUCUCUUAAAACAUAUAUAUUUAUGACAUGUAAAUGUGACUGUGAUGUGUAGUGAAGAGAACGGCCACUUGCCUGGGGAGGGGAGGCCUUGGAACGUUUGUUUCUGACUUCCUUGAAAUGAAGAUGUUGCAGACAUGCUGCCUUCCAUUCUGGCUGAUGUUUCUCUUUGCUUUUAAUGCAGCAAUAAAUUGUCCCAUUUGAGAGAGUGAUGAAUAUGAGCUUGUCAUGGAUGUUUUAGUUGAGAUUCCUGCAUUGCAGGGGGUUGGACUACACGGCAUUGUGGAUACCUACCAAUAUUACAAAUCUAUGAUUCAAGAGUGAAAAAUGUUAAUAAUAAUAAUGAUAAUAAAUUUUAUUUAUAUCCCGCUCUCCCCAGCUGAAGCCGGGCUCAGAGCGGCUAAUAACAGUAAAACGAUAAAACAUUCUAAAAUCAUUUCAUUAUAAAAUUAAUUCCAAUCAAAUUAAUGGCAGCCAUUGGGCUAGAAGUUCUGUGAGGAUUGCCAAAGGAGGGAGUCAGGCUGUGCCCUGGCCAAAGGCCUGGUGGAACAGCUCUGUCUUGCAGGCCCUGUGGAAAGAUGUCAAGUCCCGCUGGGCCCUAGGCUCUUGUGACAGAGCGUUCUACCAGAUCAGAGCUACAGCCGAAAAAGCCCUGGCUCUGGUUGAGGCCAGCCUAACCUCUCUGUGGCCUGGAACCUUCAAGAUGUUUUUGUUUGAAGACCGUAAGUCCCUCUGUGGGACAUACCAGGAGAGACGGUCCCGUAGGUACGAGGGUCUUAGGCCGUAUAGGGCUUUGAAGGUUAAAACCAGCACUUUAAACCUGAUCCUGUACUCCACCGGGAGCCAGUGCAGCUGGUAUAGCACCGGGUGAAUGUGAUCUUGUAGCGAGGACCCCGUAAGGAGUCUCACCGCGGCAUUCUGCACCCGCUGGAGUUUCUGGGUCAGUCUCAAGGGCAGCCCCACGUAGAGCGAGUUACAAUAAUCCAGUGUGGAGGUGACCGCAUGGAUCACAGUGGCUAGGUCAGGGCGAGAGAGGUAAGGAGCCAACUGCUUAGCUUGGCGGAGAUGAAAAAAUGCCACCUUUGUUAUAGCUGCAAUCUGUGCCUCCAUGGAAAGGGAGGUGUCGAAGAUUACACCCAAUCUCUUAACGGACGGCGCUGGCACUAAUUGCGCCCCCGCAAGAGAUGGGAGUUGCCCCCCCAAGCCCAUAUCGUCCCGACCCAGCCAAAGGACCUCUGUCUUCGAAGGAUUUAACUUCAACCGGCUCCCACGUAACCAUCCAGCCACAGCUUCCAAACAGCCACAGCUUCCUUGGUGUGUGGAGUGCCGUAGGGUGCAAUACUCUCCCUGAUGCUUUUCUCGCAGGGUGGCAGUUUUGUUGCCUAUAGACCUGGCAUUGCACAGCACCAGUGACGGAGGUGAGUAAUCCUUGCUCACCCUACCCUCGUCCCUCGGGAUGGGGCGCAGAUUGGAAGGGGUACAAGCAUAUCCAUAUCUCGAUCCCCUUCGCCUAUAACAUCUGCCCCCCCCCCCCGGCACAGAAAACUCCCAUUCCCUCUCCUUAACUGCAGAGACCUCUGGAGACAGGUGGGGUAAUUUGUUGCCCACUCUGCUGAGCUGGUUGGUGAUGACAAAUAAUGACUGCCUAUAAGGCCAACACAAAAUAUUUGCACCGCUGGAUGAAACAUUUGCAUGACCUAGUAUACCGAAUGCCCAUAAAAUAAGUGCCUUAUGUGCCACACAUCAUGUUCUUACAUUUUGGUCAUGCAUCCUCUUUGCUGCCAAAUUAAAAUAAUUUUAGGAUCAUUGUCCUCAAGGCCCAUUAAGAAGGCAGUCCCAAGUGCUAUAGUAUCCCACCUGCUGAGGUUGCUGCUUCUCCUCUAAAUUAGGAUUGAGCUGCAAAUAUCUCGUUCUUUGCAGGGGGCAGUUGCUGUUUCUGUUUUCCUUCUACAGGCUCCCAUUUCCUGCUGCUGGAACACCACUGUUUGCAGAUGUUCCCCUUACAUUAUUGUGCAUAUUUCACUUAAGAAUAAAACUGAAUUUUCUGCUGCUUGCUUCUCUUUAUGGCUAAUAACCUCCUGUCGACACCCACCCCCAAUCUGACACACUCUUUCAGAUUUUUGCUUAGAAUGUAUUGCUUACAAGGAUAUAUUGUAUGAAAUGCUCAAUGCGUUUAAAAUGAGAGAGCUCAGGGUGUGUUGCUCUCAUGAAGAAAAUAAUGGAAUGAUGACUGCUACAAAAAGGUUCAUCAGCCUGAUAGUUCCUGAUAGUUACAGCUUUGAACAAGUGGCAGAAAGCUUCACGCCUCCUCCUCUUUCUGGGGGGGGGGGGACGGACCAGAUAUCCUUUUGGGAAUGCUGCAGGAAUGGAGGUGCCUAAUAGGUUGCAAAUGGAUAAUGAUCAAAGCAGGUUUGUAACUUCAGUGACAUGGUUGCUCCUUUGGUGGGAGUUUUUGAAGAGCAAAAAAGAGAACACUUGCUGACUUCUGCUUUUAACUAUGGAUCUCUAUGAUGACUCAUCGUGAAAAAGAGGCCAUGGAGUCCUGGAAAAAGAGGACACAUGGCAACCCUAGUUUUGUAUAGAAUGAGACCAUCUUGAUUGAUUUUGAUAUUUUUUUGUACUGAGGGUGCAGAACUAAACUCUGCUACCUACAAGGUUCUCCAAAGCUGAUUUAAAGCUUUGCACCCCAAGCCUUCCCCCUCAAACAUUUCAUUUAAGACGGUAAGAAGAGCCUUCUGGAUCAGAUCAACCGCCCAUCUUGUCCAGCAUCCUGUUCUCACAGUGCUAACCAGAUGCUUGCAGGAAACCCACAAGCAGGAUCUACAUACAAGAGCAGCCCUCUCCCCAUAGAAGCAUUUCUGCUUCCAACUGUGGAGGCUAGUGACCAAAGAUAGCCCCCUCCUCUGCGAACUUGUCUGAUCCUCUUUCAAAGCCAUCUAAGUGUGUGGCCGUCACUGCCUCCUGUGGGAUGGAGUUCCAUAGUUCAACUAUCCUCCUCUUGUGAUGUUGCCCUCCUUUAUGCUUCCAGAAGAGCCUACAUAACCUAAGAUAACAUUGGAACAUGAGAGGACCCUUGGAACAAGCCUUCUUGCCCUGUUAGUGCAGGAUGAAGAAUUUGUGAUCCUCCAGUUGCUGUUGGACUCCCCGCUCUCAUCCACCCCAGCCAGCGUGGCCCAUGGUCUGUCAUGGAUGGAGUCUCAUUCUCCCUGGAGGAGCAGCUGCGCAGUUUGGAGGUGCUCCCGGAUUCAGCUCUGUCACUUGACAGAGGCGCAGGUGUCCUUGGUGGCUAGGAGUGCCAUUUGCCAGCUUCAGCUACUGCCAUUCCUUGGUCAAAAGGGUAGUGUAACUACCCUUGUCUGUGGACUGGAGACCUUAUGGUCAGAUUACUGCAAUGUGCUCCUCUAUGUGGGGCUUGUCCAGAGACUGCAGAUGCAGCAGAAUGCAGUGGCUCGGUUGCUGGUGGAGACUCACAACCUUCAACAAAGCACCUUAUUUGUAGGACUUGCUCUAGCUGUCAACUGCUAUUGGCAAAGUUCAAGAUUUUGGCCCUAUACAGCUCAGGGGAAGGUUUCUCGAAGGAGCAUCAUAUCUUUCAUAUAACCAUUAGGUCGCUGUGGUCUGCGGGAGAGUUCCAAAGAGCUCAGAGGAAGGCUUCUCCUGUGGCUGCUGCUUUCACAAAACAAUUGAGUGCCUUUUUGUUCUGACAAGUUUUCCUAGCUGAAUGAAUUGAUUUCGGCCAUAGGUUUUUUCUUUGUAUAGUUUUUAAAAUUAAUUUGCUGUUUUUAACUGUUUUCUUAUGUUUUGUGGAACACCUUGAGACAUAUUUGUGAAAGGUGGUGGUGUUAACAACAACAACAACAACAACAACAACAACAACAACAGAAGAUCUGGCCAGAAUGCUGCUCAUGAACAGAGUGUAUUCAGAAACCCACCUUGAACGGGACGCAAACUUAUUAAUUCAAAUAAUAGGUGUUUCAAGGAGUUAGCUAUUCAUCAGGAGGCAGUUCCUUAGGUUAAUAUAACAAAAAGGAGUUUCUCAUUCCUACAAUAGUAACUGGUGGUUCUAUUCAAGAAACAAUCUGGGGUUUUUAUGACUUAGAAGCAUCUAUUAGUUUCUGAUUUGAGCUGCUGCCCUUUUGGUGUGUCCAGUCGAUGUUCCCUGAAGGAACCACUGUGACUUAACAUACUAAGUAAACUUCAACUGACAGUGCAGACACUGAAUAACUUUGUUUAUUUCUGGAAUCUUUUCAUAUAAUUUAUGUUCGGCUAACCUUGAUUGACUAGCAUUUUGUCUUCACAGCUAUUUUUUAAUGGGGAUACGUUUUUUGCUUUGCUCUUUUCCAUACUAAGUUUGUAGUAGCUUACAAGCUCCAGAUGAAACUAGGGGAGAACAUCAGAUGACCAAACAAACAAACAAUUGCUCCCAGUCAACAGAAGGGGGGGUUUGCUUUGUAGACUCUGGGUGACCAGUUUUAGUCCUCCGCUGGCUGUUGCUGCUGAAGGGAGGCUUUCCAAGAAGCCCAGGUGGCUUCUCUCCUGGUGUGCAGGCAAGGGUUAACAAUUGCCCAGGUUCCACGUGAUGAGAUGCAAACUGAAUCAUUCCAAGGGAUCUCCGCCUGCCCAGUCACCAGGCAGAUGCUGUUCCCCUUGGUUGCCAUGACAACCCGGGCUGUACUCUAAUCAAGCCCAGCCCCUGCAGCGGUUAUAUCUCAUUCAUUGUUUUCCUUCCUGUUGCAGAGGAGGGGAGAGGAGGAACCGGGUGCCUCUAAGUGGGGAGGAGGCCACCGCCUGGAGUCCCUUCUGCCUCAAGCUGCUCUCAGAGUCUCCCUGAGCGAGAUACCCCUCCACUUGCAGACACCCAGGUGGGCUUGCCCAGUGCUGCAGCAGCCAGCAGCAUUUCUGGAGGGUGCCUUCUAGUGGCACAAAGGUGGAGAGGAGUGCUUUGAGGAAGCCUGCCUUUCUGCUGCCUCUUCUGGAACAGCCAGCAAUCGCUCACUCUCAAGCUCUCAGUCUCUAGAACAUCCCGCCCCACGGAAGCCCCUUCCUGAGCCAGAGAGCCAUGCAAAAGACUUUCCGGAGGCUGUGAGUCAGGCAAGCAGGGUCUCAAAGGCAGCAUGCUUCACAUCGUUCUCCCCAUCUUGGAACUGACGGGGCUCUAGAAAUUAAGGCAAGUGCUGGUCGUGGUGAUGCCGGAGAUUAAAACGGACCUCUGACAGGGUGGGGGCUUCUGUGGCCAUCACUGGGACCUACCUUUGAAGGACUGGCUUUCUAGGGAGAUGGGAAGAGCCCAUCUCAUGAAUGGGUCAAAGGCCACCUUUGGAACUUCAUUCUCUGUGCUGCUGCCUCAGAAGCUCACCAGGCCAGAGGGGGAAGGAAGGGGAGAAGAGCUGCUUUUCUAGGAUUCUCAACUCGAAAACUGCUGAACUGGCCUGUGGAAAGGAGUUCCCUGAGACUCUGUGGGAAUGAGAAAGAAGACCAAAUGCCAUUCUGCUGCCAAAGCAAGCUCUAGAUUUCUGUUCUUCAUGUGCUUGAUAUAUCAGAUGCAUUUUUACUGGGUGAAUUUGGUUCAAAGAGGCAUCCACAACUGAGGAAGAAAAAUACUUGAUUUUUAAACAACUUAGAAAUUUACCAGCCUUAUUCCAUCCUCCCCCCCAUCCCCCAUGCUCCUUUCCCCCAUUUUUCUUUUUGUAACUAGAUUUUCAAGAGUGUUUAGUAGUUUCUGGCUCCCGGGCAGCUCUGGUUUCAUUUUAGGGGGAAGUAAAUUUCUCAGUCUGUCUCCCCCCCCCCCUGCAAGCCCAUCCGCCUUUUUGGGUGUCUUGGAGCGAUGGAUUACCUUGGAGACAAGCUGACGGUGGCGCAGAACCACAUGACCCACUGGGUGGGCUCCGUGCGAAGGUCCUUGCAAGAGGCGCUGAAUUUAGUCACAACUGCAGUUGCCCAUGAACGAACAAGUGGGGUGGGGGCAAGCAGAGCCCCUUUCAAGCGCACCUCCUCCUUCAGGCACUUUGCAUCCCGGAGCAGAGAGUCCUUCCGCAGGUUUUCCAUGCGCAGUCAGCAAAGGCUUUCCUCUCUGAGGAAGAGGCAAGCCAGCUCGGAGCAGCCUGACCUUGUAAGCACCCUUUUAAGCUGCCGGUGGAUGAUAUGAACUGAGCCAGGAUGGUUGCUGUUGCAUUCUAGGCUGGUAACCCUGCUACAGUUUGUGUGCUUGCAAAUGUAUCUCUGUUUAGUUUUAAGAAGGAAAAAAGCCUCCUGCUGUUGAUCAUUUUAGCAUUGUUGGGUGUUUCUUUCAGAUCUUUUAGCCUUCAUUGUCCCAAAGGUACUUGGGCAACAGGGCGAUUGGUCUGUGGCUCAUUUCUUCUUGAAAUAACUCAAAGUCCUUGGAUGCAGGCAUGGAGCUAAAAAAGAAAGCACUCCUAGGGACAGUUGCUUGGAGCUUGGUCCUGAAUAAAUGUCUUCUCCUCUGUUCUGGAAUGUUGCUUCCCUAAUUCUAAACUUUAAAGGGGAGGCAAGGAAGGAACAGCUGGAAACACUCUGCAAAUGCUCAAGGGUGCUUCCUCUUAUGAGGACUUUGAACCGGAGCUUGGGAAAUGGUAUUUGGGGUGAAGCCUGACUCACCCUUCCUCCCAUUAAGUCCCUGACUGACCUUGGGUCCAAGAUCAACAUGCUUCCUCGGCCACCCUUUCUGAGGCCCCUGUGGCAAAACACAAAAGAGCUGUGUUUGGCCUUUUUGUUCUCUCAGUUGAUAACGUAACACCUGGGUGCCUGUCUGUGGUCGCGGGCUAAGUCCCUGCUGGGGAGCCAUGUAAAAGGUUUCUUGUUCACUCAUACUCAGCUUCCCUUAAAGUCUAACCAGGUCAAUGGGGUGUGUGGGGGUGUGAGUGUGAACAGGACCAUGUGGAUUUGCAGUUGCAUAGUGCACACACACAAGGGCUUCCUGAAGAAAUCAUUGUUUGCAGCCUUGUUCAGUUCCAGCAUAAUGCCAGGAAAGGCUGCUGUGAUUCUAAACUUAGCCAAUUCAGCCUUGAGAGGGAAUUUACCUCCAACGUUGAGAAUAUGCUGCAUGGACAUUUCUUAUUACUUUGAGGAAAGUGUAGAUAGGAGGAAGUGUAAGUUUGUGAGUGCUCUGAAUUUGCUGAAGCAAGAGUGGGCUGGGAGUAUAAUUUUAAAAAUGGGUUCUUUGGUUUGUGUGGAAUGCCAAGCUCUCUCUUGCCCAUUGGCAUCUUCAGGUUCUCCAAUGUCCCAGGAAGGCUUCUCAGAAAGGCUCCCCAAAUUUCAGACUGGGCAGGAUAGGUCUUGCCUUUUCAACUCUCUGGCCGGUUCCUAGGGGGAAUAUUCUUCCAGCUGGCUGACUUCCCCCUGCUCCAGCUGGGCUUAGACAGGCCCAGCAGUUUCACCCUUCAUGUUUCAUUGCCUUGAACCCACCUUCUCCAGAAGGCCCUGUGGGAUGUCCAGAAGGUUUAUUCCAUCCAGAAGUGAGGUGCCAGGGUCACAGCUACCACACUUGUUACCUCUAAUGACACUGCUUCAGAUUUUACAUGUUGGUAUCUACAACACAGCAGAAGGGUGGCUUCUGCAGCCUCAUGCUAGAGUGUUUUGAGAGCGAAGAGUUAAACCUCCUCCAUGGCCUGAGCUGUUCUUUGUUUACUCUUUGGCUGGGCCUGCCAGAGAAACUAAAAAGACAUUAUUGUGUAAGAGGUAGGCAAAGGCAGGUUGUUUGAAUAACAAAGCUGGUUGCGGGAGGGGAAUGUACCUUAAGUGGUGUUGAUCAGAAUUGUAGAGACACCUGGGUUGAAUGACUUGUUUAUGGCUGAUCCAGGUUGCAGAGCAAUUUGGUGCCAGAAAUCUACUCCAUCUGGGCGGUUGUUGGCAUGGCACCAACAGUUAUCAGAAGUAAAUUUGAUUAAUUUCAGCAAAUAUCUGGUCAUGCUGAAAAACUUUAUCCAGAAGGUGAGGUCAAGCACAUGGUCUCCACAUUGAACCUGCCAUGGUUGAGGCUUUUAAUUUUCUCUGUGCCAUAUAAUUCUUAACCUAAAGUUCCCAAGGGUUAUGCCUCUUUUCUGUAAGGAUAUUGUCCUGUGUCAGCCCUGUUCAGAAUGAACAAGAACUGCUUAAACAUGUGUAGUUUUGCAACUGCACUAGUUAUUGUUCCAGGGUUCUUUAGAGGAGGUCGUGAAAAAUUGCACUGGUGCACAGCUGAUAGAAGUUUGUAGUACAGAAAUGAAUGUGGUAAGGUACUUAGGAAGCUGCCCUGUACCAACCAAGACUCUUGGCACAGCUAGCCAAGACCACAAGGCAGAUCCACACCAUGCUUUCAAGUCACAUCUAACAUACAUUUAAAGUGCAUGACUACACCCCAAAGAAUCCUGGGAGCUGUAGUUUGUUGUGAUUACUGGGCAUUGCAGCUCUAUAAAGGGAAACUACAGCUCCCAGAAUUCUUUGGUGGGUGACAUGUACUUUAAAAUGUGUGUUGGGUGUGGUUUAAAUACAUGGUGGGGAUCUGCCCUCAGACUGGGGCUCCCAUGAAGGGGAGCAGCCUUGGUUGUGAUCUCCAUGUAGCCUUGAACAUGUACAAAAAUGAUGGCUUCUGCCAACGUGGGAGAGUCAUGGCAGAACUAGUCUAUACUGACUGGGGUUGGCUCCCCAGAAUUUCAGGCAAAGUCUUUCUCAGCCCUCCUGGGAAGAUGGCGGAGAUUGAAUUCCAAAAGGACAGACCAGACGCUUGGUAGCUUUAGGGCACAGACUCCUGCUUCUGAUGGCUGGCUGUCAUAGUGGUUGGCCACUCUCAACCCUGAAAAGCAGAGGCUGUAGCAGUAGAGUUUGGGGGCAGUGACUGCUUCACUUGUCAGCUGGAUUUAUGUCAUUGUUUUCUUUUUGUCCCCCAGAUCCUUUCUCCUCCUGUCUCCAGGAACUCCUGGUUCCUGACAUGGUGUGACUUCCUGACUUGUUUUGGACCUGACCAGAGGCCACAUUUUGACAAACAGGGAGAAAGUUUCUUUUGUAACCCCACCCCCAUGGUUGCACUGAAGGGUUUUAAAGAAACAGGCCUUUAUCACAAAACGAGUCUGUUUAGUCAAGAAUCUGUCCCUUUGCUUCAGGUGAUCCUGCCUAUAUUUCAAGGUUGGAUCUCUGAUCAUAAUUGGACUCUGGAGCUUCCUGACCUUAAGCAGGGCUCGUGGUCCUCACUUUGUUUUGGUGCUCAUUGUGGCAAGCGCCUACAGAUGGCUCCUCCGGAAGGAAGUUCACGUUGAGAGUCUAAUUGGGUAAACAAACUAUGGGAGCCUCACUUAAGGCACCAGCAGCAGCAGCGUUCUCCGAAUCUGGCUUUAAGCUUCAUCAAGGGGCAAGAUGGAUGUUGGCAUUUUACCCCUUUACUCCUGGCCAAAGACAUAAAUGACCUACAUUUGGGGAUUACUUUUGGUCUGGACUUCCAUGAUUUUGCAGACUUGAGUACAGGGAAGGGCUGUCAGUGUCAGGCCCAGGCACUCCACUUCCUGUGUAUUAUUCCAUGGCAUACAUCUUGUCUUUCUUUUGAGUCCCUGAUUGGCAGCUAGGUCACUUAGUGGGCCAGGCUAGUGCAGAGCUCUUUUUACAAUUAUGUAAAAUGAAAGCCCAUAAAGCUGGUGGGAGGGUGCAAAGCACUGGUUGGUUUUUCUCUUCUGCUUUUUUGGCAAAUUCACCAAAAAUAAAUGAAGUUUUGGAGCUAUUUUAAAGGGAAAUUGCCAAAAACGACACUGCCGACAUGGGUUGUCACAUGUUUGGCAACCCUGUCAUACACAGUGACAACACAAAUCAACUCAAUUUAAUAAACAAGGGGACUAGAACCGGCACCCAAGCAGUUCAUAUUUUUCCACUUGAUAACCUCUUUAAUAGGCUGUGGAAUUUGCUUGCAGAAGAGGCUUGGCCUCUAAGAAAAAGGCUUCUUCUGUUUACUGUAUUCUUCCCAUCUCCAGUUUUCUGAUGGUGCCUUCUUGAAACCACGUCUCGCCAAGUUAAAACGAAGUUGGUGUGUUAAUAGGCAAUAUUCCUAGAGAACUUACCCUAACAUAGAAUCAUAGAAUCAUAGAGUUGGAAGAGACCACAAGGGCCAUCGAGUCCAACCCCCUGCCAAGCAGGAAACACCAUCAGAGCACUCCUGCGCUUGGUUGUCAAGCGCAGUCAGAGACCUCGUUUGCUCUUGAAAAUGGGUGGAAAUCUAUCCUUGUGCCCUGUACAUGUGCACCUGCUUGUCUGCCAACAUCUCCAUACCCCAUUGCGUCCACAUCAUGUUACUGAUUUCUGCAGUGCAGGGGGUUGGACUAGAUAGCCCUUGGGGUCCCUUCCAGCCCUACAAUUCUAUGAUUCUAUCUUUCCCUUGAAAAUGGUUGCAGGAGUUGAACUGGGGUUUAGAAUGUUUAGAAUGUAGAAUUGUUUCUGAAUGUGUGUAUCAAGUUUCAAUCUGACACGUCAGAGUUAAGUGGAAUAAUUGUGCUAAACCAACCUGACAAAUGGGACCCAAAAUGAUUUGAGUUAAACCACAGGGUUCCCUUUUAUCUUUAGUAAUCUUUAGUGUAGCACAAGAUUGCAGCGUGGAGUGCUGCUGCUCAAGGUUCCAGCCAGCCAGGUCUUUCCCCAAAAUACUCCAUUCCACAUACAGUGCUCCUCUCCCGCUCCCCCCACUACCAGGGGCACUCAGCGUGCUCCGCCCUCAUUCGGCUGCUGGUGCAGGUGGCAUCACUUUGGGGGCAGAAGAAUCAGCCCGUGAAGGAGGAGCCUCUGGAAUGUUUUUACUGCACUUCUGUUGCAUUUGGGAUGCAUGUUUAUAUGUUGCAAGUCACUUUAUUGAAAGGUAGUAGAUCAAAUAAUAGCAAUUUGCUGGUUGCCUGCCACAUGAAUGCUAGUUUUACCCUUCUCAGCUCAGCAUUCCUCACUAGAACAAUUUCUGGGUUUUUUGUUUAUAAGUUGACAAAAUUUAAAAGCAGAUAAAAAUUUUGUUUUCAUCAUUGUCCGAUUUUCUGCUGAUUUCUUGAGAGCUGCUCAGAUUCUUUCUAAAGUAUGUGCUACAAUAUUCUUGCAGGAAAUGUAAAAAUCAAAUAUUUUCUCUCAUUGGAGAAAAGUUAGUUUUGUAGAAGAAAAUUUAACAUGAACCACUACAGCGUUAAAGGAGCUUUCCAUGAGCCUCUAAAUUAGGCUUCCUCAACCUCAGCCCUCCGGAUGUUUUGAGACUACAAUUCCCAUCAUCCCUGACCACUGGUCCUGCUAGCUAGGGAUCAUGGAAGUUGUAAGCCAAAAACAUCUGGAGGGCCGAGGUUGAGGAAGCCUGCUAUUGAGUCUUUUAAAUGCAAACAAGACUAACGCUGGAUUUUACAUCAGGAACUAUUUGGCAAUCAACUCCUUGUUAGUUGAUGACUCACAAGAGCCAUUUCCAAAUCAGCUUUGACUGCAUUCUGGGUUGGUAAUGUCACUUUCUAACUUGCACAAAGUGGAGCCAUUUUUUGGGUUGGUGAUUUUGGUAGUAUAUCCUCACUUUUCAGAUGGGAGAACUGAGGUUUAGAGCAGUUAAGUGGAGGGCUGAUCAGUACGUAAGGUGUGAAUGUGAGACUCCUACCUGCCCCAAGAAGCAUCUUAUGCCUUUGGAAGGAUGCAGAGGGAGUGUCACGGAUUUUUUGAGGGGCUGGUAGGAAAGGUGCAGUGAAGCUGUGCUUACAGCUGGGAAAUUAGUGCCAGGCAGGAAAAUGGACUUGCCAUUCAUGGUGACCUUGGACAAUUUGUUUUAGUCAUGCUUUAUCCUACAUUCUCCUUUUAAACGACAUUACCAGCCUUCAUAACAAUACAUCAUCCCCACCCCCUUUUUGGUUAAGGAACAUUCUUGGAGAUGUUAACUAAUGUUUUACACCGUAGUGUAAACCCAGUCUGUGCCAAACAAUGAGUGGCUAGUGUUUGACUGCCAAGGAAUUUGGAGGAGAGAACUGUGUUUGUGUUCUCCAGAAAGGCCUUAGGGGCUGCUCUUUGGGCUGGCCUGAGGGAGUAUGCGCAGCAACUGGCUGAUAUGUGCUUACGCUGGAACCCCAUUUGUGGGAGACUUCCCCAUUCCACUGGAUCUCAUGCCUAGCUGACACACACAUAGCAGGUGAACUGGUAAAGACUUGCGGACCAUACGGCAUCAGACUGCAGGAAGAGAUUUUCUCUUGGGAAAACCAGCAUAUCAGGAAGAAACCUAGUGUGGUACUUAAGUAAGUUUUACUCAGAGUAGAAACGUUGAAAUGAAUGGAUGAGACUAAGUUUUACAGUUAGUGAAGCUUACUUGAAUACCACUCCUAGACUAGAGGUCAUCUUCCUGCUGCCUGUUCAGCCUGGUUUUGCAUGCAAAUCAGCUGCUGCCAUCUUUAUCUCAAAUUCCAGCUGUUUCUUGCCAGGGCAGGCUAGACAAGAGAGGUCUGAAAAGGCCUGAGCGUCUCCAGGAAGUAGUGUGCAAGAUCUUGGUAUUAAAGUAAGCCAUCUGUGGUCAGGGAUAAUCUGGGUCUUCCUCCAGCUGCAAGCUUUCAGACCCAUAUGUUAAGCCAUCUGGUUACUUGCUUCUAAACAUCAGCCCAGGGAAUGCUUGUGUCAGGUUAGAUAAUAAAAUUUCCAGUUUUAAUUCCAGCUUCUCCAUGCAUUCAGAGAGCACACUCGCUUUUAAUUUUACCAAAUUGAACUGCCCUGUCCUCCCAGUUCCUGCUUCAUCAUUUCAUAAAGCUUCCUCUGAUCUUAAAGCAAACACCAUCUCUUUGCAGGCCUGCCACCCGCUUGGUGAGGUGACCUUUACAAGCCUGAGGUUGGCAGUCUUGUACUGCAGAAUCAGGUAUGCAGACACCUUUGUUUCCAUGUGAACCUUUGGAGCAGCACUUUGAUUUUAUUUUUUUAAAAUAAUAUUUAUUGAUUUUCCAACCAUUUAAACACAGUAGAACAGAAAAAAGAAAAAAGAAAAAGAAAAAGAAAAGCAAAGAAAAGAAAAAACAUAAGAUUAACAAAACAAGACGCAAACCAUUUAAAACACAAAACAAUUUCAAUAUCUUAACUUUCAUUCCCUUAUUUCCACGACCUCCUCACACCUCCCUUUUUGUAUUCCACUUCUAUUAAUUGUUUCAGCAAUUCCUUUCCAUCUUCCUCUGUUUUCUAUCCUAUAAUUAUCUUAACAUAUUCUAAUCUUAUUUUUCCCUUUAAUACUCUAUUAGUCUAUUUAUACUUAAUUCCUUAUAGCAUUUCUACUAAAGCCAUAUAACUUCAUUCCAACAUUUUUCUAACAUUCAUUAUUUUUACAAUAUUUCUAUAAAUAGUCUUAAACCUUUUCCUUUUUUUAAAAUGAUAUUUAUUAAAGUUUCAAAGAGUACAAAAACAAAAAAUAAAAAUACAAGAAAAUACAAAAUACAGAAAAAAGAAUAAAAUUUUUAAAAUAUAACAAAAAGAAAAAUAAAGAAAAACAUACAAGAUAAAAACAGUUAAAAACACGUUAACUUUCCAUAGCAUAUCUUCCUUACCCUUAUUUCCCUGGACCUCCUCAUACCUCCCUUUUUUGUAUUCCAGUUCAGUUUGUUAGUUCAGCAAAUCCUUACCAUUAAGCUUUUACCCAUUUGUAAACCUUUUUUCGUAUCUCUUAAAGCAUUACAGCUGGAAACCACUUAGUUUCUAUCCAACAUAAACUUUUUCCAGUCUUCUUCCACCGUCUCUUCUCCCUGGUCUCGGAUUUCUGCCAGUCUUUUCCGCCAAUUCCAUAUAGUCCAUCAACUUCAUCUGCCAUUCUUCCCGGAUAGAUAAAUCUUGUGUCUUCCAGUACUUCACAAUGAGUAUUCUUGCUGCUAUUGUUGCAUACGUGAAAAGAGUUCUAUCCUUCUUUAACACCAAUUGGCCGACCAUGCCCAGGAGAAAGGCCUCUAGUUUCUUCAAAAAGGUAUAUUUAAAUACCUUUUUCAUUUCAUUAUGAAUCAUCUCCCAAAGUGUCUUAAUCCUUGGGCAUGUUCACCAAAGGUGAACUCUAAUCCUCAAAUUCGUCUGUUUUUCUUUGAGUUCAGUCAUAGCAAGCGUCAACUUAUAUUCAUCAAGUUGCUUCUGUAGGGCUGGGGUUCUCUUGCUCUUUCUCUCCAGUUGUGUUUCUUUACAUUCAGCAACAACAGCUUUUUCCCUGGCCACCUCCGCAGUUUGCCGUAUCGAAAUAGGUUCCUGUGUCAAUUUCUGGGUAGUUUCUAUAUUAGUAUUUAUACUUUCUAUAUUUAAGUUAGUUUUAAUGAUUGAAACAUCCACUUUCGCAUUUAUCAUGUCCAUUUUCCUGUGAAGCUGAUCCAAUGAAUCAUUUAUCUUAAAUAAUGCCGCCACUAGAGCCUCUUCUGUCAACAUUUCUCUUGGUUUUACAUAUACUGGUACAAAGGCUCAGAAAAAGCAGGGGGGCCUGAUGGUGGACCUCUCCUGGAUUGUUGCCAAGUCCUCCCAGACCUUAAUGUUUUGUCGGCAGUUGACUGGUCUGUUUUUCCUCUUCCAUUUACCAUAACACUUAAAAGAUCAAGGUCAGUCCCAGAGUCUCACGGUUUUUAACUUGCAGCUGGAAAUUCCCCUAGUCCAGCUCUUGUAAAGCAACCGGUUUCAAAGGCUUCCACUAGGGGGAAACAGUUUCUAUUUUUCAAUAGUCAAUAGUAUCCUCUUUUAAACAAUCCGAAAAUUAGUUUCAAGUUAGUUUCAAUUUUCAGUUACUUUUACUCCUUUUUAAAGCAGCCAAAAACAGUAGAAACAAUGUAUUUCUCUUGUUUAACUAGCUGUCAAUGAACGUUCUAAACGCUGUCAAUGAGCAUUCCAAAGUAAGUCAGACCUACUAGCAGCCCAUUUCCAGGGUCAGAGCGGCGGUGUUUUAGAUCUCUUCGCUCUCUCCUGCAGGCAUAUUCAGUCCACAACUCCCCCCCCUCUUCUCCUGCCUCCAAAGGGGGGUUUUGUUCUUUACCGAUGGAAAUUUAAUCUUUUACAAAAGACUUUCCAGGACUCCAGCUUGCAACUUCAUUGCCUCAGUCUAUUUACAAAAGGGGGAGGCGGACUUCCUGUUUUGAACCUCCCUGCUUCGAUACCAAAUUAUACUUUUAGAAAUCCAAUUCUCCCUUUUCAGCUCUACUCACGGGUAAUUACUUUAAGGUCAACUCGUCCACAGGAAAAAGUCAGCGCUCUCCGGCAACGGCUGUGCGGCUUCGCUCCGUGGAAGAAGCAGACGAUUCGAAGCACCGCGCCACUCACCCCACGUCGCUCCGGAGACCCGAAAACGGGUUUCCCCGCGAGUAGGGGAGGCGCAGAAGGUGCCCGCCGAAUCCCACGUUCACAGGCUUCUCCCGCCUGUGAUUUUUACGGGUUUCCGCCUUCGCCUUCGCCAUGGCGGCCAGACCCAAUUUUUCCACGGGGCAAAUUCCUCCCGGUCAGAGAAAUUCCGCCAUUGCCGAUGGCGCCAACCCGGAGCAGCACUUUGAUGCCAUCGGGUGCCUCUGAACCUGUGAAAAGGGUGCACCAACCUGGUAUUCAUUGCAGAUGAGGAUUCUGCAUCAUUCUACUUCUGCCAGCCACCUGGUGAUGGCUUCCUGAAUACCUUGAAAUGUCAACCUUCUCCAUUUGCCAUGAGGCCUGUCCCAUCAGGUGCACUCCACUCCACCUCCUUGACUUCAUACCAUAUGAAUUUUAACCCUUCUUUUUCACCUGGCCCUUCCCCUUCUCGCUCAGAUGGACUGCACUUUGAGUGCCCCACCAGCAGCAUUUUGAACAAAAAAGGAGCCCUCUGGAUCGGGCCAGCAGCCCAUCCAGUCCACCAUGCUGCUUUGACAGUAGCCAACCAGAUGCCUCAGUGGAAACCCCAUAAGCAGGGUAUAAGCACAAGCAUUCUCUCCCUCCUGUGGUUUCCUGCAACAGGAACAUAGCCAUCCUGGCUAGUAUCCAUUGAAAGCCCUCUCUUUCAUGAAUUUGUCAAGUCCUCUUUUAAAGCCAUUUCCUGUGGGAGAGAGUUCCAUAGUUUAUGCGCUGUGUGAAGAAGGACUUUUCUGUCUGCGAAACUUAAGUGCAAGUGAGUGUGUGCUUUGCUGGCCUUACUGCUUUCUCUCCUUUGAGCCCUUUCAGUUUUGAGCUUUGUUGAUAGGGUUGAUUUCAUUUCUCUAUUAUAUCUCUUCUGAUUUUAUGUUUCAUAGAAUCAUAGAAUCAUAGAAUCAUAGAGUUGGAAGAGGCCACAAGGGCCAUCGAGUCCAACCCCCUGCCAAGCAGGAAACACCAUCAGAGCACUCCUGACAUAUGGUUGUCAAGCCUUUGCUUAAAGACCUCCAAAGAAGGAGACUCCACCACACUCCUUGGCGGCAAAUUCCACUGUCGAACAGCUCUUACUGUCAGGAAGUUCUUCCUAAUGUUUAGGUGGAAUCUUCUUUCUUGUAGUUUGGAUCCAUUGCUCCGUGUCCGCUUCUCUGGAGCAGCAGAAAACAACCUUUCUCCCUCCUCUAUGUGACAUCCUUUUAUAUAUUUGAACAUGGCUAUCAUAUCACCCCUUAACCUCCUCUUCUCCAGGCUAAACAUGCCCAGCUCCCUUAGCCGUUCCUCAUAAUGUUUGUGGCAUCCAGUCUAAACCUUUUGCAAGAUAGGCCACAAAAUCAUAAGGAAUACCACCACUGCUGCAUACAACAAGCAAAAUGUUUGUUGAUACUAAAUGUUCAUGGUUCCACAAAAGUGAUGUUACUUGCAGGAUGCUGUGGGACAGAAAUACGUAACUUAGAUUAUUCAGGCAGCCUUCUGGUUGCAUAGCAACCUUGGUAUUAUUAGCAGUGAGAGCAUUCAGCUACAUGGCACAUGAGUAGGUGGGAUGUUUAGUUAGGUGUUGAGAAAAAUGAGCUCUGCUUGCAUCUCCUGCACUGCUUUAAUAUAGCAGCAGGACUUGUUCUCCUAGUGCAUGGAGAUGAGAGAGACUGGCAUGUUGCAAGCUGUCAGAGUUUUGCAUCUCUUUGGCUUGUGUGUGUUCCCAAACCUGAAACUGUCCUAGUUUGCUAAUGACCAAGUAAGUCUCAAGGAUCACUAAGGUCUCAUCUCCUGUUCAUCCCUUUGUGGUUUUUAGCAAUAGUCCAUAACAUUUGCUGUUCUGUCACAUCCACCUACAUACCACAAGAGCAGGCGUGCGUAUGUUCUUGGUGAUUGCACUCUAUUGAUGGGGAACUCUCUGAAAUUCUGGUCACACUACAGAGGGGGUGGGGGUAAAACUGCUCCUGGAUUGUACCAUUGCAGGCUGCCAUUAGUAGGAGAGGCAGCUGCAUAUCUGAGCUCUUCCCACUCUUCCCAAAUAAACUCACUCUGCACAGCAAACCAGCUUAUUAAGCAAAAGGUUGGAGAUGUUUUCCACAUGCAAAGUGGUGUGUGUGUCUGUGUCUGUCUAUAGUACAUCCCCUGCAGUCUGAAGUGGGACAGUCCAGGAAUGUUUUGUCACCUCACUUGUGUAGACCAGGCUGGAGCCUGAGGGUUGGAUCCAAGUAACUUCUGCUCAGAGUAGACUCACUAAAAUUAAUGGACCUGUUAGCCAUGUUCAUUAGUUUCAAUGCAUCUCCUCUUAGUAGGACUGGUGAUUUGAGGUGGUGCUGCAUUUGUGUUUUAAUUAUUGUAAACAAGCCUUGGGACCUGGGGGUGAAGGAUGCGUAAUAAAUAGUAGUAAUAAUAAUAACUUUAAAUGAGCCUUGUUUAAAUGAACUGUGCUACUAUCAGAACUCUUUCUAGCAUGUCCAAAAUACACAUGUAAGUCAGACUCUGUCAUGUUUAACUGUUGUGGUUUCCAGCUAAAGAGUUCUAGCAGGGAGAAGUCUAGACACCUUCUUAAAAUGACAUUUGUAAGACUUUGUGGAGGGGGAACCCAUGAAAAAAGUCAAUAUUCCUUGUCAAUAUCCCCUAGACCCAGUGAUGUUUCUGUGUCCUCUGCUGGAUUUCAGAGACAAGGGAUAUUCAACUGGAUGGCUUAAGUUUGGAGUAUCUGAUGCUUCAGACAUAGAGGAUAUUGGGAGUCCACACUUUAGGCAAAGGAAGGAGAGUGGCUCAUUGGCAGAGCAUGUGCUGUGCAUGCAGAAGGAUGCAGGCUCAAUCCUCAGCUUCUCUGGAUGGGGCUGACAAGGUCCCUUGCCUGGAGAACCACCCCCGGGCAGUACAAAUAGAACAGGCUAGAGGCACCGAAGAUCUGGCUUGGUAUAAGAGAGCUUCCCAUGUACCCACAAUGGUGUCCCAGCACCCUGUCAGGGCUCCAAGGCACACCUUUUAGACUGCUUCCUUCUUGGCCCUUCCCCCCACCCUGCCUUUGAAAUGUUGGCUACCCCAAGCCACUCAUGUGCUGGGGUUCAGAGGGUUGGGCUGGUGGCUGCACUGGCUCCUUCUCCUCUCUGCCUCUGCAGAGGAGUCACCAGCUACAGAAAAAUGCUGUGUCUUCAUGCUGUGGGAAAUCUUCCAGAUAACUGCCAUGGCUGGUGAGGUCAGCUGGGAUAGGAUCCUGCUCAGUUCUAGGAACUGUUUAUCUGUUGCUGCAGCAGCAAACGUUAGGGGAGAGGAAGGUGUCUCUCACUCAGGAAAUUGCUCUGCCUAACGCCAUCUCCACAUUGGACAGGGGUUCUUCACCAGGUCUAGAAGAAGGCAUUGGGCCAUGUUCAGAUCCUUGUGGGCAAAGUUAACCUAUCCAGUAGUGAGUAUUUGGAAAUGGUGCUUGGAUUUUGUGUGUGUGUGUCUUGGUGUGCUUUCUGGGGAGCAAUAUGUGGAUUUUGCCUUUACAUUUCUGUGUGGUCAGUAAACUUUUUAAAGGAAAUAUGUGCCUGUUCUGUAUCACUCAGUUUCCCACAGGCAUCUGGUUAGCCACUGUGAGAACAGGAGGCUGGGCAUGAGUACUCUGUUAGCCCUCUGCUCAGUUGGAGUGGAGAUAGGAAACCUUGAGUAAAGUGACAUUAAAAUUGUCACCUAAUUAAAAUGUUGUGGUCAGUUUAAUCACUUAAAUAUGUACAUGUGUAAAAGCAAUAGUUCUGUUUUAUAGAAUGCCCUUGGAGCAGCCUUUCCCCACCUAAUGCCCUUCAGAUGUUCUGGCCUGCAACCUGCAUUAGCACCAGCCGGCAUGGUUGUCUGGGAGUUGUAGUCCAAAACAUUUGGAGGGCAGGAACCAAGAUGGAGUAGGCUGACAACUUGGAGGCCUUUUUUACAAUGCAAGGGGAAACAGGCCACGUCUGCCUGCUGUGCCAUCCUUUCUUUUUAAAAAUUCAUUGCAUCAAAAAUAGAUUUAAAGAACACAUUGAGUAAUUGAGGGCACAUUUUUAGUCAGUGAAAGGGUUUUUAAUCCAUCUAGCUAAACAUUGCAGCCAUGGAACUGCAGGCACUCCUAAAGCUGUGCUGGUAGAAGGGGGUUGCUUGUUUUCCAGGCACAAGCUGCAUGGGUUGACUGUGAAAGGAGGCUUGCAAGUAGCUAGUCACCAGGUUACCGGGGUUGCCUCUGGCAGUUCAAGCACUUUGCAAAAGUUGGUGGUUGUCUUACUUUAGGGUUGCAGGUGGCCCAUAGCUUUUUAGGAAGGCUGGAGAAAGUUAUCAGGGCAGGGGCGUACUUUUGUAGUUGCACUGAAGCCAAAAGUGUAUCCCAGAGACUGCCUCUCUGUGCCCCAUCUUGGUAUAUCUGAUCUCCCUCUGAGAGAAAUUCCAAUCCAUCCACUGACUUAGAAACUAGGAUGUGUGUGGACAAACAUUUGUGAGAGUGGCUGGAUUUCCUUUUUCUGAAAAUUCACCCCAACCUGAGCCUAGCUAAGAGGUGCAUGAGGGUUGGUGUAUUUUAGCUGAUUGUUUGGUUGUGUGUCAUGUUUUCAGUGGGAUAGUGUGGAGAACAGAACUGUAUUUAACUAAGCAGGCACCAAGGAUUGCUUGCUGCACCUUGAAUGCAUCAUGUGGAUUCUGGUGAGUAGUUACAUUGCAAGGCAGUGACAUAGAAGACUGCUACAGGUCUAGAGGAGCUAUUGCUCAGCAACUUGGCUAUGGGCGGGGCACCUUGAACUCUUCAUAGGACUGCUUCUGUAUGGUGAGGAAAUUUCCGUGUUCUUAGGUUGCCUUUGUGAUGACUUUUGCUUGCAGUCGUUAAGAACUGCUGGCUUAAAGAGCAGCCUGAACAUCAGACUCUUUCAGAUAAGGGCAAAUUGUGUUUUUACUACUUGGGGGGGGGGGGGCAGAGUGGCUGCAGCAACCUAGUCAGAUGGGUGACACAUAAAUAAUAAAUUGUUAUUGUUAUAUAAACCUUUUCAGCCGCCACAGUCCCAACUGCAGCAUAGAUAUUCUGAAAAAGGGGUGUAUGGGUGGGUGGGGGGUGUUUGUUUCUCACAUAUGUCACAGACUUGGGCUUUUUAUUUUAUUUUUUAUUUUAUUUUACAAAGUUUGUGAUCAACCUGUGGAAGGAAUUUGCAAUCAAAUGAACCAGCGGAAAUGCAAAGGAUAAGAGACAGACAGAGAGAGAGAGAGAGAGAGAGAGAGAGAGCGCCAUUUUGCCACCAGAAGGUUCCAGCCUGUGUCUGUAGCAGUCCUCUCACUUUAUGUGGACAACAAGGACCCACCAAGAAACAGCCUGUAGCAGAAGUGUGCAACUCAGCCUUGCAUCUAUGUGCCCCCCAACCACAAACUGGGGUGCAACUCUUUCAAAUGUUUUGCCUGGAGGAUUUUUUGGGGUGUCUCUUGACACUUCCCAUCAUUGGUAGAAGAAUUUCCAUAGCACAUUUUGAUGUCUAAAGAUAGAAUAGAAUCAUAGAAUCAUAGAAUCAUAGAAUCAUAGAGUUGGAAGAGACCACAAGGGCCAUCGAGUCCAACCCCCUGCCAAGCAGGAAACACCAUCAGAGCACUCCUGACAUAUGGUUGUCAAGCCUCUGCUUAAAGACCUCCAAAGAAGGAGACUCCACCACACUCCUUGGCAGCAAAUUCCACUGUCGAACAGCUCUUACUGUCAGGAAGUUCUUCCUAAUGUUUAGGUGGAAUCUUCUUUCUUGUAGUUUGGAUCCAUUGCUCCGUGUCCGCUUCUCUGGAGCAGCAGAAAACAACCUUUCUCCCUCCUCUAUGUGACAUCCUUUUAUAUAUUUGUACAUGGCUAUCAUAUCACCCCUUAACCUCCUCUUCUCCAGGCUAAACAUGCCCAGCUCCCUUAGCCGUUCCUCAUAAGGCAUCGUUUCCAGGCCUUUGACCAUUUUGGGUGCCCUCCUCUGGACACGUUCCAGUUUGUCAGUGUCCUUCUUGAACUGUGGUGCCCAGAACUGGACACAGUACUCCAGGUGAGGUCUGACCAGAGCAGAAUACAGUGGCACUAUUACUUCCCUUGAUCUAGAUGCUAUACUCCUAUUGAUGCGGCCCAGAAUUGCAUUGGCUUUUUAGCUGCCGCGUCACACUGUUGGCUCAUGUCAAGUUUGUGGUCAACCAAGACUCCUAGAUCCUUUUCACAUGUACUGCUCUCAAGCCAGGUGUCACCCAUCUUGUAUUUGUGCCUCUCAUUUUUUUGCCCAAGUGCAAUACUUUACAUUUCUCCCUGUUAAAAUUCAUCUUGUUUGUUUUGGCCCAGUUCUCUAAUCUGUUAAGGUCAUUUUGAAGUGUGAUCCUGUCCUCUGGGGUGUUAGCCACCCCUCCCAGUUUGGUGUCAUCUGCAAAUUUCAUCAGGAUGCCCUUGAGUCCAUCAUCCAAGUCGUUGAUAAAGAUGUUGAAUAAGACCGGGCCCAGGACAGAACCCUGUGGCACCCCACUAGUCACUCUUCUCCAGGAUGAAGAGGAACCAUUGAUGAGCACCCUUUGGGUUCGGUCAGUCAGCCAGUUACAAAUCCACUGAGUGGUAGCAUAGUCAAGACCGCAUUUUACCAGCUUCUUUACAAGAAUAUCAUGGGGCACCUUGUCAAAUGCCUUUCUGAAAUCAAGGUAGGCUACAUCCACUGCGUUCCCUUCAUCUACCAGGCUUGUAAUUCUGUCAAAAAACGAGAUCAGGUUAGUCUGACAUGACUUAUUUUUCAGAAAUCCAUGCUGACUAUUGGUGAUCACAGCAUUCCUUUCUAGGUGCUCACAGACUGUUUGCUUAAUGAUCUGCAAGAAGCCCAGAAUAAAAUUUAAAAUAUUAACUGAUGUAAAGGAAAGAGGGGGAUUUGCCCUGCCAGACUUUAAACUUUAUUAUGAAUCAGCAGCAUUCUGCUGGUUGAAAGAUUGGCUGCUUCUUGAGAACACAGACAUUUUGCAUUUAGAAGGUUUCAAUAAUGUUUUUGGGUGGCAUGCAUAUUUGUGGUAUGACAAGGUUAAAGCACAUAAAGCAUUUAAAAACCAUAUUGUCAGGAAAGCAUUGUUUAAUGUCUGGACAAGAUAUAAAGACUUACUUGAAAAUAAAACCCCAAGGUGGUUGUCACCGAUGGAGGCAAAGGCCCUGAAAAAGCUCAAUAUGGAGGCCAAGUGGCCGAAAUAUUGGGAAAUCUUGGCGCAAGAAGGAGACAAAUUGAAAUUGCAGAGUUUUGAGAAACUAAAAGAUAAAGUGCGAGACUGGCUUCGUUACUAUCAAAUAAGAGAGGCUUAUAAUUUAGACCAAAAAAUUGGCUUCCAGGUGGAAAAAUCAAAGUUGGAAACAGAAAUGUUAGAUCCUAAAACAAAGAUACUUUCAAGAAUGUAUAACUUGCUGUUAAAAUGGAAUACUCAGGACGAGACGGUUAAAUCUGCUAUGAUUAAAUGGGCACAGGACGUUGGACAUAACAUUAUGUUUGCUGACUGGGAACAGUUGUGGACCACAGGUAUAAAAUUUACGGCAUGCAAUGCCCUAAGAGAGAAUAUUAUGAAAAUGAUAUACAGGUGGUACAUGACCCCAGUCAAGCUUGCAAAAAUCUAUCACUUACCCGAUAAUAAAUGUUGGAAAUGUAAAGAAACUGAAGGUACAUUCUAUCACCUUUGGUGGACGUGCCCAAAGAUUAAGGCGUUCUGGGAGAUGAUCUAUAAUGAAAUGAAAAAGGUAUUUAAAUUUACCUUCCUGAAGAAACCAGAGGCCUUCCUCUUGGGUAUAGUCGGCCAAUUGGUGCCAAAGAAGGAUAGAAAUUUCUUUAUGUAUGCUACAACAGCAGCAAGAAUACUUAUUGCAAAGUAUUGGAAGACACAAGAUUUACCCACCCUGGAAGAGUGGCAGAUGAAGGUGAUGGACUAUAUGGAAUUGGCGGAAAUGACUGGCAGAAUCCGAGACCAGGGAGAAGAGUUGGUAGAAGAAGAUUGGAAGAAAUUUAAAGACUAUUUGCAGAAAUACUGUAAAAUUAAUGAAUGUUAAAAUGAUGUUGGAUUGAAAAUAAGUGGUUUUGGUAAUAAGGUUAAAAAGAAUAUGCAAAUAUAGAUAGUCAUAUGGACGAAAAUAUAUAGUUAUAAUAGGUUAGGACACAGAGUAAAGAUAAAUGAAAGAGGAUAAGGAUUUGCUGAAAGGAUUUUGUAAACGGGAAUACAAAAAGGGGAGGUGUGAGGAGGUCAAGGAAAUAAGUAAAUGAGCCUAAAGAUAUUGAAAAAUGGAUUUUUCUUUAAUUUUUUUUUUUUAGCCAUCUGUUUUUUGUAUUUUGUAUUUUUUUUUCUUCUAGGUUUUUUUUUCUUUUUUUGGUAAUUUUUUGUAUUUUUCUUGUUAUCUUUUUUCUUUUUCUGUCUAUGUUUUCUUUUUAGUUUGUUAAACCUAUGUUUAUUGUAAAAUCCUAAUAAACAUUUUAUAAAAAAAAUAAUAAUAAUGAUCUGCUCCAGAAUCUUCCCUGGUAUUGAUGUCAGACUGACUGGGCGGUAAUUAUUUGGGUCCUCUCUUUCCCCCUUUUUGAAAAUAGGGACAACAUUUGCCCUCCUCCAGUCUGCCGGGACUUCGCCUGUUCUCCAGGAAUUCUCAAAGAUGACUGGCAGUGGUUCUGAGAUCACAUCUGCCAGUUCUUUUAAUACUCUUGGAUGCAGUUCAUCUGGCCCUGGAGACUUGAAUACAUCUAAACUAGCCAAGUAUUCUUGUACUAUCUCCUUAGAUAUUCUGGGCUGUGUUUCCUCUGCUGAAUCAUUUGCUCCAAAUUCUUCAGGUCGGGCAUUGUUUUCUUUAUCGGAGAAGACUGAGGCAAAGAAGGCAUUGAGGAGUUCAGCCCUUUCUGUGUCCCCUGUUUGCAUUUCACCAUCUUCUCCUCUGAGUGACCCCACUGUUUCUUUGUUCUUCCUUUUGCUACUGACAUACCCAUAAAAGCCUUUUUGUUGCUUUUAACCUCUCUAGCAAGCCUGAGUUCAUUCUGUGCUUUAGCUUUUCUGACUUUGUGUCUACACGUGCUGGCUAUUUGUUUGAAUUCCUCUUUGGUGGUUCCCCCCCUUUUCCAUUUUUUGUACACAUCCUUUUUAAAUCUUAACUCAGUUAAAAGUUCUUUAGAUAGCCUUUCCGUCUCAUUGGUAUUGCCUGAAGUUGUGCUUUUACUAUCUCCCUCUUAACAAACUCCCAGCCAUCAUGAACUCCCUUUCCUUUUAGUAUUACUGUCCAUGGGAUCUCACCCAGCACUUCCCUAAGUUUUAUGAAGUCAGCUUUCUUAAAGUCAAGAAAUUGAGUCCUAGUAUGCUUGGCUGCUCCUUUCCGCUGUAUAGUAAACUUCAGAAGAGCAUGAUCACUCGCGCCGAAUGAUCCUUCCACUUCUACCCCACUAACCAGGUCAUCAACAUUGGUUAGGACCAGAUCUAAAAUGGCUGUUCCUCUUGUUGCUUCUCCCACUUUCUGGACAAUGAAGUUGUCUACAAGACCAGUGAGGAAUCUGUUUGACCUUAUGCUCUUGGCUGAGUUUGACAUCCAACAAAUAUUCGGGUAAUUGAAGUCCCCCAUUACUACUAUCUCCCUUCAUUUUGCAUGCUUGGCCAUCUGUUCCAGGAAGGCAUCAUCUAUGUCCUCCGUUUGGCUUGGGGAUCUAAAGUAAACUCCCACAGUGAGGUAACUGUUCUUCUUCUCUCCCUUAAUUUUGACCCAAAUGCUCUCACUUUGGCUUUGAGGUUCUAAAUCUUGGAUCUCUUCACAGGUAUACACAUCCCUGACAUAUAACGCCACUCCUCCUCCUUUCUUGUCUGGUCUGUUUCUCUGAAAUAGAUUGUAUCCCUCCAUUAUUACAUUCCAAUCAUGGGACUUAUCCCACCAGGUUUCAGUGAUGCCUAUUAUGUCAUAUUUAGUUUGCUGUACCAAGAGCUCAAGCUCGUCUUAUUUAUUUCCCAUGCUUUGCGCAUUAGUGUACAGACAUUGAAGUCCAUUAAUCUUUCAUGACACAGUCAUGGGUUACACAUUCAAGCUGUCCCUUUAGCAGACUUUACUCACAGGAGGAGUGUUAAAAAUGUAGAUUUUUCAUUGUUCUCCAUGUACACAUUUACUGGGUUUUUAAAAUUCCCAUUGCUGAUGGCGAGUGUGGUGAGUAACCAGGCUCCUGUCCAGCGGACUAGUUAGCGAGUUUCACCCGGAAGCUCCUGUAGGCUCACAUGGCCUGCUCUGGCCAGCUGACUGCAGGGCCUUCUUUUGGUGGUGCGGCUCCCGACCUCACACCCUGCAUGUUCCAGCAGGUAUUUAAUGUGUUGCAUAAAUAACAUGUGGUGGCUGUAUGCCUCAAGAUAUUCAUUGAGCUGGAGGUUCUAAACUCUUUCCCCAAGACUGAGUCUAGAAACAAAAAUGUUGUACCACAGAGUCUCCAUUACCUUAGUAGAGCAGCUGUACUAAUACACUGGAAACUUUCAUAUGGUUUGGGUCAAGUAGUUUAGAGCACUCCACAGUCUCUCACAAUCCAAAUCAGUUCUCUCUAUUUCUUAUUUUUCCAACCUUAAAUUUAGUUCUCCACAUUCUUGCAACAAUUUCAACUUUUCUUUUAGAAGAAGCUCAUGAAAGUUCAUCAGCAUUUCGGUGUGAAUUUAUCUGAAUACAUUCUGUAUGCAAUUGUGCCCAAUAUACACAUUCAUGAAUACCAAUUUCCCCGGCCUAACACAAUGCAGUUCACUAAUCUGUGCAGCUUUUAUCUGCACUUUUGGACACAUUACUUGACUAGGGAACUAUACUGGAAUUUUUUUUAAAGAAAUGCACAUUUCAAGGGAUGGUUGUGAUUUGAGUCACAUUUGAUUUGGAAUAUGGGAGUUUGGCCAGUUUGUCUUUAAAUGCAGACUAAAUAGAAUUUCUCCCCCUCCCUAAAUCCAGGGCUUUUCUCACAAUAAGCCUUUUUUCCCUACUUGUGUUGCCCAGCCAGAAGCUCUUCUGAAUUUUCCCUGUGGGUCAAUGCAAAGUCACCCCGCUUUGGAGAGAGGAGAGCCCCAAUCCAUCAGGAUGUUGGAGAGCCAGUGUGGUGUAGUGGUUAAGAGCGGUAGACUCCUAAUCUGGGGAACCGGGUUCGCGUCUCCGCUCCUCCACAUGCAGCUGCUGGGUGACCUUGGGCCAGUCACACUUCUUUGAAGUCUCUCAGCCCCACUCACCUCACAGAGUGUUUGUUGUGGGGGAGGAAGGGAAAGGAGAAUGUUAGCCGCUUUGAGACUCCUUAAAGGGAGUGAAAGGCGGGAUAUCAAAUCCAAACUCUUCUUCUGGCACAAGAACCCAUAGAUUAUGGUCUGGUGAAGCUUACAGUGACUCAAACAAGAGGUUUGAUUGUGCUUCUGAGUGGAAGGUGCCUUUCCAGUGAGCACAAGAAUUUUUAAAGCAAAUAUUUAAAGGUCUUCUGUGGCUUCUGUUGGACAACAGCCCAGAGGACACCAUGGCAAAGCUGUCCACUGGACAAGUUCUUAAUCAAGUUCUUUUUUUUUUUAUAAUGAUAUUUAUUGAGAUUUCAAAAAGAAUACAAAAAUUACACAAUAACAAAAAAGUAGAGAAUACAAAAACUUACACAAUAAAAAGAAAAAAGAUAAAAAAGUCAAAGUAAAAAUAUAAAAAAUGAAAAAUACAGAAGAAAAAUAGUAAUAAAAAAGAAAAAAAUAUAUAUUAGACCUCCUCCUCCUCCCUUCCUUUGUAUUCUAGUUGUUAAUUAUCCCAGCAAAUCCUUUCCAUCUUUCUAUAAUAGAAUAAACCUUAAAAUUUAAAAUUUAGAUCUUAACUUUACCAGCUUCUUGUGUUCAUAAUGUUCUUUUCUAAUUCUUUAUACAUCUUUACUAAAGCCAGAUAAUUUCUUCCAACAUUUUUCUAUCAUUCAUUUUUCAUCAUUCUAUCAUUUAACAACUAUAUAAAACAUUCUAUUAGUUAGAAAACAAGUACACAAAAAAAACAAGUUCAAUCUUUAUCCAACGUCCCUUCCUCCUGGUUUCGGGAUUUGUCAGUCCUUAUUCCUCAAUCUAACCCGGUGACCUUAUGUCCGAGGCUCUCAGAUCACUUCCAUGGCCCUUCCACAGCUUUUCUUCAUAUUUGUGGCUGUAGUCACUUGCUUGUAGUAACUCCAACUUAAUAGUGUUUUUAACCCUUCUCAUCAGUUCAGAUCCUUUUCCCUGUUCAUCGCUGCAAUCCAUGUAGUAUUUAAAAACAUACUUCAAGGGCCCUCCGAAGUUGUGGGCCCCCACAAUUCCAAACAUGUCGCAGCCUGUUACUGUAUUUAGGAAGUCCAGAUAUCCCAACAUAGGGGGGUCUAUCCAGCCCCCCAUUUCCAAACCACGCCAAACUUUCCCUUCCCAUAUCUGGUUUUUUCCAAGUUCUAUUAUCAAAUCCGAAGGAUCAGGCUCCUGUUGAGACUGUUCUGUCAAACCACACUCCUGAUUUAGUGCCACAAACCCCUGUUCUGUCAAAACACACUCCUGGUUUGAGUCCUGAAUAGACUCCACAUAUAUUCCCACAGUUUGAUCAACGCCUUCCGCUGCCAGUCUGAGAUUUCCAGUCGACUUGGCCAUCUGGUUCACCUUAUCAUGUAGUUCUUCCAGUAAAAUAUUUGUUUCAUUGAGCAGGCAAACCACAACUUCUGAAAACAUUGUUGCACUCUCCCACUAUUGUUUAUAUCAGCUGUCAAGUCCUUGGCAUUAGUUACAGUUUCUAAGGCUCCCCCUAGGGAGAAGACUUAUAUUUGUUUCUGUUACAUUUCCAUGUUACUUAAAGUACUUUAUCCAUAUAUAUUCCUUUAAAAUGCGAAAGGGAACAAUAGAGUCACCAAAAAUUCUCUUAUUUUUACUAUCUGUCACACACAGAUAUCUUGAUGGUUCGCGUCAGUCCUGACUUCCCCGCUCCAGGAUCAGGACGAAAAUAGCUUCCUUUUACCGCUUCAAAUAGUCCAAAAAAAUAUCCCAAUUUGAAAUGUUGGAAUCCACUCUUUUAAGAACAAUUUUCGAAGCUCUAGUAUAAGUUGUCUUUGCUUUGUUAUGUUUACAAAAGAACGGAAGGGUGACUUCCUGUUUAGCCCUUACCGCUCCGUACCAAAUUCAAUCAAUUUUUCUUUUUUUUUUAUAGUCCAAUUCUGUCCUUUUUACUAAUCUUCAUUUAAUGUUCCAAUUUGUUCAAAUUCUGGGUACUCACGGAUAUUUGUUUUAAAGUCCGAAUUGUCCAGGAAAAAAGGCAGCGCUCUCCGGCAACAGCUACGCGGCUUCACUCCACAAAAGAAGCAGACGACUCGAUAGCACAGCGCCACUUCCCCGCUCUGUUCCGGAGCCCGUUGCCGGGUUCCUUUGCAGGUUGGGGGGGCGCAAACAGUGCCCGCCGAGUCCCAGGGUCACAGGCUUCACCCGCCUGUGGUUUGAAGGGUCCCCGCUGCGCCGAAGCGGUUUUAGACCCGAUUUCUGUGGAGCGGUCUCCCUCUGAGUUAGAGGGAUUCCGCCAUUGCCGUUGGCGCCACCUCCGGAAGUCCCAAGUUCUUAAUCAAGUUCUGCCUUGUCUCACCAGUAGCCACUUGGUCUGGUCUCAACUAAGACUAUAACCUGGGUUCUGGGAUCUGAGUAGAUCCCCAGGGCUUAAACAGAGAGCCUCCUUGUUUGUGGCUGGGACUUGCCCUCCUGAGCUACCCCUGGCUGUACUUUCUCGCAGUUUCCUCAGGCACAGAAAGGAGUGUGUGUCUAUGUUGUAAAGGUCCCUGCCAUUAGCAGUGCACAAGUUGGAAUCCUUUGGAGUGGCCACUCUUGGUGUGUGUUGUUAGCAAAUCACUCCUCUGUUGCUAACAUUGUGGCUGGUGUGUCACAUGUCUGUGUUUACUUCCCUGAGCUGGGAAGGUUCUGAGGACGGAAGAGUGUGGCCAGCCAGCAGCUGAGCUUGAGGACCCUGGCAGUGCUUGAAGAGCCUCCUCCUGUGUUUACUUCCCUUCUAGAGGGAUGCUGAUGGCAGGACUGAGAGCAAAUCAAAUAACUUUUUUGGGUUUCAGAGGGCCUUGGCAAAGGAAGCACAUAGUUCUUUUUUAAUGAAAAGCGAUUGUCAUGAUAGGCUGGGUGGAAGGGACCAGAAUCAUUUGGUGGCUGGAAUGGAACUGCAUAAAACAAAGGGCUUUUAUUGGGCUGACCUAGCUUUAUUCUGCUCUUUCGCUUUGCUGUCUCCAUUAAUUAACAUGUACCAUAUUAUUUUUCAAUAGCUUUGCCCUUUGGUAGUGACCUAAUCGUGGCACAGUUGCCAAGCGAGAGAGAGAGAGCAGGCCUGUGAUGGGCAUUCCGUAAACAAAAGGGGUUGGGCAAGAUAAGAAGGACCUUGAACAGGUUAGCCCAGGGGUCAGCAAACCCUUUCAGCCAUGGGCCGGUCCACUGUCCCUCAGACCUUUGGAGGGCCAGACUAUAUUUUUUGGGGGGGAAAUGAACAAAUUCCUAUGCCCCACAAAUAACACAGAGAUGCAUUUUAAAUAAAAGCACACAUUCUACUCAUGUAGAAACACACAGAUUGCCGGACCACCUGCGGGCCGGAUUGAGAAGGCAUAGACAAGAAGGUGCUGUUAGAAUCUCAGUAAGUUAAAAAGUAGAGAAGUAAAAAAGGAAAAAUUACUUCCCUGGGUGAAGUAAUUUUCUUUUAAUUGUCAAAUAAUUCUGUGUACAUUGUGGCAGCCUUUGGCUAUGUGCAAUAAAACUGACUGAGACUGAGAUUGAGAAGGCGAUUAGGCCGGAUCUGGCCCCCGGGCCUUAGUUUGCCUACCCAUGGGUUAGCCAAACAGAAAAGAAAAAUGUAUAAAGUGAGAGAAAGGAACACUCAGUACCAGAUUUUGGGGUGUUCACUGGUUUCUAAAAUCAGCUUUGUCUAGGCAAGAUGAGUCUAUGCUCUGUUUCCUAAGAGGAAAAUUUGGCACAUUUUGUGAGAGAACCCUGCUAUUUUUCUGUGAGUCCUUAUAACUCUUUUCCCGCAUGGUACAAGAAGGCUGACCCAGGAGCCCCACCCCCAUUACUCUUCCUGGGAAUCCCCUCUGUCACACAGCCGGCUUUCUAGUCAAGCAUGCUCAUAGCCCUCACACAGCAACAAUACCUAGAGCAGUUUAAGUGACACCAGGUUUCAGCCUCCUUGAAAGUUGUCCUUUUAAAGGUGACUUCCCCAUAUUUUUGGCCCUUUGCUGUAUUUAUAAGAACAAGCAAGCAGCCAUGGAACAAGGGUACACCUCUCAGUUUCUACAGAUGAUUCCCUAUAGAAGGUGGGGGUGGGAUGCUUGGAAAGCCCCUUGGGGAGGCCACACCCUGCUAAGUGCCAGGAGGAAACAGGCAUCACGACCCUUUAUUCGCCAUCACUCCCUAGACCUGCUAGCUGUUCCUUGCCCUAGAAGGGGCUAAUGCAUGCUCUCCCCCCCCCCUUGUGUGUUGCAGGAUCAGCUGAAGCAGUGCUUUGGCAGGCCAGCUGCAGAAGCCAAGGACACCGACACGCUUGUGCAAGAGACGGACAGUCAGUAUGGCACCUGGAGCGACCAGCGGCACAGUGUGGACAGGUGAGGCUCCUGGGAUGGCAACCCUGAGCAGCCAAGGUCCACGGAUCCCUUUGUAAGGGAGAAGGGCCUGCUCCCACCUGGAGUCAGGAUCCACUUGGGAUCUACCUUUCUCAUUCCCAGUCUCUUACAAUGGAUGGGAGCUGGGCAGUGGCUCUUUCUGAUCCCUGCACUUUUGCAAUAGGCUUGAACCUUGGAAACUGAGCCCUUGAUCUGUUUUGUGUCCUUGGGCAGAGGUGCUUCCUCUAAGCUUCAGUUCCCCUUUUGCAAAAGGGACAGAGCGAAGGCUGUAUAUCACAGGGGGCUUGGUAAGCAAGAGCUGUACAGAAUUGCAGAACUGAGAGGCUUUUGAGCUUCUGGACUUGAUUUCAGUAAGGCUUUUGACAAAGUCCCCAAUGAUAUUCUUGUGAAAAUGCUGGUAAAAUGUAACUGUUAGGUGGAUUUGUAACUCGUUGGCUGACCAAACCCAAGCAGUAUUAGUUAAUGGUUCCUUGUCAUCCUGGAAAAAAGUGACAAGUGGGGUACCACUGGGUUCUAUCUGGGGCCCAUUGUUGUUCAAUGUCUUUAUAAACGACUUGGAUGAAAGAAUUGAGGGGAUGCUCAUCAAAUUUGCAGAUGGCACCAAACUGGGAGGGGGAGCUAAUGCCACAGAAGACAGAUUCAAAAUUCAAAAUUACCUCAACAGAUUGGAGAACUGGGCACAAGCUAACAAAAUGAAUUUUAAUAGGGACUGUCUAUAUCUAUAUAUCUAUAUUCAAGAAGGACACUGACAAACUGGAACGUGUCCAGAGGAGGGCAACCAAAAUGGUCAAAGGCCUGGAAACGAUGCCUUAUGAGGAACGGCUAAGGGAGCUGGGCAUGUUUAGCCUGGAGAAGAGGAGGUUAAGGGGUGAUAUGAUAGCCAUGUUCAAAUAUAUAAAAGGAUGUCACAUAGAGGAGGGAGAAAGGUUGUUUUCUGCUGCUCCAGAGAAGCGGACACGGAGCAAUGGAUCCAAACUACAAGAAAGAAGAUUCCACCUAAACAUUAGGAAGAACUUCCUGACAGUAAGAGCUGUUCGACAGUGGAAUUUGCUGCCAAGGAGUGUGGUGGAGUCUCCUUCUUUGGCGGUCUUUAAGCAGAGGCUUGACAACCAUAUGUCAGGAGUGCUCUGAUGGUGUUUCCUGCUUGGCAGGGGGUUGGGCUCGAUGGCCCUUGUGGUCUCUUCCAACUCUAUGAUUCUAUGAUUAUAUCUAUAGUCCCUAUUAAAUAUAUAUAGUCCCUAUUAAAUAUAUAAAUGAAUUUUAAUAGGGACUCUCUCUCUCUCUCUCUCUCUAUAUAUAUAUAUAUAUGAACAAAUUUUAACAUAAUCCCUACUGGUAAGAUGGUCACAAAAUAGAUUUCCAAUUACACCCCCACCCCACGAUUUCCCCCAACUUCCCUUUCUGGUUUAUAACGUAUUCACUUCUCCUGCAUGUUAUCUUAUUCCCUAAUAUAGUAAAGUUAAGAUUAUACUUCAUUAUUAUGUUCUAUUUGUUGAUUGUAAGUGUUUACACAAACCCUACAAGUGAGUCCAUUUCCUUAUGUUGCUUCUGUAUGUACAUCAUAAAAGGUUCUCAGUCUUUUUAAAGUCAAUAUUGUCCUUAUCUUUAGGUCUUUCAGUCAACUUCACCAUUUCAGCAUAUUCCAUCAGUUUUUCUUGCCAUUGUUAUUUCAUUGGCAUUUCAUCACCUUUCCACUUUUGAGCUAGUAAAAUUUUAGCCACUGUUGUAGUAUACAUAAAUAAAUUUUUCUUGUCUUUUGGCAAAUCUUGACCUAAAAUGCCUAAUAAGAAAGCUUCUGGUCUUUUAACAAAGGUUAUCUUAAACAUUCUUUUCAUUUCAUUAUAAAUCAUGUACCAAUAGUUUUUAAUUAUUUUACAAUUCCACCACAUGUGAUAAAACGUUCCUUCUUUUUCUUUACAUUUCCAACACUUAUUGGAGCUUGUUCUAUACAUUUUGGCCAUUUUCGCUGGUGUAAUAAACCAUCAGUACAUCAUUUUCAUAUAAUUCUCUUUUAACAAUACACAAUCAGUAAAUUUUAAAGUUACUUUCCAUAACUUUCCACAGUCUUCCAUUUGUAUAUUAUGACCUAUAUUUUGUGCCCAUUUAAUCAUUACCGAUUUAACCUCUUCGUCUUUCGUCUCCCAUUCUAACAAUAAAUUAUACAUUUUCUUUAAAAGUUUAUUAUUAUCCUCUGUAAUUUCUCUUUGGAAUCUAGAUAUGGUAUAACCAAAUCCUUUCUUGUUAUCUUCUUUAAAAACCUCAUUUAGUUGGCAGUGUUGCAGCCAAUCAUGAACAAGUCUCUAAUCUCCUCAUAAUCCAGUUUCCAUAUUUAUCCUUUUGAUUGAUAUUCCCUCUGUUGGGGCAACCUACCAGGGCAUUUUUUGUUAUAAUAAAUCUUUAUAUUUCCCCCAUACUUUUAUUAAUGAUUUCCUAAUUAUAUGGUUACGGAAGCCUUUAUGUACCUUCCCUUUACUGUACCAUAAAUACACAUUGCCAGCCAAAUCUAUUAUCAUGUCCUUCCAGGUCUAAUAAAUCAGUAUUUUCUAAUUUGACCCAAUCCCGGAUCCAAGUAACACAGCUCGCUUCAUAAUACAAUUUAAAAUCUGGAAGGGAGAAUCCGCCUCUAUCUUUAAUAUCUGUUAAUAUUUUAUGUUUUAUUUUUGGUUUCUUCCCUUUCCAAAUAAAUUUAGAAAUACCUUUUUGCCAUAUCUUGAAGCAGGCCGUGUUAUUGUCUGGAAUAAAAACAACAUUUUUGGCAAUGCGUUCAUUUUAAUUGCUGCAAUUCUUCCUAAUAAUGAUAGGUUCAUUUUGCCCCAUAUUUCUAGAUUCCUUUUUAACUCAUUCCAACAUUUUUCAUAAUUGUCUUUAUAAAUAUUGAUAAUUCUAGUUGAGAGCCAGAUCCCUAACUAUUUCACUUUUUUAUGGGUUUCUAGUUCUAUGGUUUGAAAUAAUUCCUUUUUAUCUGCUUCUGUUAAGUUUUUAAUUAAUAACUUGGUCUUACUUUUAUUUAAUUUAAAUCCUGCUAUUUGCCCAAACUCCUGAAUUUUUCUAUCAGCCUCAAAAGAGAAUUUUUGGGAUCUUCAACUGUGAUUACCAGAUCAUCUGCAUAGGCUUUCAAUUUGUAUGACUUUUUCCAUACUUUAAUUCCUUUAAUAUUUUAAUCUGCCCUUAUAUUUCUCGCCAGGACUUCUAGGACCAAGAUAAAUAAUAAAGGUGAUAACGGGAAUGUAUUUUACAUUCAUCUGUUACCACCUGAUUGACAAUUAAUUUCGCUUUUAGAUUUGAAUAUAUAGCUUGAAUUCCUUUUCUGAACUCCCCCCCCCCCCCAUAAAUUCUCAAGAGACAUUGUCAAAGGCUUUUUCAGCAUCUAUAAACAUUAAUGCUGCUUGUUUUUCAUUUCUCACUUCCAGGUAUUCUAUAAUAUCUAUAAUGUUUCUUAUAUUGUCUUUCAUUUGUCUGCCUGGAAGGAAUCCUACCUGGUCAUGAUGUAUAUACUCCUUCAUUACUAUUUUCAUUCUAUUGGCCAUUAUAUUAGCAAAUAAUUUAUAAUCAUUAUUUAAUAAUGAAAUUGGUCUAUAACUUUUUUUUGAUGCCACAUUGGCAUCUUGUUUUGGAAUCAAAGUUAUAUAAGCCUCUUUCCAUGUCUCUGGGACUCUAAUAUUAAGAUUUUAUUCAUUAUUUCCUGUAAUGGUAUUACAGUUGAUUAUUUAAUUUCUUAUAAUAUUUUGCUGAUAGUCCAUUUGUUCCUGGCGAUUUCCCUGUUUUUGCCUGCUUAAUUGCAUCUAAUAUUUCUUGCGUUGUUAUCUGGGCAUUUAGAAUUUCUAAUUUUUCUUCUUUAAUUUUUGGUAAAUUACUAGCUUUCAGAUAUUCAUCUAUAUCCUUCCCCUUUUCACAUCCUUUCCUAUAUACCGUAUUUUUCGCUCCAUUGGACGCACCGGACCAUAGGACGAACCGGACCAUAGGAGGGGGAGAACAGGGGAAAAAAUUUUUUUCUUGUUCUCCCCCUCUAAAACCAGAUGCGUUCAAGGUACAUUCACCAGAGCUUGUGGGGCUGGCGGUGGGGGGAAGCGCUGCUUUCCCCCACCGCCAGCCUCAAAGAUCCCUGAAGCCUUUGGAGCGCAGCGCCCCCGCUGCCCUGCAGAGGUUUGCGCGCAGCCAUCCCCAAGCUAGAGCAGCGAGACGGAGCCCUCCGUCUCGCUGUUCUGGCUUGGGAACAGCCUUGCUAGCUUCUGCAGGACAGCGGGGUGAAGGCACCCCGCUGCCCUGCAGAGGUUUGCGCGCAGCUGUCCCCAAGCUAGAGCAGCGAGACGGAGCGCUCCGCAGUGCUCUGUCUUCCUGUUCUGGCUUUGGGCUUAGCAGCGCAGCCUGCAUUCGCUCUAUAGGACGCACACACAUUUCCCCUUAAUUUUUGGUGGGGAAAAUGUGCGUCCUAUAGAACGGAAAAUACGGUAAUUCUGUAAAAUAUUUAACAAAAGGCUUCCUAAUUUCUUUGAAUUGUCUAUAUUUUUUCCAUUUUAUUUUAUUUUAUUUAUGCUAUUUUUUUUGCUCGUUUUUCUUCAACUGCCAUGCUAAUAAUUUCCCUGGUUUAUUUGCAUAUUCAAAAUACUUUUGUUUCAUUCUUUUAAUUUUCCACUCUAUUUCUUGAUUGAUGAUCAUUGAAUAUUGUGUUUGUAAUAAUUUUAUUACUUGCUUUGUGGAUUCUUUGUUUGUUUUGCAUAUUAGUUCUUUUUCUUUUUUCAAUAAUGCCUCUAAUAUUUCUCUCUUCUUUUUCUCUCUAUUUCCUCCUAUACGUAUUUUGUUGGAUAAAUAAGUCCCUCAUAACCGCUUUACUAGCAUCCCAUACUAUCUGUGCUUUCGUACCCUUAUUUAGGUUUAGCUCAAAAUAGUCUCCAAAUACCUUUUGUGCUUUUUUAAAAUUUUAUUUUUAAAUUGAAUCUAAUAAAUCCUCAUUUAAUCUCCAUCUAAAAGUGGAUUGUAUUUCAUUUUGCAUUUCUAAAAAUAAAGGAUUGUAGUCUGAGAUUGUUCUUGGCAUUAUUUAUAUUUUCCUUACCUUCAGUUCUAAUUCUUUAGACAGCUACAUCGCAUCUAUCCUUGCACUGCUUUCAUGCACUUUGAAUGGAAAGUGAAUUCCCUAUCUAAUAGAUGUUUAUUUCUCCAAAUGUCUAUCAAAUUUUAAUUGCCCACCAUCUCACAGAAGGUUUUGGGGAGUCAGUCCUGUUCAGUAUCCUUCUUCCUAAUUGCUCUAUCCAUUUACAAUGACACGACUCCAUUCAGAUUAGCCAUCAAUAUCAUUUUCUGAUCUGCGAAAUCCAUUAAAUCAGUCUCUAAUUUCUUAUAAAAGUCCGCUUUUUUAUCAAUAGGGGCAUAGAUUCCUAUUAAUAAAAAUUGUUCGCCUUGCACCACGAUCUGUACCACUAUUACUCUUCCUUGGUCAUCUUUAAAAAUUUGUUUGGGCUCGAAUUUUGAUUUAAUAUAAAGGACCACUCCACUUUUUUUUAUCUAUCUGCUGUUAUAAAUUCCAUUCCUAAUUUUUUAUUACUUAGGACUCUUUGGUAUUUGCUUGCUAUAUGUGUUUCUUGAAGACAAACUAUCUAAAUUUUGUUUGAGAAUUAUAUAUUUUAUUCCUUUUUGUUUUAUUAUUUAAGCUGUUUACGUUCCAACUUAAUACCUUUAAAUUUUCCAUUUUGUUUUACUGUUUGUUUUUACCUACGACCUUGUCUAAUAUUCCCCUUUGUCUUGAUUAUAUAAGUUAUCUACAUCCCCUCCUGUUGCUCCGCUUAUUGGAUCUCUGCCUGUACCUCCUGCUGGUCCCAUUGGAUCUUGACCUGUCCCUCCUACCAGGCCGAGAGGGCCUAGUACUGUAUAUGGGUUAUCAAAUUCAAAAUCUCUGCCAUGUUUUUGCCAGAAUUCGUGUGCUUGAUCUUCAUUUGCCAAUCUAUAUUUUUUGCUUUUGUAUUUAAAGGAAAUUCCUUCUGGGAAUUCCCAUCUGAAUUUUAUUUUAGCUUUAAUCAAACCAUUUGUUAUAUAAUGGAUUCUCUGGCGUCUUUGUCAUAAAAUCGGGGGGAUUGCCUUGUAAAUGGCCACCUCAUUACUGUCAACCUGGAGACUGUUUUCAUAAUUUUUUGGAGAAUAGCUCCCCUGACCCCAAGCAGUCUCCAGGUUGCUUUCUAGCUCUAGAAGUCUUCAAACGAAACCCGGAGCAACUUGAUUCUUCCAGAUACUCCUGACUUUCCCCCAACCAAUCAGCAAUUGUCUUGGCUAUAUAUGUCAACAAAUCUUGUUUCUCCCUCCUUCUCUGGCAAACCUCUUAUUCUGAGAACAUUGGAUUUUUGCCUCAUCUCAAGGAGGGCAAGCUGUAGCUGUAGCUGCCCGACAGACCUCUCAGGUAGCUCUUAAUUACCUCUUGUUCUUCCUGCAAUUCUUGGGUGACUUUUUCCGUUUUUUGAGUUUUGGUCUCCAAAUUUUUAACGGUUAUUUCCAUGGCAUCUGUCACCUUUUUGUAUGCUUUUCCAUCUCCCCCCUAAUAUCCUCCUUGACACUAUCAAAUUGUGUUUGCAUUUGUGCCAGCAUUUCCUUUUUAAAGUCUCCCAAAAUGGAAACCAUCUCAGAUGCUAUACUGCCCUCAGGAACUGAAUCUCAUCGACCUGAGAGGCCUUUACUUCUUUCUAGUUGGAGAUGCCAUCCCUUGCUUACUUACAAUUUUAUGUCUGUUUAAGAACAGACAUUAAAAACACUGGCAAAACAAUGGCUUCACAGUGUCACUCUUAUCCAGGGGUCGGCAAGGUUUAUCUCGCUUGGGCUGGUUCACUCCAUGGGCCAGAUCGUGCGCAUGCAUAAGCAUGCGCAGCCAUGAUUUCCGGUGUCUGCUGCGCAGGUGAGAUUUUCGGCGUCUGAGUAUGCGCAGACGCGAUUUUCGGCACCACAGAAGCGAGUCCCUGCGUUGCGCUGCACCGGUUUAGCACAGCGCGCGGGGGCUCGCCGAGCAGGCAGCUCAGUUCGGGGGCGGCUCGUGGGCUGGUUAAAUGACCCCCAUGGGCCGCUUGUGGCCCAUGGGCCUUAGCUUGCCUACCCCUGCUCUUAUUAGUUGUUCAAGGCCACCUCUCAGAUUUUUGUUUCGGUUCUCAACCUAAUAACAAGAGCAAACAGGAUGGAAAUGAAAAAAAUCAAACUGUUCGCAGAGACAUAGUAUGUUCACCAAUACAAAGAGUAUGCAUUUAGGAAAUAUGGACAAUGUAACUUAAGGUUUAUAGGAAUUUAAAGAUUAAACAAUUUAAAGAUUAAACCGUAGGCACAGUUAAUAAAAAAAAUUAAAAAAAUGUAAUGCUGCUCACGGCUGCUCAGUUCUUUUGAUUAAUUAAUUAUUAUUAUUAUUAUUAUUAUUAUUAUUUACUGAAUUUAUAUACCGCCCUAUACCCGGGUCUUUCAGUACUUCCAAAUAGUUCCUGUCACACGUGGGUAAUUGUAAAUUGUAAAUCCAAAAUGUUUAUACAUCCAAAAUAAUUGUAAAUCCAAAUUAAUAUGAUAUUUUCCUUACACACUGGUCUUCACCAUUCUUCAUAUUAUUUCUCACAACGUAUGCCCUCCAGCUAAUUCCAGGCACUCUCCCGUCCUGAGGGUCCCUCCCAGAGUUGGGUGAGUGUUCACCUGCUUAGCUUUGGGUCUGAUUUGUGGAGAUCCAGGUGUUAUUAAUCCAAAAUCCAGAAAGCUGGUGCUCUUUUGUCAAGCUCCAAUUUAAAGGAUAUUAUUCCAAAUCAGGACUAAUAGAGCACCUUCCAAGUUUAGUGUCAAAACCAAUCCUGUUAAAUUCCAAAAAAGAAAAAGAAAAAUAGUUCAUUUUUUUAAAAAAAUAUUUUUUAUCAAGUUUUCCAUUUUAACAAUCCAAUCAAAUCACAUUAAGUAUUCCAAAUUAUACAUAUACAUAUCAAAUAAUCCAAAUAUUCUGCUGAGUUAUUAAUUUUUUAUUGGGACUUCCCAUGCUUCAAGUUCAGGGGGGCGGGGCUCUGAUCAUCUCAUAUCUCUACUGCUUUUGAUAGUCAUUUCUAAUAGUUCCUUUAAAUCUUCCUGUUGUUUUCCUUCUUUCAUGGCCUCUGAGUUGUUUCCACAAGCGAGUUGAAGUAAAAUGGUGUGUUUCUGUGUGAAUUUUAUGUGUAUGAUACCCCUCUGUCCUUUGCAGUAUCUCCUCACAUGGUGGUAUUUCUGCCGAAUCAAUCCAAAAGUCUUUUCGCUGCUGGCAGCCGCCAUCUUCUCUCAGUUCCGAUGUAAUCAGUUAUAAGCCUCUGCUCAUUAAUUUUCCCAGACCGGUUGCAUCAAACAUUAGCCUUUCUAGGGGAGAUUUACCAAAUCGGACUUGAAGUACAAAUACAGUAGCAUAUUAAAGGCUCACCUUCCCCUAUGACUAUUUAUAAUUUUGCAGCUCGGUCUUAUUCCAUCAUGGUGGAUUUCCAAAUUAAAAAUGUGUCAUGAAUCCUCCAACACAAUCUAGGAAACCAUCCAAAAAAUUUUAACAUCCUCCAGCGGCUAAUGAGAUCCUGCUUCUGUCUAAUAUCAACAGUUGGAGAAUAUUUUAUCUUCUCCCAAGCAAUUCAAAGAUCAAAAGCUUUAAUUAUAUAAUAUUGUUAUUUCCACACAGUUUAUAGUUUUAGAACCAUAUUUAUAUCAACAAAUAGAAAACUUUUCAGUCUCGCUUGCUAUAAAUGAUGUAAAGGGUUCUUCUGCGUUGUUGUUUUUUGCCAAGUAUCAUAAUAAAUCAGAAUCAGAAUACAAUAGUAAAAAAGGCUUUCCCCCCUCUUUCCGUUCCGUUCAAUGUACCAUCUUAUAUGUUAUCCUUUUUCCGUAUCUCAGUGGCUGGCUUAAUUGGCAGAAUAAUUUCCCCCUCCUCACUCGAAGCAUGUCCAAAACUUAAAUCCAGUUUUUCAUCUUAAGAAAUGGAACUUGGUGCGCUUGCAGAGACAGCGUCUGGGAGAUCCAGACUCCCUCGGGGGCUUUCCAUCCAGUGCCCUCACCCCCUCCUUCUUUAUGGGCUGGUUUGUUGGGCAUCCGCGGAUGACACUGCAUCUUCCCAUACCCCAGGAAGAUUUUGGGAGGCUGAUUACUCCCAUCUCAGCCUCUAAUUACCCCGUGGGAGCCGGAGUGAUGGUAUUUUCAGCCAUCUUCCGUGGCGCCUCAAGCGGAAGUCCAGAAAAUAUAGUUCUCACCAUAGAAGCGUCCAAUAUUGUCCUUUAAGCACUUACAGAUCCUUCCCUUGCAGUUGGCAGAUUGCCAGAAAACGGAAGUUGACUUCCUCUUUAGUUUCUGUUUUGCCAAAUUUUAUUUUAUUUGGAUAAAAUAACUUUUAAACUGCUUAUUGUUCUUCAGCUUCAAUUGUUGUUAUGCAAAUUUCCUGCUUGCUGCGGCAGCCUGUGACUUCAGCAGGCAGAGCUGCGAUGAAGCCUGGAGUGCGCUCCACUGCACUCCCGCCCCCCCGCAAGGUUCUUGGGUGGGCGGUGGGAGCUUGGUGCUUCUGACGGACCACUCAACACUUCACUAACCUCAGUGAACCUUUGUGUGUGGGGGGGGUGCCUAGCCCUGGCACGCUCCACUCUUGUCUCUGCAAGCCUCAGAAUGAUCACUAUUUACAGAGCGAUCAGUUCCACGCUGCCAUUCCGCUCGGCAGGAAACUGGAAGUGAGAUGCGCAAAUAAAAGAUGGAAGGCACCUGGCUUACUAGCAGUACAUAUGAAAAGGAUCUCGGGGUCUUGGUGGACCACAAGCUUAACAUGAGUCAACAGGGUGGUGCAGCUGCAAAAAAAGCUAAUGCUAUUCUAGCCUGCAUCAACAGAAAUGUAGUGUCCUGAUCAAGGGAAGUAAUAGUACCACUCUAUUCUGCUCUGGUCAGACCACCCCUGGAAUACUGUAUCCAGUUCUGGGUGCCACAAUUUAAUAAAAAUGUUGAAAAGCUGGAACGUAUGCAGAGGAGGGCAACCAAGAUGAUCAAGGGUCUGGAAAUUAAGCCAAAUGAGGAGCGCUUGAAGGAGUUGGGUAUGUUUAGCCUGGAAAAGAGGGAACUGAGAUAUGAUAGUCCUCUUCAAAUAUAUGAAGGGCUGUCCGAUGGAAGAUGCAGCAAGCUUGUAUUCUCCUACUCUGGAGGGUAAGACUUGAACCAAUGGCUUCAAGUUACAAGAAAGGAAUUCCGACUAAACAUCCGGACGAACUUCUUACAGUAAGAGCUGUUCGAUGGUGGAACAAUCUCCCUCAGGAAGUGGUAGACUCUCCUUCCUUGGAGGUUUUUAAGCAGAGGUUGGAUGGCCAUCUGUCAUGGAUGCUUUAGCUGAGAUUCCUGCAUUGCAGGGGGUUAGACUAGAUGACCCUGGGGUCCCUUUUAACUCCAGUUCUAUUAUUCUAUACUCUGCACCUCCCAUAGCACCAUGGGUGUUUCUUCCCACUGCUAUGAAGGGCCUUAAGCCCUUAUCCUGUCAUGCUCAACACUUUUAAAGUGUACUGUUUUUGUCCUUGAGCUCCCCUGACGUUCAGCUUUCCACUUUUUUCAUCUUUUAUGAAAUUAAUCUCUUGUAUCACUCGGAUGGUCAAGUGACUCCCUCCCCUUCUCCUCUUAUUCAUACCAAGGCUUUCUAGAUCCACCCCAGGGCUAACUUUCCCCUUUGCCCCAUCUGAGGGCUAAUAAUAAUAAUAAUAAUAAUAAUUUAGUUUCCCCAGCCACUCUGGGUAGCUUCCAACAAAGAUUAAAAAUACAUUAAAUGUCACACAGUAAAAACUUCCCUGAACAGGGCUGCCUUCAGAUGUCUUCUAAAUGUCAGGCAGUUGUUUUUCUCUUUGACAUCUGGUGGGAGGGCAUCCCACAGGGCGGGUGCCACUACCGAGAAGGCCUGGUUCCCUGUAACUUGGCUUCUCACAGCGAGGGAACCGGAUCUGGUGCUGGAUCUCAGUGUCCAGCCAGAACGAUGGGGGUAUACUGGACCGAGGCCGUUUAGGGCUUUAAAGGUCAGCACCAACACUUUGAAUUGUGCUCGGAAACAUACUGGGAGCCAGUGUAGGUCUUUCAAGACCGGUGUUAUGUGGUCUCAGUGGCCGCUCCCAGUCACCAGUCUAGCUGCCGCAUUCUGGAUUAGUUGUAGUUUCUGGGUCACCUUCAAAAGUAGCCCCACAUAGAGCACAUUGCAGUAGUCCAAGCGGGAGAUAACUAGAGCAUGCACCACUCUGGCGAGACAGUCUGCGGGCAGGUAGGGACUCAGCCUGUGUACCAGAUGGAGCUGGUAGACAGCUGCCCUGGACACAGAAUUGACCUGUGCCUCCAUGGACAGCUGUGAGUCCAAAAUGACUCCCAGGCUGUGCAACUGUUUCUUCAGGGGUACAGCUACCUCUUUCAGGACCAGCGAGUCCUCCACACCUGCCCACCUCCUGUUCCCCCCAAAACAGUACUUCUGUCUUGUCAGGAUUCACCCUCAAUCUGUUAGCCACCAUCCAUCCUCCAACCGCCUCCAGGCACUCACACAGGACCUUCACCGCCUUCACUGGUUCUGAUUUGAAAGAGAGGUAGAGCUGGGUAUCAUCUGCAUAUUGAUGGACACCCAGCCCAACCCCCCUGAUGAUCUCCCAGCAGCUGCAUAUAGAUGUUGAAAAGCGUGGGGGAGAGGAUGGAACCCUGAGGCAGCCCACAAGUGAGAGCCCAGGGGUCUGAACACUCAUCCCCCACCACCACUUUCUGGACACGACCCAGGAGGAAGGAGCAGAACCACUGUAUAACAUCAGUUAUCCAUCUUUCCAGGCAGAGGUCCAUCCUUUAAUGCAGGGGUCAGCAAACCUUUCCAGCAGCAAACCAUUUUAAAUAAAAGGACACAUUCUACUCAUGUAAAAACAUGCUGAUUCCCGGACUCCCGGACCAUCCGCGGGCCAGAUUUAGAAGGCAAUUGGGCCGUAUCUGGUCCCCGGGCCUUAGUUUGCUUACCCAUGCUUUAAUGCUCUGAGUCUUAGUGGUGUUGGGGGAUUUUGUCCUGAGCUUUCCUUGUGAAAAUCAUCUCUUUAAAGCUGAAUCAGUGAAAACCUUAUUUCAGGUAUUCUGUGGAUUGAGGUUUGCUCUGAUUGAGCUUUAAAGAGAUGGUUUUCACAAGGAAAGCUCAGGACAGCUUUAAAUAGCAAGUUUUCAUGGGGAAAACUGUGGAGCAAAAAGGGGGGUGCUCAGACUUGGAGCCUAAAACCCUGUAAAGACUGAAAGAAAGGCAAGUGUGGCCAACGGUCUCCAUUCUUCCACAUCAGGGCAUAUUUGGUUAAAGCAAACUAAGCAAAUUCAGUUAAGGCAAACUAAGGCCCAGGGGACGGAUCGAGCCGAAUUGCCUUCUAAAUCCAGCCCACAGAUGGUCCAGAAAUCAGCAUGUUUUUACAUGAGGAGAAUGUGAGCUUUUAUGUAAAAUGCACCUCUGGAUUAUUUGUGGGGCAUAGGAAUUCUUUCAUCCCCCCCCCAAAUAUAGUCCUUGCCCCCCUCAAAGAUCUGAGGGACAGUGGACCAGCCCCCUGCUGAAAAAGUUUGCUGAUCCCUGAGUUAAAGAUAUCCUUCAUUGCAAAUGGUGAGGUCAUUAAGAGCUCAUUAGGAGGUGGUCUUAAUUGACCUGGAGAGCUGAUGAGAAGAGGCUGCUUUUGGCUGCCUGGUGCUGCCAUUUCUGGGCAGAAGAAGCUGCCUAAGGAUUCUGUUCUUGAGUGUUCUCUUUUCAAGGCCUGUCUGCCUCUCAAUCAGUCGGCACCAGAUCUUGAGAAAUAUGCCUGUUCAGUGUCUUUUUAAGGCAGCAGCCUCUUAAAAUGGUGCUGUGAGAUGAUGCUUAGUUGUUUCAGGCUUCUGUUCACUGUUGGUGAGUUCAGACGUGAGCAGCCUUCCCUGGGGUGGGAGGGUGGAGUUUGUGUCUCAGCCAGGUGGCCACCUGCUAAGAACAGCCAGGCCCCAGGAGGUUGUCAAACUAUUCCACGCUUCUGCUGCUAUCGUUAGAAACCAUUUGGGAAUGCUGAUUUUGCCAGGAAGGGUCCCUUUAGGGGAUGUCACUGAGUUACCAUCCAGAACAAUUGCUGAACUGGGACUGGGGAGCCUGCCUAACUCCACGUGGUCCUCUGCAAGUGACCAGUUCAGAUCUGUCUUAACAGAGGGUGAAUAAUUGUGGGGAGGGGGGUGCUGAAGCAAAGGAGGAGUUGAGGGAAGGAAGCAGACAGGUUGCACAGAGAAAGAGUGCUCAGUAAUGCUGCUGGCCCUGUGCACCCCCCCUUUGUCUUUUGCCGUGGACAACAGCCCUUCACAGGAGAGGAGACCCCCCCCCCCCAGGGUUUCAAAAGCCAGCCUAGGUCCCAUAGGGGUCCAUGGAGGGAGCUGUCAGUCUUUAGCCAUCUGGGACCAGGCUGAAAUGGGCUUUGCUUUUCCAUUCUUCUCAAACGCCUCCUGCAUGUGACAACCAGGCUUUCCAAAGCCUGAUACUCCUUUAUAUCUCCAGCCCCCUCUGCUGCCUCUUAGCAGCCCCAGGUAAUCCCUUCAACCUGAACCAUUGGUUUGAUGUUGGUGUAUAGAAGCCUGUGGGCAUGCAGUGUGUGGGUUCCCAAUCUGGCUAUCCACUGUGGGGAAAGAGUAAGGGACAAGAUGGUUCUUUGGGUAUGAUCACUGGGGCUUUUCUCUUAAAAUGUUCAUCAUUCUCUUCAUGGAAACUCCGGAACGGCAGUUCUGCACUUCCUUCCAAGAUGCAGUCAGUGUGCACACUGUGGCUUCCUUGCUCUUGAUUCAUUUGGUGUGCUUUUUCUUCAGGGUGUUUUCUUCCUUGGUACCUGGACUCUUCAGUGUUGCAGGGCAUCCUGGGACCCCCUGCCUCUCCUUGGCUUUGUAAACAUACCACUUCCUGUGCUCUGUGGCAAGAAAGGGGCAAGAAAGGAAGAAUGCCAAGUGAGAUAAUAGGUUAUUGUCAGUAUUACUACUGUUAUUCAUUAACUGUCCUCCUCCCUAAGGUCCCAGGGCAGGUUACAACAUUCAAAAACAGCAUCGAAAACAGUUUAAAACAAUUUAGAAUCACAGAACUAAGAGGGAUCCUAAAGAUACACAUCUCAGGUGCCAAAGGCCAGGGUUUCAGCAUUUCCCCAAGGCUGUAUAGUGCAGGUCCCACAACUCAGGGGUUGCAACAGAGACGGCCCUCUCCAGCCCCCCACCCCCACCCUGCAAUCCUGAGGGAGCUACCAAAAGGCCCCCCUCUGCUGAUCUUAACAUCUGGGUGGGCCUCUAGGGAAAAUAGCACUCCACAUGUUGUUUGUGCCAUUGAGUCAGUUCUGGGGACAAGAAAGGUGGGCCUCCAAACACAGGAGGUGAGGUUGAGCUUUAAGCAGCCUGCUUCAAGAGGCAGCUGUCUCCUGGGUUGGGGGGUGAUUCAGUCACCACCCAGCCUUCCCUGCUUUGUAUUCCUCUGGCUAACCACUGCUCUGUUCCCCUUGGUUGUCGUAGCUUUGUGCCAGAGUCCUCUUCCUCAGAAAGCAACAUGGCUUCAGCCCGAAAACAGCCCCCCAGCAGCCGGUUCUCGUCCUUCUCCUCUCAAACAGAUCCUGCCUCUGCAACCGACCAGCAUGAUUCCUCCAGGGACCACAGGAGCACCAGUCUGGACCGCUUCAGCACAGAUGUAGAAUCUGCAGAGGGGGCUAAGGCCCCUGCGUUAGCAGGGGACGGCCCAGACUUCUCCUUCCUGGAGGUAAGUUCUUGAGGCAUGUCCCUGAGGGACACAUUGCAGGCAGUGUUGCAGGUCUGUGUUUGACAGCAUGUGUGUUUGUUCUUCUCAAAGCAAACUCCUGUGCUGGACUCGAGUGUCUUGAAAACCCGCGUGCAGCUCAGCAAAAGGAGGCGCCAGCACCGAGCCCCAAUUUCCCACUCGCUCAGAAGAAGCACCGGGGGAGACACUGAGCAGCGGCUCUCUGUGACAGAAGAGGCAGACAGCACGUGGUUGUUCAAGGGCUCCACAGGUAGCAGAGGGAAGGUGUCCUGUGCUAUAUAACCUGUCCCAAAUCCCCAGAAUCUGCCAAAUAGUUCCAUGAGUGAUACAAGUAAGCAAGCCAAGCUGCAGGAUCCCAGCCAAUUUGAACCUGGAUUACUUGCCAUCCUUGAGCACGUUGAAAGGGUGUUGGAUAGCACAGAGCUGUGUGCCUGGUCGUUGUGCCCUUAGAAUAGUGUCCAACAGAUACAUUGUCAGGUGCAGCUACAUUCUCUCUAGCUUCCUAUCUGGAUGGUUCACUGUGAGGGAGAGGUGAGGUGGGAGACCUUAGCCAAAAGCACAUGGAACUGGGCACUUCCCGCCUUUGUAGGUUAGAAGUACCCAUGAGUGCGGGCUCCGAGACUUUCAUCAUCAUCUUCGUCCACUUGUUUCUAUACUGUUUUCUGGCCAAGACCCACAAAACGGUGAACAAAUUAAUAUGAGAGACAAUAAAGCUAUAGUAUACAAAUAGUAUACAAUAAAGCUAUAGUAAAUACAAAUGUGGACGUAAAUCCAUUUAGCAGCACACGGUGAUUCAAACUUCAUACUUUCCCAAGCUGCAUUUGUGCUCGGACCAAAACACAGCUGCCACCCACAACACAAUGGCCCAUGCGACGGGCUUCUCUCCGGAAGCAGCUGUAGCUGUGGGACUCACUGGCUCAGCCUUCUGGCUCUUCAACAGGCUGCAGUUCUCCAGGUGCAAAUGCAGGAAAGAAGGGAGGGGGAGGCUAAACUUGAUUUUCACCUCCCAGCCAGCAAGGAUCUUAUUACUGCUGCCCUGCUACCUCUCCAGUCACCUCUGUACCUGGAAGGGUCAGGAAAGGUUGUGUAGACCCAUAAUUCCCCCAUGGUGCCUCUGAUUGCAAAGCGGGUGGUUGUUGGAGCAGCAGUGGGCCCUUGGCUAGUCUUGGGGCCACAGUGCCUGACCUUUCCACCACAGGGAGAUUGGAGACAGAGGGACCUGGUCAGCAAAGUCACAGAGGCCUGGGCAGGAGCAAAGAUGGCAGAGGGUGAAGUCGCAUCCCCCGGCUGACCAAGCUGCUUUCUGGUCCUUCUGGCUUGGGAGAAUUGAUUGGAAAGUCAUCCCAAGGACUGCUUUGAAAUAUAUAAAAGGAUGUCACAUAGAGGAGGGAGAAAGGUUGUUUUCUGCUGCUCCAGAGAAGCGGACACGGAGCAAUGGAUCCAAACUACAAGAAAGAAGAUUCCACCUAAACAUUAGGAAGAACUUCCUGACAGUAAGAGCUGUUCGACAGUGGAAUUUGCUGCCAAGGAGUGUGGUGGAGUCUCCUUCUUUGGAGGUCUUUAAGCAGAGGCUUGACAACCAUAUGUCAGGAGUGCUCUGAUGGUGUUUCCUGCUUGGCAGGGGGUUGGACUCAGUGGCCCUUGUGGUCUCUUCCAACUCUAUGAUUCUAUGAUUCUAGGAGACAGAAGCUGCUGGUGGGAGGGGUCCAAGCAGUGGGUUUCUAGCCCUGUGUUUUGUGCCUUCCCUCCCUCCCUCCCAAAGUGUCUGAAGCCUCAUGAGUAAUCCUCAUUCUUAAGCAGAAAACUCAGCCAAGAAAGAAGACUCUGGUGAGGACGGAAACCCACAGCCAACAGAGAGGUCGCCCAUCUCUCAGCUGCAAAGGCUCCCUGUCUUUCCAGGGAUGGACCACUCAGCCCUCAAGGUGAAUGUUGGUGCACCCCCCCCCCCCAUACACACUUGUCCUUAGCAUUGGGAACCUGUCGUGGAGUAUAUUUCAGAGACACUGUGGAGAGGUUGAUUCUGCCUCAACCUGCGCUGAGAAACACGUGGUUCUAGUUCGUGUAAUUUGGUAGCACAAGAAGAGAAAUGUCAUGGGGGCACUUUGGGUACCAAUGGGAAUACCUGGAGCCCAUUCUGAGCCCCAAAGGCACCUGAGGGUGGGCUAUGGAAAUGGUGUACCUCACAUGUUGCAUGCAAGGAAGCAGUGGAACGGUGUGGGAGGAAGGGGCCAGUGACUGGAGACUGGGAACAGGAUGCCCAGUAAACAGCUGGGAGGCCCAUGCCCUGUGCUGUGAGCCUCCAUUCAACGCUGCCUGAAGAUUUAGGAAGCUGCCCCUUACCAUGUCAAAAUGUUUGUAUUAUUGUAUUAUUGCUACAAUUUAUUUAUUUAUUGCCUUCCAAACCACCAUCUCAAGGUGAUUUACACGUCAGAUAAUUAAAAGCAGUUAGAAACACUAAAGUAACAAAUACAUUUGAAACAAGAUUAAAACCAUACAAAAUAGGCAUUCAUUGCAAAGUCCAUGGUUUAUCUGGUUGGGAAAGCCUGUUGGAACAAAAAUGUCUUCAGCUGUUUCCAGAAAGUGGACUCCUUCCGUCUCUCAUCCGAGAUGCUGUUCCACAGAACAGUUGCAGCUGCACUAAAAGCCCUGUCCUGAGUUCCUGUGGAGUAGGGUUUUGGGAACUUGCAGGAGAGACUGUCCUUCAAACUGCAGAGAUCUGCUGGGUGUCUAAGUGUUAGGGCAGUCUGGUCUCAGCCUGGUCUCCCCUCAAAGGCCUCCUCAGGUCUUUUCCACGAGCUGCUCCUUGAUUACUUGGUGACUGGAUGCACUAGCCGGGUGCUCCAUCCCUGAAAUCAUGCCCCUCCACAUAAUGCAUAACCACCCUUGCCUGGUGAUGGCCAGAUGGCACCAGGCCCUUGGCUAGACAUUCCUUGGAGUGAGCUCAUUGCUGAUGGGUCCCUUUCUUACGCUACCUUUUGUGAAACUUGUGAUCCAACCGUGACAUUUACCAGAGGGUUCCCCUCUCGCCACCCUCCAGGCUCAACUCAGGAAAAGACAUGAACCAGAUGGAACAGGAGAAGUGCAGUUGUCCAAGUCACCAAAAUUCCCAUUUCAGGCUGGAGUUCCUGCUGGCAGAGUUCUGCCUGUUGGCACGGAGAAAGAAGAGAGGUGAGGAGGCUUGUUGUCAGGGUGACAUUCUGAUAAAUUCACCUUUAAGUUUUUCUGCAGAUUUUACUGCUUUGCUACUUGUGAAAGCCCCACCUUCUAGCUUCCCAAAAGUCUUUUGGUUUCUGAGAUUCCAGCAGGGGUUGCCCAAAUACUUUAAAUCCUGCCUUUAUAGUCAUAAGGGCUGGUGACUUUAAAAUUAUAAAUCUUGAAGUGGAAUUCUACAGCUUAUACAGUGGCACCUCAGUUUACGAACUUAAUCCAUUCUGGAAGUGCGUUCUUAAACCAAAGCCGUUCUUAGACUGCGGUGUGCUUUCCCUAAUGAGACCUCCCGCCGCCGGUGCCCUCCCACCAUUUGGCUUCCGUUCAUAGACCAAGGUAAAGUUUGCUAACCGGAACACUACUUUCAGUUUUGCGGAGUUCGUAUUCCAAAUAGUUCAUAAACAGGGCUGUUCUUGAACCAAGGUACCACUGUACUACAUUCAAGACUACAUACAGACCCUAUUCUCGUCCCCAGUUUUGAGACUGUAUUUACAUAAAUACCAGCACUUUGCUGAGUUUUUGCACUUUAAACAUUUUUUAAAUGAGAAGUGUGCUUUCAAAAGGCAUGAAAAGCCUCUUGGGGAAACUUGGGGAACUCAUGCAGUUUCUUUGUUUUUGGAUUGCCCUGUUUCCAGCCCCAGAUAAGCUACUAUUUUCAAUGUCUGUAUUUUAAUUUUUUUCUUCUUGUUCUGUGAGUGAAGCCAAUAAGGAAUCACCCAGCAGAACUGUGUCAUCCUGUUCGCUGCACCUUCUAUCAGAUUUGGUCAUCUGGCAGCAUCUCAAAAGGCAAACAAAGGCUUCACUCAUGGUGUCAGUGGGAGGAAGCGCAAAGCAGUUGCUGAGGAAAGUGGGCCGACACCACCUUGUCUUUCUGGGUUCAGGCGACCAUAAUCACGAGCCAGGGCUGCAUUGGCAAGACUUCCAAACUUCUGCCCCAGCAUGAUCAGCUGUGAGGGAGCAAUGGCUGCACAUCCUGCCAUGCAGUGCAGAGGGAAAAGAUCCUCCUUUAGAUGCAUUAGUAGGAUUGAAUCCGAAGGUUUUGCUGAAACUUUGGGCAACCAGGAUGUGUUCCCCGCCUUCUCACCUGUGCGCAAAGAGGACCAAACAAGGGCUAAGGGCAGAGGGAAGAUGGGCUUGCGAGAAGCAGGCACCCUCCUUAUUUCAGCUCCCCAGUAAUGAAUUUCUCAUGGAAGGACCUCGAAUGGGAUGUUUGUAAAGGGAGUGACCCAGGCCUGUUUCCUGCAUUCCAGGUCGGAGGAGCUGUCUCCACAUUGGCUGAAGGAGCUGAAGUCCAAGAAGAGGCAGAGCCAAUACGAGAACCAAGUGUGACGACCGAGGUCUGGAGGUGGCAGCAGUGGCGGUGAUGGGGUUAGCUGCCUGUUGAGUGGAAGAGGGUCUGCAGAGCAAAUGAGCCUGGCCCAAUGCAGGGGGGAAAGGGCGGGGUGACCAGGGGCCAUCAGCCAUAAUGUCUCAUUGAGGAGCUCUGGAUUCCAGAUGCUGGGGUGGCGAGCAUUUUUUAGAAACUUUUUGUUUUUUUGAAAUCAUUUUUAGUUGGUUUUACAAAUACAGUGGUACCUCGGGAUGCGAACAGGAUCCGUUCCGGAGCCACAUUCGCAUCCUGAAGCGAAUGUAACAAGCGACAGCGCGUGGGCGGGUUGCGGUUUGCUGCUUCCGUGCAUGAGCAUGACGUCAUUUUGAGCAUCUGCGCAUGCACGAGCGGCAAAACCUGGAAGUAACGCGCUCUGUUACUUCCAGGUUGCCGCGGAGCGCAACCCGAACAUGCUCAAUGCGAAGCACAUUCAACCCGAGGUAUGACUGUAUAAAGUUAUAAAAAGUAUCCAAAUAUAUAUCCAUAUAUAGAGAUUUCUCCAAAUCUUGGGACUUCCCCCGAUCCACUCCAUGGGGUCCCAUUUUAAACAUUUAAUCAGUGAUGGCCAAACUUGGCCCUCCAUCUGUUUUGGGACUACCAAUUCCCAACAUCCCUGACUACUGGUCCUGUUAGCUAGGGAUGAUGGGAGUUGUCGUCCCAAAACAGAUGGAAGGCCAAUUUUGGCCAUCACUGCAUUUAUUCUUUGCUACUGCAACUUUUAUAUCAAUCCAUAUUAUACAUGGUAAUUGUUACACUACAAAUGAAAUCAAAGUCCUGCUAAUGUUUCCAUCUGCUUACAGUGGUUUCCUAAAUAACUUAUAAAUUUUUCCCAUUCUUUUAUAAAGUUUUUGUCCUCUUGGUUUCUGAGUUUUCCAGUCAGUUUUGCCAUCUCGGCAUGGUCCAUCAGUUUGGUUUGCCACUCCUCUCUAGUAGGGACUUUGUGUUCUUUCCAUUUCUGGGCUAGUAACAUCUGGGCAGCUGUUGUUCCAUACAUGAAAAGUCUUUUCUGUUCCUUUGGAAUGUUGGUACCUGUAAUUCCUAAUAGAAAAGCUUCUGGUUUCUUAAGAAAGGUUAUUUUAAGCAUUUUUUUCAUUUCAUUAUAUAUCAUCUCCCAGAAGGCUUUUAUUACCUUACAGUUCCACCACAUAUGGUAAAAAGGUACCUUCUUUUUCUUUACAUGUCCAGCAGGUAUUUGUACUUGUCCUGUACAUUUUUGUCAGCUUAGUAGGUGUUAAAUAUCACUGGUACAUCAUUUUCAUAUAGUUUUGUUUCAGUGCACUGUAAAUUUCAAGUCUGUUUUCCAUAACCUUUCCCAAUCUGCCAUUUGGAUAUUAUGUCCCAAAUCCUUUGCCCAGUGUAUCAUUACUGACUUGUUCAUGUUUGUAUGCCACUCUAAAAGCAAACUAGACAUUUUGGACAAUAAUUUAACAUUAUUUUCUAACAACUCUUUUUGAAAUCUUGAUAUUUCACAACUAAAACUUUUCUUUUUAUCUGUCUUAGAGAUAGAAUCUAAUUGGUGAUACUGUAACCAAUCCGUUAAUAAAUCUCUUAUCGCCUCCUAGUCGGCCAAUUUUUUCAGAGAUAUUGUUUCUAAAGCCACCAAGAUGUUUUUUGUUCUAUUAAGUUUUUAUAUUUUCCCCUUAUCAUAAAAAUUUAUUUUCUUAUUAAGUGGUUCUGAAAACCUUUAUGCACCUUUGCCUUUUCAUAACAUAAGUAUUUGUGCCAUCCAAAUCUAUUAUCGUGUCCUUCUAGAUUUAAAAUAUCUGCAAUUUGUUUCAUGGAACGCUGGGGACAGUGGAUUGGGUAUUUCCUCUCGCAUGACCUCAGGCAGGAGCAAAGACUUGUGGGAGGCAGGCACUUCCUCCUCAGUUUUUUUUCUCCUGCCUGACUCAGCAGUCUGUUUUACCUGGCUUUCCUUCUUCGGAUAAGUUUUUCAAUUUUGAUCUCAUUUUAUUAUUGCUUUAUUUUAUCUAGUCUUGCUUAGUUUUAGCAACUUACCCCGUCUUUGAGUCUUGCAUACACACACACACUCUCCAAAAAAUAUUUCAUCCCUCCCCACCCUGGUUGUUUCCCUUAGCAACCUUAGUUCUUCUUGUUUUUAGUUUAUUUCGUAUACUUUCUUGCAGAGCAUCCUUGUAUAAUGUUCUCCUUCACGGUCACUGAAUAUGCUCGUUUUUUGCAUGCUGUGGCUCCGUUUUGCCACAUUUAUCAGAUUUAAAGAUGGGGGGGUGGGAUCCUACCCAAGUCUUUUUGCAAUUGCAGCUCAAUUUUAGUGGCUGCUGGCUCCAAAUCACCACCUCAUUUCUUUGGUGAUUUCUACAGCCUUUAGCCAUUAUUUUCUGUAUCAUUUCAGGCUUCAUUAAGGCUUCAUAUUGACUACUCUCCUAGUUCGUGGUACGGCAGAAGGAGUUGGGGUUAUUAUUCCUCAGCAACAUAUUCUCCUCCCAGUUCGCAGUCAUGGCAACGGAGUGAGCAGGCACUGAUAGACUGCUUCUGAACCUCCUAGUUAAGGAAUGAUUCAAUUGUUUAUUAUUAUUUUCACUUAUUAUUCUGCGUCUUGCAGACCCAAUCCACUUGUGACUGCAUUGGAGAGAUGUAUGUUUGUGCCAUUUCCCAUAGUCCAUGAUUGUGGCAUUGGAAGUGAACGCAUUCAUAUUUAUCUGUUCCUAGACGACCUGCUCCUCCAGGCAACAUCCCUUCAACAGGCUCAUCUCCAUUUGCAGAUCACCCUCAAUCUUACAGCUUCUUGAUCAACUACAAAAAAAGUUGCUUGGCUCCAUCACAAAGGAUCAUUCCCUUAGGCACCCGGCUAGAUACAGUUCAAAUCUCGUGACUCUUCACCAGAGCAGAUCAGCAAAAUCUCCACAGCGGCAGCUUCAAUCUUAAAGACAAAAAAGAUGGCAGCAAAACAACUGUCAACAAUUCUAGGUCUCUGCAUGUGAGCCUCUCAGAUUACACCUUGAGCGAAACACCACACAAGAACCCUGCAGUGGUUUUUACUUCUGCAUCAAUGAGAGAUCAUUCAAAAUUGGCCCAGGUCUUUGCUCUUAUCUCCUCAACUCAAACUGUCCAUGCUGCGCAAACCUCCAGUAUUUGGAAAAGUACAUUCAGAAAUUCCUGCAGCACUCAGGUAACCAUGUUUACAAGGUUUAAUCUCUCUACACUCAAUUCCUCCGAAGGCCACUUACUCCAUCAAUUGGCUAGAGUUGAGAGCAGCCAAACUGGCAAUUGUUUGCUUCUCUCGUCUUCAACUCCAUCACGUCCUUCUUUGAACAGACAACUCAACAACAAAAGCCCACAUAUCUCGUUAAGGAGAGACCCAUUUGGAAUCUCUCCAGAAAGAGAUGGCUCUUCUCUUCAGUUGGGCUGAGAGUCAACUCCUCAGCCUCACGGCAGAUCUUACCACCGGUGACGGCAAACAGUUUGAUUGAGCAGAUCCCAGGUAAAUCACUGAAUGAACAGGAGUUUCUUCAGAUUCAACAAUGCUGGGGUCCUCCACAAGUCGAUCUCUUUGCUCACAAGCUAAACUGUCAGCUACCCCAUUACUUUGGCAGGUUCAAAGACAACCAAGCAGACACCUGGGAUGUCCUAAUGACGCCAUGGCCAAAGCAAUUAUUGUAUGCCUUCCCUCCUCAAGCUAUCAUUCAGAGAGUCCUCUGAAAGAUCAGGUUGGAAACAGCUCAGGUGGGUCUUGUUGCACCAUUCUGGCCCUGCAGACCUUGGCUCUCAGAGAUUCAGGCUUUCAGUGGCACCACCAUUUCAUCUUCCUGUAUUUACUUCCAAUUUACUUCGCCAGGAACCAUUGACUCAUCCAAUCCUACAAUGGUUGAACCUGACUGCAUGGCGUUUGAGCACCAUAGACUGAAAUAUCAUGGUCUGGAUGAGAUUGUUAUCUCCACCAUUCUAGCUUCCAGAUGUCCAUCCGCAAGAUGUAUUUAUCAAUCAACAUGGUCAGCCUUUACCUCCUAGUGUAAAGCUGUGGCUACAAAGAAUUCUCCACUAUCUCCAACAUGGUCUGCAAAAUGGUCUAUGGCCUAAUACUUUAAAAUGUCACCUUUCCACCAUUUCUUCGACUUUAAGUUCUGCUGGCUGUUCUUUGCUGUCACAGAACGUUGCUAAUCAAACGUUUCCUCAAAGGAACUAUGUUACAGCAUCCUCCAGUGAGUACCGUUUUCCAUCAUGGAACUUGCAUUCUGUUCUGUCAGCACUGCAACGGCCUCCAUUUGAACCACUAUGCCAAAUUUCCUUAAAGAACCUUUCUUUUGAAAUCCUAUUUUUGGUUACGAUACCUCAGGUGAGAUGAGUUUCAGAACUGUCAGCCUUGUCGGUAGCAAAGCAUUUAUGCAUCUUCCAUUAGGAGAAGGUGGAAGAUCCCUCCUUUCUACCAAAAGAUCUUACAAAAUUCCACAUUCGACAGGAACUCAUUCUCCUGACUUUUUGUGCUGAUCCAAAACAUCCGUUGGAAAAGGCUUGGCACUCUUUGGAUGUUUGCAGAGCCUUAAAAGUGUAUAUACACUAAUUCUUUGUUUGUGUCUUUUCAUCCUUCCACCUUAGGAGCAAAGGGCACUUCAGUUUCCUUAGCUAGAGGGAUUAGGGCGUGCAUUUCCUUAGCUUAUGAUACUAUGAAAUUGCCCCACCCAUCUCAUAUUUUGCUCAGUCCUCUGGUUCAGCCUCGACUUCUGCUGCCUUUAUGGCUGAUGCCACUUUAAUAGAGAUUUGUAGGGCAGCCACUUGGUCGCCUCCUUCCACUUUCACUAGGCAUCGUCUUUAGCUGAGGCGGCUUUUGGCCAUACAGUGUAUACCAAGUUUUGUAGUCAGUGCGUAAGCCGGAUUGGGAAGUGCUGUGGUAUGUCCCAAUCCACUGUUCCCAGUGUCCCAUGAAAUAAAUAGAAUGAUUGGCUUACCUGAAGUGUAGAUUUAUGAAUUGCGGAUGCUGGGGACAGUGGAACCCUCCCUAUGAUGGUCUGCAGUCGCACUGAUUUUUUUCUUUUAGGAGGGGUACUAUUGACUCUGUUGCUUCUAUUUUUAUUGAUUUAUGAGCCAGGAAGGGAGGCAGGCUGCUAUUAUUGUUUCUGGUGCAUUGGUGAAUGUUACUGCUUGGCAAAUCCGAAAAACUGAGGAAAUGCCUGCCUCCCACAAGUCUUUGCUCUUGCCUGAGGUCAUGUGAGAGGAAAUACCCAAUCCACUCUCCCCAGUGUCCCCAUUUCAUAAAUCUACACCUCAGGUAAGCCAGUCAUUCUUUUUCCAAUGUUAUCCAUUCCCAGAUCCAGCAACUGCAGGACGCUUCAUAAUAUAAUUUAAAAUCUGGCAGGGCGAAGCCUCCUCUCUCUUUAGCAUCUGUUAACAAUUUAUAUUUUAUCCUUGGUUUCGUUCCCUGCCAGAUAAAUCUAGAAAAAACUUUUUGCCAUUCCUUGAAGUGUCCUCUACUUCCAAUCACCGGUAUCACUCAUAUUCUUCCCCAAAAAGAUAAAUUCAUCCUACCCGAAAUCUCUAAAUUUCUUUUUAUAGUGGUACCUUGGUUCUCAAACUUAAUCUGUUCCAGAAGUCUGUUCCAAAAUCAAAGCAUUCCAAAACCAAGACUCGCUUUCCCAUAGAAAGUAAUGCAAAAUGGAUUAAUCCGUUCCAGACUUGUAAAAACAACCCCUAAAACAGCAAUUUAACAUGAAUUUUACUAUCUAACAAAACCAUUGAUCCAUAAAAUGAAAGCAAUAAUCAAUGUACUAUACUAUAAAAUAAGUAUUGUAGAUGAUAAAAAUUAAAAUUAUUUAUUUUCUUACCUGCACUGAUGAUAGUCAAUGUUUGGAUGGGGGGCUUUUAUCCAUUUCUUCAGUCACACAAUCAAUCAAUCAAUAAUAAAAUGAAGAACAUGCCACAGUCACAAAAACGAAAAAGCCACACAAACAAAAAUGCAAAAAAUAGCAAAAAAAAAGCACCAAAUAUAAGCUGCAAGUAUCACCUCAGAACACUGCAAUUGGAAAGGGAAGGCUUUGAUUACAAUGGGGGGGUGCAAAUUAGCAGUGCAACAGUGAAAACGGAAGUUCAGGAGCAUGUUCGGCUUCCGAAGCAAAGUUUGCAAACCAGAACACUGACUUUUGUAAGAACACUUGAAUGAUAGGCAGCAUUCAAGUUCCAAGUUGUUCAGGAACUAAGCUGUUCAAAAACCGAGGUACCACUGUAUUUCUUUCCAAGUGUUUAUGUAAUUGUCUUUAAAUAUAUUAAUGUUUUUAGCUGUCAGUCAUACCCCCCAGAUAUUUAAUGUGUAAGUCUGUAAGUUUCUGGAAACUUUAUAAAUGGGAAAACUUUUUGCCUCCCUAAUUGACAAAGCUGGCCCACCUAUGAGGCAAGGGGAAGGACCCGCCUCAGGCAGCGGAAAUGCAAGAGGUGGUUCUCCACCUGCCCCACUGCUUCUCCUGCUCCCAGAAUGUCUCCCUCUCACUGGUGAAAGGGGUGUUCCAGCAGGAGGGGCCACCACUCGGCUUUCCUGUCCGCAGGCAGAGAAACACAUCAGCAACGCUUUGCAAAUGCCAAGUGUUAUAAAUGCCAGCGUGGUUGCUCGAGAGCAAACAGGCAAGACUUCCUGUUGGUGUCUUUCCAAGGCUUUAUUAUCUGUCCAAAAUGUUCACAAUGCAGAUCGACUCUUUUCCAUGUCUGCUCAGUCACUAGCAGAAUCUGGGAGUGGGCGGUCCUUAAACUUUCCCCAGCAGAGCAGUUUUUUGACCCCCAUCCUACGCCUCCCCUCUCUGUGCAGAGAGGGCAUGAGCAAGGGGGCACCUGCCUCCCCCCCGCUUUGCUCAGGUUCAGUGUUGCGGCUCUCCCUUGCAUCUUCCGAGCCCUGCAUCCCUUUCCCCACUGGAGGCAUGGCUUCGCUCCUCCUCGGAGGACAAGCUGCUUCUCACAAUCUUUGGCGGCUCCCUGUAACCCAACUGCCCUUCCACCUCCCGCCUCUGAGCUGAUGGCAGUUCCCUGACACCAAGGCUCCUGCGGUGGAAGGGAAGGGAUGGGGUGGGGAGUGGGAAGGAGGGAGAAAUUCCCAUUUUGCUUCAAGUGGUGAAAUGGGCCACUCCUGCCUGUUGGAAUUAGCAGAUGCAAGUUACUUGUAGAAUCCUAGAAUUGUAGAUUUGGAACAGACCUCAAGAAUCAUCUAGUCCAACCCCUUGCAAUGCAGGAAUCUCAACUAAAACAGCCGUGACAAAGGACCAUCCAACUUCUGCUUAAAAACCUCCAAGGAAGGAGAGUCCACCCAAAGGAGACUGUUCCACAGUUGAACAGCUCUUACUGUCAAAAAGUUUUUUCUGAUGUUUAGUCUGAAUCUCCUUUCUUAGAACUUGAAUCCAUUGGUUCAGGUCCUACCCUCCAGAGCAGGAGAAAACAAGCUUGCUCCAUCUUCCCUGUAACAGCCCUUGAGAUAUUUGAAGAUGGCUAUCAGGAAUUUGAAGAGGGUUGUUAGCAGCUGAACAACAAUAAUAGUAAUAAUAAUAGUAAUAAUUUAUUGAUGAUGAUAAUGAUAACAAUGAUAAUAAUAAUAAUAUAUGAAAGCAUGGCCUCCUUUGGCUUGCAGGGGCUCUCCAGAGUCUGUGGCAAAGAAAGUUCUUCUCCAUUACCAGCCACCUGCUCUUAUUUUAAUAGAGAUGCGAAGGAAUAAAUCUGAAGCUCUCUGCGUGCAAAACAUGUGUUCCGUCACUGAGCAACAAUUUCUCCCCACGGGUUAAGUUAGACCCUAAUGAGGGAAAGAUGCACUGCUCCUACGAAUGCAGCAGCCCGUGCCCGCCUGUGUUUUCCAGCAGCUGGGAUUCAGAAGCAUUGCUGCCUCUGAAGGCAGAGCAGAGCCACUGUGGCUGGAAGCCAUCGACAGCCAUCCAAGUUGGUGGCCAUCGCUGCCUCCUGUCCGUGAGAGUUCCACAGUUUAACUAUGCACUGUGUGAAGAAGGCCUUGUUCCACCAGCAGAUGUGAAAUAGUGUUUCUCCCCCAACUUUCCAGGUUGAAGUCCGGAUGACUUGGAAGACAGAAGAAGCCUUAACUUGCUCACGCCCCUCUCCCCUGCUGCUGCUGCUGCUUCCCGCCCUGACUGCUGUGUGCCUUUCCAUCUGGUGUGAAGAAUGUCCAUGGUGGGCCUGA